GGACGUGCGCGCACCGCUGGAGGCAGUCGAGCUUCAGACCGGGGCUCGUUUGGAGGAACUCUGGCUGGUGUUAGCAGUGGAGAGGAGACGGGGACUGGAGCUGGGUGGGCAUGACAUGUGAGCCAAGUCUGCACAGAUACAACAAAUACCCAAAGUAUGUCUGCAGCAGGGGCGGGUCGACGCUGCGAGGGACCUGAAUCAGGUGAAUGGGAGUGAAGCUGCAGAAUCUCCUGGUUUUGUGUUUCUUACCCCUACGGUGAAGAAAGAAAGAAACCGACUCGGCGGCAGAAGCUUCCCCGCGUCUCCUUCACCCUGCCUCGGCGUGGCAGGCGUCAAGGUGCCGCAGGAGGAGGAAGAGCCGCUGUUUGGUGAAACUACCGGACCACAACGUCUCUGCGCAGAGCAACGCCACGCUUUUCACCGAGAGACACGGGAGACACACGGAGGAGGAGGACACCAUGUCAAAGGAGACCAGAGGAAGAGGUGAGUCUCGUGCUAACAGGUAGAAAAGCUGCGUCUCGUGCUGUUGGAUGGUGGCGCGCGAACAGACGCGUGCUGCAGCGUUUGACUCAAUCUGCAGGAAUGUACGACGGUCUCUAAACGGACCCUUACUCAUUAAACCCGGUUCAUUUCAGCCCGGCUUUGUGUGAAACUGUCUUUCGGUCUGUCCUGUCUGUCACUGUGUCUCCGUGCAGGUGUUAUGGCAAAUUUUGUGACCCUUUAGAUUCGGUGACGCUGCAGGGUCAAAUAUGUUAAAAAGGACUGAUUCACGACAAGAUAUGGAGCUCUUAGUGACCUGAGGACACACCUGCAGACCCCUUGGUCCUCUUUCCUGCUAUCAAAGCUAACAGCACUGUAUGUCUGAGCCCAUCUACCACAUCAGGGUGACUCUAUUUUUGGUAACAGCCAUUUAAAUUCAGCACCACGGUGUUAAAAAAAACUUUUGCAGUCUGACUGAAAUAGGCUUUACCCACUGAGCAAAAGUGCCUCUCACGAUGUGACAUGAGACAGUAUAGAGUCAGUACAAUGUUUAAGCAGGAGUAAAGGAAAUGAAUCAUGCAGAGAAGUUCAAUGCAAUGCUAAUAAUAGCUGGCAUUUAUUUCAUGCAGCUGGUUUGAUUGUUAAAUUGGAUGUUUUUUGUGAGAGGAUGAUGACAGGAGGGCUUCAGGGAGGCCUCAGAAGUUGACAUUUCAGUCACAUAAAAGGGGUUGUUGUCACUCCUUCAAAAGAUAUCUCGCUGCUCAAAUGUGCCACCUGUUUGCAUUGUGUUGGUGGAUAAAUCAGCCAAAAAAAGCAUGGCUGUUCUUUUUCUGUUUAAGAACCACAUUUUCUUUUUUUUUUUUUUUAUAUAAUCCCUUAUCCAAUAAUUUCUCAGAUGGAGAUGAAGUUCUCCAAUCACUGCAAACCAAGUGGGUGUAAAACCCUGAUAAUCGUGCCAGCAGAAAUAGCGUUGCCGCUGAUGAGACUCCUCUCAGGGCCGAGGGUCAUGGGUUUAAUUUCUUCUCGUUGUCAUGCAUCUGCCGUGCAGUAGAGCCUUUGGGCAAGUCACUUAGCCUCUGCCAGCUCUAGGCUUUCUGAUCUGUAUGCCUUUGUGAUCUGACCUUUUCCGUGAGGCAGGAGUGGAGGAGGAAUUUAUUUCUGUACGAUCAAUAAAAUAUCAGAUUAAUAUUAGGCUUCUCUUCGAGUAACAAGUGUCCGGAUAGGGACGAGUGUAAGUCAAGUGUGGUCAUGGAUUUAAAAAAAACAAAAAGCUGCGUUGGAUCUUAAGUGAAAUCCAAAGAGGUAAGUCUCUAUAAUCGUAUAUAUUUAUUCCUUUUUGAGUAAAAGCGUAUUUAAAUAAAUUGGCAAGCCGAGAUCAGGACCCCAUUUAACCCAUUAAAGCCUAUUAAAUCCUCUAUCUGUUUUUUCUAACACUUAAGUGCAGCCAUUGGAUACUAAUGCUGCUCUCAGCAAGUGAAUUAUUUAAAUCAGUUACAUCAUGUUUUAAUGGCUGCUCCAUUAAAAACUGAAGCUGAAGUUUAGGAAACUCAUGGAAAGUGGAUAUUGUGUCCCUUAACAGUGUGCUAGGAAGUUGUGAUAAUUCAUUUGGGCUCUCGGUGAAGCAGUAAGAACUCUGUUAAACUGUCUCAAGUUGGUUAUUUCAGAUGAUAUUGAUUUUGAGCUCAAACAAUGGUGUUUGGUUGGAAUGUGUUCCUUGACCUUUGUUUGCUUUUUGAUGCUACUUAGAUGAGACAUUAUGCAGCUAGUUUGGGAUGUUUUGAAUUGAGGUUUUGAUCCGAAAGAAAAAAUCUUGGGCUAACACACAAGAUUUUAAGUUAUAGGUCAGAGGAUGAGGAAAAAAAUACCAGGGGGAAGGUUUUUCUCUUGAAGUUUGCAUGGAGCUGUCUGCAAACCUUUGCUAGUCACUGAUGUACCUUACACUACAUUAUCCCAAAUGGUAUUUUAACUGGGCUUCUCUACUUGUCCCAGUUUUCAUGCAAAGGGGAAGAAUCCAGAAACGUAGAAACGUCCACUACAGUAGAUUGCAACAUGUUGGGUCGCUGUAUGUCGAACUGUGAAGACACGUCACUCUGUGAAUUAGAAUAACAUCCAAACGGGGGAGUGGGGAGCUAGCUGCUCAUGCAUCUGUGUGCAGUGACCGGUGAUUGUUUCCUGAAUGUGGCGACUUCUUAUGGUGUAUUGAUUUGAUAUGAGGUGCGAUCAGGUUGUCAAGUUGUGAUGAGGUUUUGACCAGGACUGGGCGAUUUGGCCAAAAAGAUGAUCACGACAUACUUUGCCAUAUUGUCCGAUCUCGGUUAUAAUCCCGAUUUUUUUUUUUUAAACCGCCAGUUUUAAAGCAUCUGUACUUAAAACUAAAAAAUAAAUAGAUAAAUACUAAAUAAGACAUUAAAUAACUUUUCUUCUCAACAAUAACAUCUUUGGAGGAUGACUCAAAGUCAUAGCUGACAUCUAUUUUACUGCCCUCAGCUCCACGUUCGGUUACUCUGUUGGUUUACAGAAGUGAGCAGGAAAAGCUCGACUCUGAUUGGCUGUUGUGAUGCACAUUUUUGCCAUGUUUGAUCGAGUAAAUAAGCUCACAGCUGAUCACCGUGAUCGGACUGAAAUUUAUCACGAUCAUAUAAUCACCCAGUCCUAGUUUUGACCAAUCAGAAGCAAAUAUUUAUCACAGGAAUAUAGUUUUUAAGAUAACACACACUUGUCGGGGUGGUCAUCAUAGGGCAAUGUACCCUGUGUGCAGCUGUCAGAUACAAUACUGAGCACGUAACAUUCAGCUGUCUGUCAGACAACAGAGACUGACAGCUGAGCAGAUUCAAUAUGAAGUAGAACUGAAGGGUUAUCAAAAACCACGUUUGUAAGUCAGAUAUGAAACGCAGUUCCUCCCUGGGUAAUUUCCCCCUCGUAAUUAGAUUCGAGAACACAAUGAAUCAGAGGAAGAAAACCAAAAGUUUGUUUCACUCUAGAAAUGAAGCAAACUUUCUUGUUUUGAGCAUCAAAUCUCAAUAGACGAAUUGGAUUUUCUAAAUGACUGAAAAAUAAUAUUUUAUCUCCACAUCUGCUGCUGGAUGCCUUCUGUACUUAAUCUUAAUUAUAUUGCUAUGAGCCUCGCUGUAAGAGUCAUCCACUGAUGGAGAUUCCGCUGUGAGGCCUUACAUUAUUUCAGCUGAGCUCCAUAAAAUCAUGUUAACCCUGCGAUGCUCCAGCAGGCCGCUGGCAGACUGAUGGCAGCUGCUUUACUGUAAGCGCGAGGUUACAGUCAUAUCUCCAGCGUGCGCUGUUUUCAUUAAAUAUUGUUUGACCUCAGUUCACAGGACAACUUGUGAAGUAGGAGAGAUUCUCAUGGACACAUUGUUCUUUUAAAGUCCAGUCCGUGUGUCUAAAAUGGACCUUUUGAUUUCAUGAUUUCACUUAUGUGUGCAGAUUUUAUCUCGGUCAUUUCCUAUUAAAAGAGGGCUGUAGGGGCUUCCAUACUUCUCAAUUCUAAUUAAAACUUUUACCCUGGAGUCAAAUUUGCAUUGUUAUCUUAGGACAGGGACCGUGAAAUGUGUAGCAAGAAUAAUAUAUUCAUGCUGUGCAUUUUAUCCUAAAGUAUUAAAACCUUCAUUUAGGGGCUAUUGCAGUGCAUCUUUGCAGCUCCUGCAGAGGCAUGGCCUUCUGCCCAGAUUCAUUGGCUGUCAAUUAAAACAGAAAGGAGCCCCAGGUUUAAUCUUCUCCGUAUUGAAAGAUAAUUUGAGCGAGGUAAUAAGGAUUUAGGAGUUAUGAGGGCUGCACUGAGCAAAGCUGCAGCUCUGAAUUAAAGCAGGUGUGACUCGAACUUGAAAGAAUAUUAAUGAAUCCCUAAAAGCGUUUUUUAACCUGCUUUGUGGCUCUCAGGAUGACAGUGUCUGUCUAUGAUUGGGUCAUUACCCUAGACCACUUUCAACUAUCUCAUUCACUACAGAAUGGAUCGCCAUGAGGGUUUGUGGAGAAAUCCAAGCUCGCCAGGAGAUGAAACUUACGAGAUGACUGUUAUGAAUGUUGAGCUAAGACUGAAUCGCUAUUUUUAGUUCAAAAAGGAAAUUUCUCCUUUUUUGGUCUUGCUGAUUGUGACCAUUUCAUUUAUAAAUUCAGUGUUGCCAAAUGAGGAACACAAACAGACACUAUCAAGAGGUCAGACAUUUGUGAGUUUUAAUGAAAUAGCUUGACUAAUGUUGAAUAGAUUGGGUUAGGGUUAGGGUUAUGUGUUCUCAAAGCUCAUUAGAAAAUAAUAGUAUUGGCUCAAUGUGUUUAUAAGAUAGAAGAAAUUGUUGAUACUGACCAAAAUAAACUUAACUAGCUGUUGUAGCUGUUAGUGAUCAAGUUAUAUGAGUUUUUCAUCAGCCCAUAUCAAUGUCGAUAUUAAUGGAGCAGGUCUGUGUUUGUUUUUUAUGCAUUUUGUAAUAUAAAACAGUUUAACAAUGACAAACAGACAUUAUUUCAUGCACAGUAAAAUCUAAUAUAAGUGGCUAUCUUGGCCAGAUACAUGUUUAAGAUUUGGAAUUGAUUCAUGAAAUAGAAAAAUACACUGGGACACACUAAAUAUGUCCAAACAUGAUUUAAUUAUGUCAGAGGCAAUAUUCAACUUCAUCAUUCUCGUUAUUCCACAGAUCAUAUCAGAAUAGAUUGUAAAAAAUUGGUUGUAAAAUAUCUCUUAGAUUUGAUCUUCUGUUUUGGAGGGUAUAACAUGAUUUUUUAGUUUUGUAAUCGGCCUCAUGAGCCUAGAUAUCAGACAAUGUCGAUUAUUUCAAAACGCCAUGAAUCGGCCGGACUUGUCACUCAGUCUGUCUCUAAUAUCUGCAACCUGGAGUCUCCCUCAGUCACUUAUUGUACUCAGUAUAUGAGCAGACUGUGUAAUAGGACUAAACAAGCUUUCCGUUUUAUACUAUAUUUGCCAUGCUUUCCAAUCACUCGUAUCGGCAUCGCCUGUUGGAAAAUCAAUCUCGGCCGUAUAUUUGACAUUGAUCACACAAACGCUGUGAAAUAUAUUCCUGCCCAAUACAAGCAUGUCAGCAUCCUAGUAUUAACUACAGUUUACCUGAGAGCCUAACUGUGCUUGAAAACGCCUCACAGAGCUGCUCGGGCAGCUGCCAAACUGUACUCUGUCAAGUAAUCCAACUGAAUAAACAGCCAAUGAGGCCAACUGGCCAUCAGCCAUUAAAAAAAAAACGUGUUUUGAUUUAAUUUAACUCUCUAUUCAAGAAAACAGAUGCACCUCCAGCUGUGCUCUGCUUCUUAGUCAGGAAUUGUCACACCUGCGAUCGUCGCCGUCUUUUAACAGCCAUCGAAGAGCUCCCUGAAAACAGAGGGGGCCCCUGUGAACCAGCUAAUGUAGAAAUUCAAACCAUGAGAUAUGUUUCCAUUUCCCUUUACAUUCACCUCUUUUUAUGAGUCACAAGAGCUGCCAGAUCUCUUUAAAGACUUUGCCUCAUUAAUCCUUCUCAACCAUCUUUAUCACCCCGCUUCACAGAGUCCAACAGACCCCCACUGUCAGACUUUACGCCUCAGUCCAGAGCUCAGUGUGAGGUGUAACAAAUCUGAGGACUAUGUAUUCAUCAUGUUUGAUGAAAGUUGAUCUGUGUGAUGGUUGUUUCUCAUUUACUGUCCAAUCGGUGGCCUACCUGCUGCUUUGCUGAGAUCCAGCGUUGGGCUAAAAAUAGAGCUGAAGGAUGCUGAUGAACGGUCUCCACGGCUUUCUCUCUGCGUCUUCGGAGAAGGUGAAGACUAAACAAAAACAAAAACAUGGCAAUUUAGUGUUUUAAGAUGUGUUUUGAUGCUGUCCGUGAUCCCCCGGCAGUCAUCUAAUCUCAUCCCUCAUUCUGAGACUGGAGAAAUACUUUAUAUAACAUGUGAUUCUGCUGAAUCUGGUGUGCAGUCUCUCUUGCAGACAACGUGCUCAACAAGCAGCACCACAGUGUUCUCUGAAAUCUACAGAGGCGUGCGCUAAUGCAUUCAGCCUGUGACCUCUGUUAUUGUAUUUGAUCAUACAAAACAAUGUUAAUUUGAAUUUAAUAGCUGUUUGUCAUGGGUAAGCACACUGGGCCUGUGUCAGGGGGAGCAGCGGCACAAAGCACACAGCAGCUGGCCUGCUGCUGUAAGAGGCUCACCUGGAGUCGGGCACCAGUCCAUUUGUUGUUUGUCACAGCCGAAUAUCUUGACGUCACACUGAUGUCAGGCAGAAUCUGUUUUCUGUUUCAUCUUAUUCAUCAGAUUUCAGGCGGUGAAAAAGCUCUUUAUGGCUUUCAGAAGGUAAAAAUUAAUCUCCCGGACUCUCAGUACCACGUUUAGAUUCAAAUCUGCUUGUGUGACUUGCAUUAAGGAUAUAAAUAUUUCGAAAGGUCGAGUCCAUCUUUCAUUUCUGCUUAUUAACAUAACCAAUUGAUUGGAAAAACCUGUAAGAUGCGCAGAUCUCUCAGUGAAGCGCAGCUGAAAUGAUAAAUGACUCAGUUUGUAGGUUAAUAAACACGAGUUUGUCACUUUAAAAUGUGUUUCUGCAGGUUGUAAUGCCCAUUUUUUUUAACUUUCACGAUAGUUUGUGUGAAUAUCUCAAAGAUGUGGUUUUUAGAGAGGUUACACCAGGUAAUUUAGACCUGUGAUCACUGUUUAUAUUGACAAUUUUUGUAAACUGCCUGAUUAAUCAAAAAAGGGAUUAAUACAUCGAUCAGCUAUAAUAUCAUGACCACCCACAUAUGGAUUAUUGAUCCUUUUUUUAAAACUAGAAGGUCCUGAGGGUCCCAUAAAGUGAUGAGGAACCAUGAGUUUGGUGAAAACCUCAUUAGGACUCAGUGUGAAGUCUGGAGAAUAGCAACACUACAGGCUCCCCUCACAGCAGGUCAAGACCAAAACAGCCCUGAUUGAUUGGACUCUAAAGGUCUGCUGUGGCACUUUUAAGCAGAUCCUUUAGUCCUGGCAGUUGCGAAGUGGGGCCUCCUUGAAAUUGGGCUUGAGUAUCCAGUGUUCACCAUGGAUGCUCAGCUAGUUUUGGAGUGGAGGUCAGCAUGGAUAUCCUGACUAGUAUCCACAACAAACUGCUGUGCACCGUGUAUUCUGACCCCUUUCUCUCUAAGUCAGCAGUAACUUUUUCAGCUUUGGUAGGUUUUCUGCUGGAUCAGCCUUCGCUCUGAUGCACCCCGGUGAGCCUUGGGCACCCAUGACUCUGUCUCAGAUUUCACCGAUUUCGCUUCAUUUUUGGUAUUUUGGACACCCGCAGACUGGAAACACCCCUCUCCGGCUGCAAUUUUGGGAAAUCAUAUUGUCUAGCUGGCGUAAUUUUCCCCAUGUGAAGGUUCCUCACAUUCUUAUCGAUUUUCCUGCUUUGAACGCAUUCAAUUCAAGGACAAAAUGUUCAUUUAGUUGCUAACAUAGCCCAGCCUCUGACAGGUAAAGAGAUAAUAGGUGUUUUUCCCUUCAACUGCCAGGGGUCAUAAUGUUGGCUGAUCGAUGUAGUUGCAGCUUUAGGACAUUAGGAAGGAGGAGUGCUUCAACUGAACCAAAAAAGUGAGCUGUAACAACGCCAAAUCCACAAGGCUUAGAUGUCGAGUAAAAUGUUCAAUAAACAGAUUUUCAUGUCUUUUAAAUCAUUUAAACUUAAUGUUUAAUUCUGAGCAACAGCAACAAAUCAAAUACUGAAACUGAACAUUUUUGGUUUGCAAAGAAAACUUGUGCUCAUUAUUUAAUCUGAAGUUAAAAUGGUUAAGGGGAAAAAACACUCUAGAAGCUGUAAAUAGAUGCUGGAAUAAAACACUUGGAGGCAAAUCUUACAAUUAAUUAUAAUUCUCAACACAUAAGUGAUAUGACAGGGCGUAUAGAGGACACUGCAGAGGGUCUCUCAGUGGUUAAGAUGGGAAGAGGUUCACCAAGGUUGGUGCUGCGUUAAAAACAGAUAGGACUCUGCAGUGGAAGUCACCGCAUGGGCUCAAAAUCAUGAUCUAUUGCUGCAUCCACAUAUUUAAGUUUGGGGUUAAUGAGUGUUUAUGGUGUGGUUAUCUUACACAUCUUUUUCAGGCACUAACGAUAUAAACUAACUUGAACAAUAUAAAGCUUUAUAACACUUUUACAGGCAUCCAUUAACUUCUCCUCCUUUAAAUCAGCUCUAAAACUUGUAAUAUUAUAAACUUCCACUGCCUGUUCAGUCAAAGUUAUAUUAGUUCUACACUGAGCACAGGGUAUAAUGUACUCUGAGAUGACCUUGUUUCCUCACUCUGCAAAAGCUCACAGCUUUGUUAAGCAUUCAUAUUUCACUAGCUGCCAGAGCCAAUAUGCAAAGUUCUACUUGAUUUCCAUCUCACUCAGUGCAUGUCGGAUUAAUAACUCUAAGAGCGUGUCGUUCAUAAUAUAACCUCUUCACAUGUACUCACUCUUCUCAGGCUGGUCACACUGUGCUAAACGUGGUUGUUGUUGUUGCAUAGGCCAAAGGGGAGUGGUAUAGCAAGCUUAGUGAUCAUAAUUACCGCCCAGUCGUUGCCUUGCAGUCCAUUAGGAGUCAAUGCAGGCGCUGAUCUGCAUAGCUGCAGUGCAGAUAAACAGCAUCGUGGAGGAUAAUGUCUGGACGGAGAUUCUGUGACUGAUCCAACAUUUCUGAGGAGGAAUCAAUCUCCUGUGUGUCUGUCUGGCUGCAGAGAUUGAUUUUAACUGUGUGCUGAAAUGAGGUUUAAUUAAAUUAGAGGACAGGCUAUUAAUAGCUUCUUCCAACUUGCAUGAGGACCAGCCAGACUGUUUUAUUGUUUACCCUUUAUAGACCCUUGGGUGCCCAUCGUGGCAGGACAUUAACAGACUCAUCAGACAGAAUCGCUCUGGUUUUAUUUCUCUCUGCAUGUGUCUGUGUCUCGUGUGAUUCUCAUCCGUGCUGGAGCGUGUUCUGUGUUGAAAUCAAGGUGACAGGCACGUCUCAUUUCCUCCUCUUCCUCAGUGAGCUGUGGAAAAACAUUAUUGGAUUUCCUCCUGACGUGGUGGAUAUCAUUCUCCGAUGUUGUGACUUUCUCAGUCUUCACUCAGAAGAGGUUUGCAUCACCACAGAGUCGUCCCGCCCUGCCUCUCUGAUGAGAUGGCGGGAGACACCAUAUUUGUAGCCUGGAGAUUCUUUUGGGUGCUGUUAGUUGCUCAGAGUUCAGUGUACAAUAAAUGUGGCUAAUUACAAAACAAGGAGACUUGCACUUGUGUAGCUUACCGACCAUCUGGUUUGGAGAGAACUGACGGCAAAGAGGGAUAAAACUCUGAUGAGGAGAAAUUCCUUGAGGGCAGUAGCUGCACAUGAAAAACUGAUCUGCCCUCUGAUGAGCAAAGACUCCUCAUGAGACCGUUUUCUUCCCCGAGGACUCGCUCAUUAUUCACAAAUCUCAAAGACUUAAUGAAACCUUCUUUGAAAUCUCAUUGAAGCACUGAAACAGUCGAAUUACUUUAACGCACAUAAAUUAACUUUAGUUUUCAACUUGAUUGCAAGAACUUUAAAGCUUUAUAACAUAACACCAUGAAUCCUUCAAAGUUAACUCUAUUAUCUUGUUCCAUAUGCCUUGUAGUUAGGAGUGUCCUUAUACAUCUUUUUUACCUCUGAUACAAUACCGAUAUUGUAGCUUUCAGUAUCGGCCGAUACCGAUAUUGAUCUGAUAUUGGCACAGACCUGUGCAUGACAAGUUUUGCACUCAGCUGCAAAGUCUUUUUCAGACUUUAAUGGAAAAAAAACUGCCACGUCACUCCUACUCCUUGGUACUUUGUUAGGACCUUAGUACACACUGUUAUUGUGUUCAUGUGGACUCUAUAUGCUGGAUAUGGGUGCUGCUAGCUAGAGGUGCUGGAGUGGAGUCUGGAAUGGACUGCUUGUAUCAGGGGGCUGAUAUCUGAGAUUUUGGAUGUAGGCCAAUAUAAUCUAAUAUUCCUAUUUUUGCUGACAUCUGAGAUUUAAGAUGCAGGCCGAUAUAAUCCGAUAUUUGAAUUUUUGCUGAUAUUGGACCAAUAUCAAUAUCAUAUCGGGACACCCCUACUUGUAUUGUCAGUAAGUGAGCUAUCUUAAGUGGCACACCGUGUCUUUAAUUGUACCAGGGGCUGCAGGACACAAACCUGCCUCCUCCUGCUCCUCUCCUUGCUCUCCUCUCUCUAGUUUGUACCACAUGGUGUAGAUACAGCAGUCCACCUUUAAUCUGAGCAGGAGCUGCAGUUUCUUGUGCUCCCAAGCUUUGCUUCCUAUUGAUCCGAGCUGCUUGUGAUGAGAGAAAGUGAGAGCUAUUUGAGGGGAGGGGCCGUGCCCACACUCUCAUCCUUCGCUCAGCGUUUUGGACUUAACUGGGGCAACACAGCAGGUAGCAGAACAAAAUGCUGCAAAAUGUGUGAAGUGUCUACAUCAAAUCGCCCUUUUUGCAACUUCUUUGCUCCAGUUACUACUUAGAGGCAUCUGUACUUGACAUUAAUUUCCCCUUCACUGAAUUUAUGAUCCAUUAAGUUUCAGGACUAACACCUUUUCACUCCAUUUGUGCCAGAUAUUAGAAACAGGAGCAUGAUUGAGGAGGAAAUGCUUAUGCAUACAUCCUCUGAAAUUUAUUUGUGCAAAUGAAUCCCCUCCAUGAAAGCCACAAGCGAGAUGAAUUCAGCGGCAAUUACAGCCAGCUGCGAGAUGAACCCAAUGCGAUGAGAUGCAGUGUGAGCUGACCAGCAAUGGAGACCAGAUUAAGUACGAUUGAACCUUUGAACUGAGUGAUGGUUGUAAUAUCUGCUCUAUGCCCACUGGUGCCAGAGGUGUUAAAGCUCAAUUUGUUGGAUAAUUUGUUUUGAAAAUCUGUCCCUAGCGGUCUUUUAUUCACUUAAAAUUCUGUUUACCUGCACUUUUGGGCCAGUCGCUUUUUAAUAUUGAUAUAUCCUUUAACAUUUCAUUGAACAACCUGUCCAAAGUUUGAUUGAGAUUUAUCACCUUAGUUUCUGUACAGCUUAGGGCACCUGUGCAGUCCAGGGUUAGACAUAAUCUUUAGUACUUUUUCACUGGAUUUUUCAGGAGUUGUUGAUGUAAUGUGGAAAACAAAGAGAAAAAUAAGCUGGUAUUACUCUUUAAGCUUUUUCUUACCAUAUUCCAGCCUAGUGGGUUAACAUGCCUGUAUUGAAUUACCCUUAAAUCACACGUAUGUAGGGGGAAAAUUACACUGACAAUCAAUGAAAAUCACUAUAUAGAUUAAUAAAUCACAGGGUUAUUAUUACUGGGUUUGCUACAGCAGAAUUACACGAGUCUGAGUAAUUUUCACCCGUUGUGAGUGCCGGAUAACACAUGAGUCAUGCAGCGUGAGAGAUUUUCUCUGCUCACUCUUUAUACUCACUGUGUGCACAAGGCACCUGCAAGAAAUUUCCACCAAGAAGAACUCCUAAAUAUUGAUGUUAACCUGGAACCAUUCUCUGUAUAUGAAACUCUAAAACUGGAGACCCUUCCCUCUCUCUGUCUGACACAGUUAAAGCAUCAUUUAGUCCCAGACCUCUUUGUUAUGCGGUGAAAGAUGCUGCCCAGAAGGUUUUUCUUUGUGUGUUAAGCUGAUGUGACUCUGGGAUGGUAAAGUCACUUCCCUUCACUUUAAGCUGCUUUGAGCACAAUAAGAGCAGAGAGGAGGGCUAGGCGAUAUGGCCUCAAAUCAGUAUCACGAUAUAUUGAGCUGUUCACCUCAAUAACGACAAAUGGACAAUAACUCAUCCAUAAGCUGCUCACCCCCUCCCACAUUAACUUCGUCUACUCCAGCCGCUACAACUUUUGGACCGUCCUCCAUCUCCUCACCUGUCUUUCUCUCUUUAGUACGGACUGUAUGGGGUGGAGUCACGUUCUUCAAGGGACAUGAGAUCAUAACCUACCUACACACAUCCAAAAACAACUUUUGUUUAUUUAUGUUUUUGACACUGAAUCUACCGAUAUGUGCAAAAUGAUGUUGGUUAUUGACGUAAAUUCCGGUAUUGGUAAAUAUUUGGUUUAUCGCCCAGCCCUAAAGGUAAGGUUAACUAAAGCUGAGAUAGAAAAAUACUUUUUUUUUUUCAGCAUGUGAAGUUUUAGAGUUUUUUCUUUUUAGGUCUUUAUAUAAAAAGCAUGAGGCUAUUGCAGGGUAAUAAUGUUAUUGUGCUCGGUGCAGUUUCUUUGGUUUUAUUGUCUCACUUGUUUGUUCAGCUCUAAAUAUACAGAAGCCCCAAGCAGAUCCAAUUGUUUUAUUCUCUGGGUUUUUCCCAUGUAGUGAGUUAAUAUCAGCUGUUGAGAUCUUUUUUUAUUCUAGAUAUUAAAGCUGCUUUUGCCAUGACAGUGGGUUCAUGUAUCUUCUUCUCUCCAAAGAGGACAAAAUUUUAUUGUGUGAAACUGGCGUGACCUUUUUGUGCCGCUCAUAACUACUGAUACAUAGAGAGAUAACAGAAGAUGCUGAGUGAAUGAUUUCCCAGAUGUUUAGGUGGAAAGAAAACAAGUUGAUGUCAAAUUUGAUUGCAAAAUGGGGCUAAAGUUAGCAGAGCUUGCACCACCUGCCUUUGGUCAUCCAUGCAGGUAAGUGUCCACCUGCCUGUGCUGGUUACUUAUCGUGUCAAAACCAACAUGAGAAAGAUCGUUUGUGAAACUCUUUAUCCACACUGAGUUCAGAGUGAUCAGUCUAUGCAGGCUCAUAUAUCAGAAGUUUGGCUCGAUAGUGCCCCAUGACAGAAAAAUAAAACCUUAUCAGCCUUGCUGUGUUUGUACAGUAAAGCAGGAGAAUCAUAUCUGUGCACCAGAGGCGGAAAAAGAAGGGGUAUUACCCAUGAUUGCAAUAGAGCAGCUCAAGAGAUGAACACUGUCAGCUGGCUGUUUCAUGCGGCUGCAGCUUUUCUGUGGAACCUGGUUGGAAGUGGAUAAUGAAAAGAAAGGGAUGAAAGAAGGAGGACAUGAAUCACAAGCCGCCCGGUGUGGCCCUGCUCUGAAAUAAAGCCUUUUAGAUACUUGGACAUAGAUUUUCUUUGAACUGAGCUCACAGACGUCUCAUUAUUUGUUGCAUAUGCACUUUCAAAAGACAAGCUGUCUGGGUUUGCUUACAGGAAAGUUGAGAGAAAAAGCAACUAACUGAUGAGUCACCGUUUGCAAGAUUAUGGAGGUUCUCCAAAACUUUGUGUCUUCCUGUUGUACGGAAGUGAAAAGAUAGGUAUGUGUUCGGUGUUUGGGGAGUACUCUUUCUUACAAGCUGUGACUUUUGAGAUCUUGUGAAUUUGAAUCAAAGACUGUAUAUAGAAAAGACGCCGUCUACCUCCUUGCUGGGUGAAGCCACCCUGAGAACAGCAACCUCUGUUGACGGGCUGCAUUAUAGGUCUUGAAUCCCGCCUCCUCCAGCAAUCCCUAUGGAGCUGUGGACAAACUUUAGAAAUUAAUUACAAAGAAUAUAGAUUUUUCUCCCCCCUGCCUGUGCUGUUGACAUGUAGUAACAGUCAUAAGCGAACUAGGCGCCUGCUUAGGGCCCAGCGGCCAGUAGGGGGCCCUCAAGAGCAAUAAAAAAAAAAAUUAAAAAUAUUUUUUAUUUUUUGCAUGUAUGAGUGAUGCUUUCUGUAUGAUCAGAUAUAUAUUAUUAUAAAAACAAAAUAAAGUAAAAACAUUUUAAUGCUGCUGCUGCUGAGGUAGGCCUAUGAUUUUUACUGCAGAUAUGUCAAAGCUCUGCUACUGUUAUGUGCCUUUUGCUGUGCAAUGUGCACUGAGUAUCUAAAGCGCAGGUAGUUUGGGGGCAAAAGAAUGUUGCAAAAAAGGACAUAUCCUUGAGGAGCAGAGAAAAGAAAGAGGAAGAAGAGAAAAAACACCAAGAUUAAGGUAUAUUUGCAUGUCAUGGAAUGUUAAAGAGAUUUGUGAAGGUGUGUGACUAAUCAACAAUCAAUAUUAUUUGCAGAAAUCCAGGGCCCCAAAAUCAAAUUUUGCUUAGGGCCCCAUUGAGGCUAGGGCCGACUCUGCGUACAAUGCUACUGCGCAAUGUUGGUUUCAGGAAGUGGAGAAAAAACUUGAGAAUACAGAGAGCUUUUUGGCUUCAAAUCCCUAUACUGGCGGAAGGCGGAACCAAGUUGUCUGUCGUAUAUACAGUCUACGGUUUGAAUCAAGCACAUACCUGGAGCUCCUGUGAGUAGUUUAAAGCUGAUUCGCCUAGAAAGUGACCACCAAUAGAGAGGUAUCAAACCAGGCGGCAAAUAGACACUCUAAACAGGCAGCAUUUAGCUGUUACUCUCGACGCAUACACACAUAAGCUUUGCAAACACCAAGUGUAAAUUAGCAAAAAAACAAUUCAAACACACAGCUUCGAUUUAAGCCUGCACCAUACUGCAUAAACGGCAAUUAUCAUACUCUGCAGUUGCCGCAGAGUGAUGCUAUUCAAACAUCAUGUGUAUAGCUAAGCUAGUGAAACCUGCAGCAGUGUUUUCAGCUCUUAAAACCCUCUGCUCAUUGCCAGAAAGUUGUUUAGUGAAAGCAACCGCAAGCCUCGGGUGAAAUUUAUAUUCUUCUCCCUGCAGUUGUCAGGAAAUCAACACUCUCUCGCAGUGUUUGGCUAAUAGAAUUUACAGGAGGGAUAUCCUCUCGCUGUUGACGAAUGUUUUCAGGUCUGCGACUUCCUGGCGCCCAGGUACAAAUAGGAAAGCUCGGAGUCAUAUCCCCGUACGAUGAUAAUCUACAGUUCUUUCAAGCAUAUUGAGAACUGAAAUGCCCUGCAGGGAGGUACUUCAGUCAUUUCCAUUACCCUGUGGGGAAGGCAUUACUUGGUGAUAUGUGCUCCAUUGAGGUUUCAGCAGCAGCGCAAGAGACUGGUCAUAUUGCCUGAGUCUUAAAAGACGUUCAAAGAGGAUGUGCAGUUCCAGGAGUGGCAGCCACAGAGAUGGAUGUUUUUGAGAGUGGAGGAUGCAUUAAUGAAAGCAUUAAUUUAAGAUCUUCAGUCGGCUUCUGAGGGUGACCGAGAGUGAACCGACAGUGCACUCCACGAAUCACGAAUGUAUCAAGAGCUGUUCGGGGUUGUUUUUCCCAAAAGCAGCUGGCUUUGGGUGGCUGAGUCAGGAGUGUUUGUAUUUUUCAAAGUAGUCCCUUUCCUUUGCUCACUCCGUGCACCCUGCAGCUCCUCUUCUCACUCAGCGUGUGCUCUCAGUGCCUACCGAAACUUUGAAGACUGGCACACAGGACCGCCUCAGACGAUCCAUGUGCCUCCUCAGCAUCGUCUGCCUCUCGAAUCCUCAGACGGUGAAGUAGAAAGCACAGAUGUGAGUGACAGGUCUAAUAUAAGAUACUGAACACCAGGAGAAAAUCUGAGACCACACAGUCUUAAAAAAAUGUUUGUAGUUCUGUAGACAUCUGAAAAAUAGAUAAUUGACGAUUGAUGUGGACUCUCAUCCACCUCAUUGUGCAUUUUACGCAGGAUAGAUGUUGAAGUUUUAAUUUUACAAAGAUUUCAGCCUGACACCAAAUGAGUCAGCCGUUCAUUGUUUGAGAACACCGUACUGAUGUGCAGCAGAAGUGCCUCUACCUGAGCUACUUGAAUACCUUCUGGAAAUGAGUAUUACAGACGUAUUUACAGCUGCGGUUUCCAUUUUGUCUAAGUGGCACAGACAUAUUUCCUUUUCCGGAGGGACAGGCCUUUUCCUGAAAAUAGUAAUUAUGUUGUUCUGUACAAUAAUGGCUUGUUUCUCCAUGAGCACAGACUCGUGUAAUUUGUUCAGAUUGACUGGUAUAUACAGGUCUUGCUCCGUUACAUGCAGUUCAUUUCGCACAAAUUGGUUCUCAGGGGGAUGGUAUGUACAGUAUAGACAGGCCGGCUGUUUAGGUGUUGGAGAAAUGCUGCAUCUGCCUGAAGUGCUGUUGCUGGUCUGGAUGUUGACAUGCAAUCAAUGCUCAGAUAACUAAUCCUGGCCUGAGCCCCCUUUUACCUGUCAUCUGGUAAAGGCCAGGCUGACAGGGUUAAAGGCGAUGUCGUGCUUCACACAUCCUGAAGAGAUAGAGCGGUGCUGGUAAGUCAGAGGUUGAAGAGAGGGAGUUCACUCAGACCAGAUCCUGUUUUACUGUCUAAUAUAAGUACAGUGUAGUGUCUAUUUGUGAUAGAGCUGCAAGAAGAGGAAUUUGCAUUUGCAAAGUCCUCAGAAAGCAGAGGCAAGGUUUUUCUUUUCACAGAGCCGACUAAGAAUAAUUUCCUCAAGUAUUUUUAAUGUUAUUACAUUUUCGCACCAUACCAGCCCUAAAUGGAUGUCAUACCUCCGAUAACGAGUCCUUGUUCUCCAGAGAAGUCUUAGUGAAUCAUAUUGAAGCCCUUAUUUUUAAAUUGAUUUUAAUAAUUUAUUUUAAGUCAUAUUUUAGCUUCUACAUCAGAAUAUAAAAGCAUUACAAAGUAAAAUUGUCUGUUUGUCUUGAAAUACUCCCAAGUGUUACAUGGUUGAGAAGAGAUGACAACAUUCAUAUCAUGCAAAAACCUCUGGGGAGGAGUAUCUCAGCAACACUGUUGCAGGACCAGCUCAGGGAUCGAGCUGGGGUUUGGUGUUAAUAAGGAGUCUCUGUUUCAUACCGCAUUGCAAUCCGACUGUUUUGACAUUGUAGGGAAGCAGCAGCAAAUGCACACACGUGGAUGUUGUCAGUUGUAUGCAUACAGGUUUACAGUAAAUGCAUGGUUAUCUUGUGUGAUUGGUGUAGGAUUGGCUUGUGGCUGAACUGCGUCUCUGUUAUCAUGUUAGAAAUGAUGCAAUAGACCCUGAAAAUGAAGCUUUAUAGAUUUAGACCCCAGGCCAACAGGAAGACUCGGUUCAUCACAGCUGGUGCAGGAAAGCAGUUACUUCAGGCUUGUAAAAGUCACUUUCUCAAACAGGGAAAAAACUGCUGUGAGUUUAAUGAACCAUUUAAUGGCAUUAAUGUAUUACCCUGACCCCCCUCUAGUUGAAUGUAAUAGUCUCGAUUUACAAUCUGUGAUGAUGCUGGUUAUAUAAUGGCAAAUGUUGGAAUGAUUCAGCACGAUGGUGACAGGACCAAUGACCCGGUUUUCUAACUGCUUAAAAAUGCAGAAUAACCUUUAUUACCUUGUCAUAUUAAGACUAACAAAUGUUGAGUGUUGAGUAAAGGUAAAGUAAAGGAAAGCAUCAUCCAACACAGGAUGGAUAAUUGAUGAUUUCAGUUGAUGUCAAGGCCAAACUUAGACUUUAUAAUAGCCUUUAGACUUUAAUGCUGAACUUAAAUUGGAUAUUUAAACCAGCUCCUUGUCAAAUCCCAAGGUUGACGAUGAAGGAUAGGACUUCAUUUUUAAAUUCCAAAAACUUGGAGUGAAGCAGCAGGUUUUACUGCCUGUUUUUAUGACGGGGAAACACAGAUUGGCUUGACUUUUACGUCUCUCUUUAUUAAUCUACUCCUCAGUGUGGUUAAAGGUACAGCACAGCACACUAAUACCCCCUUAAGCCACUUUUCAACAGGAAGGUGAAUCAGGCUUAACAUUUUCAUCAGGCGAUGGGAGUAAAGCGCUGCUGUUUAUGAAGCUGUCGAAUCUCUCAUUGCACUUGGAGAAUCCUUUAAGCUGUGGUAUAUAUUUUUGCACCACUGUUUCAUUAUUUUAUAGAGUUAAUUAAUACUUGCCUUGGCAGAGAAGGCUUUAUAUAUUGUCAGUUUCAUCCAGCUGUGUCACUGCCGCUUUCUGCUCUCUGAUUUUUAUGAACUCGAUUGCUGCUCUUGUUGUUUGCAGUGGCUUCAUAUCUUGGUAUUGGAGAGUGAAUAUUGUCAACAAUUGUAAAGUGCUCUAAAUCCCAUUUCAUCCUUGCUUUAGUAUCAGAAGGUCAUAAAACACGCUGUCUGGCCUCAUUGCUGAGGCACUUGUGUGCUCUGACACUGCUCAACAGGAGGACCAUUUAGGUCCGUCUUCCUGCUGUGGUACUCAAAAAGCCAUCUUUCCCCACCUGCAGAGUUCUAGCUUUGCUUUUUAAUCUCAAUGACUUGAAGUAGAAAUGGAGAGGUAAAUAAGUGAAAAGUUGUAAUAAUCUUAGUCACUCACCUGUCCUUGAGUUCUGUGAUUAUUCUGUUUUCCAUUCCUCCUGGAUUAAAUCAGACUUUCUGUCUUUUUACCUGCAGGAACGUCAAGAAAGUACAGCGCCACACACUGGUGUCUGCAGAAUAUCGCACAGGAAUCAGUGGACAGCUCGGAUGAGGAGUUCUUUGAUGCCAGAGGUUAGUAUUUUAUUUUAUUCCUCUUCUUUUGUUUGGUCAACGCCCAGAAAUGAUCUGAACUUCGGUACGAUGAUAUAUCUAUGACAACAACAACAACAACAACGAAAAAUUAGUGUGUCUGGGAGCAUUGCAGGUGCUACCUCAAAGGAUGAGUAUCAUAGUAAAGAGAAGUGAACCACAUUGCCUAUCAGCCGGGGUCCCUCAAGGCUCAGUGCUUGGUCCCCUGUUUUUGUCGUUGCACACAAUCUUAGUGCAAUAAUCCAAUCUCAUGGAUUCUCAUGUCACUGUUUUGACACAAUUGUCUCAGCCUGAAUCUCAUCCCGCCUCAGUGAUGUUUCUAAACCACCUUCAGCUCAAGUUUCCUGUCAUCCCAGCCAGUCUCUCUCUCUACAACCACAUAUCUUGGAUCAGCUUGGAUGAAAUAAAUUUCUCCCCCGCAAAGUUUGCUUGGAAUCUGGGCGUCAUGAUUGAUGAACCGCUAACCUUGAAGGUCCAUGUCGCCUCGGUUGCUCGGUCCUGAUCAGACUCUACCUGACAGAGCAUAUAACACAGCUCCUGGCUGAUGAUCGUUUGGCUUUUUUUAUCUUGAAACCAAUUACACAGGAGCACUAGUUUGCACCCUGCCGUUUUAUUGCACGCCUAAUGCUCAAACGUUUGACACAUAUUAGUCUCCUCUCUGUCUUCUUCCUGCUCUGUCCACCGACCUUAUCCUUUAAAUGAUUCCACAGAAGACCCAAAAUGAACUUUAGCUGAUGUGCAUCUGUCAAACUGUAGUUUGGAUGAUUUACUUUGGGUGAAUUGAAAUUGAUGUAACAUCUGACUCCAGAGCGAAGCAGGGAGACCGGGUUUUCAAGUGGUCAGGACUUAAAACUCUGUAUGUUCGAACCUGAUCUGGUUUCAUGGAGCUGAAGAUUCUUGUAAAUUUAUUCAUGGCUGACCAGAAAUAGACGCUCUUGUUCAAGCCUCUCUUUGGUCCCAGGAGGAGUUCAUCAGCAGAUAAGUGGAAUACUUAUCCCACCAAUUAUCCACUUUAAGUACUUUUCCCAUGAGGGAUUGAAGGUAGAGAUACUUAUCAAUUAUGUGUAAUUAUGAUAACGUGGUCUUUUUUCACUUUGAUUCAGUCAACAGCCGGCGGUGUGCUGAAGGAUUUUGGUGAUUUGAGUGAGGAUGAGGGGUCACUUUCUCUCAAGUCCAUCCAUUUCCACACCAGUCACAUCUUUCCUUUAAUUUCUGUCUCUUUUCACUCUGAUGUUUUCAGUUUGCUAUAUCAGGCUGUACUCCUGCAAGAAAGCAUCAAAUAUUUAUCCUUAUCACAGAGCAGAGCUUUGCUGAGAACGCUUUUUAUGAGACCGAUGUCAAGGCGGCUAUCAAUGCCGUGGAAUCACAAGGGAACAAGAUAUCACGUUCAUGUGUUGUGCUGCACUAGAUGUUCCCCCCACAUCGUUUCAUGUGCAGCACGAAAUUCAACACUCUGUCAUGAAAUUUCUGUACUGUGUGUGAAGGGACAGGGAACCAAAGGCAUCUUUUAUCUUUGAUUUAUUACACAGAGACUGCAAACGCAAACAGAGGCACAGAUAUGAUCCGAUGCUUAUUGUGUUUUGGGUUGUUUUUCCUUCCAUUUGAUUUAGAAUAUGAAAAUAACUGUCUGAUAUUCGGAGAAUUAUGAUUGUUUUUCUUGCUGUGGAAACGAUAAGGAGAUGGAUGCAAAUAUUGAAGUUACACUAAGAUUAAAACAGGACCGAACUGGCCUCCUUGGCUUGUUUGAGGUAACAGAAAUAUGGUCAAUGGACUGUACUUUUACAGUCUAGACUUUUCUAUUCUAGUCUUAUCAGUCGGUAUGUGCGCAAUAUGUAAUCAUAAAGGAAAUGUGAGCAGGGGAAGACAUGCAGCAAAGGGUCAAGUGGGACUGGAACUUGCAACCGCUAUGAUGAGAGGACUACAGCCUCUUAACCCUCGAGGCAAUCAGCACCAGUUGAACAGGCAGAGUUUAAAGUACCGUCAACAUGCCGUGGAAAAAUAAUUGCUUUCCAACAUCCUCACUCUGGACCUUAGAGCUUUUUCACGCUACCUGCCACCUUCACUCAAUCACACCACAUCCAUACACUGCUGACAGGGGAUAGCGUGCAGAGUGAGUGACCUCUGUGCAGAGUUGUGGCCAAUCUUAUUUACGAGCAUUUGCACACCUCUGGCUAUGCCCACUUGGAGCAAUUUAGGAUUCGGUGUCUUGCCCAUGGACACUUCAGCAUGUGUGAACUGAGGGAGCUGGGGUGAAACAGGAACCCUCCAAAUAAGAGAUGGGUGACUCAACCUGAGCUUGACGGCAAACACCUUUAAAACACGAUAGACUGACAGAUGUUGUUCAUUGAGGUUGUUUGGUGUGUAAGAUACGGUUUGGUCUUUCAGUGGUUUUUUAAAGACCCACUCUGAUGAUUUUUCUUGUUUUUUACAUGUUCAUUUGGCAUUUUUCUGAUGCUUGAGGCCAUAUCAGGAGAAAAAUAAGUGCAAAAUUGCAUUUUUGAGUAUUUUUGCAUUCAGAUCAGUCAAUCUCUGGCAGACCCAAACGGCAGGAUCAGAUACAGUGAGAUUUCCUAUGUCACAAAUCCAAGCUCCGCCCCCAGAGCCCCGCUAUGCAGGCCAGACAGAGAAAUAGAGAGGACGAUUGUGGAACAAGCGUGUGAGUUAGCGGAUUGAAAUGCUUGUAAAAAAGCUAAUUAUGAUAUUAACUUUCAUCAUGUCCCUAAAGACAAUGGUGUCCGAGAACUCAAUAGCUCCUGCGUUACCUGCUUCUUCUACUACACCAGCAUUGCUAGUAGAGCUGCAGCUUUUGAAUAUUUUAGUAAUCAAGUAUUCUACUGAAUAUUCCAUCAAUUACUCGAGUAAUUAGACCCAAACAGCAGAUUCGCAUAAAGUUAGAUUUUCUAUAGCCCCGCAAUGAAGGCCAGACUUGGAGAAAUAGAGAAAAUCGCAGAACAAGUGCAAAAAGUCGCUAAAGUCGCUAGGUUGGCAACACUGCAAGAAAAGUCCCUUUCAUUAUUUAUUUUUUCCGUUUCUCGAAACCUAAACAGCGCUUACUCCUCCUUCUACCAUGGUGACGUAAGCGUAUUGGGUCACCUUCAAAAGAAUCUGUGUGAAACAGUGACGAUUUGAGCUUAUAAACGAUUCCUCGAGGCAGAGAAAAUUCCUUGAUCAAUAUUUGUAAUCGAGGUAUUUGAGGAAUCGUUUCAGCCCUAAUUGCUAGGCUGCAAGCUAACACGAAGAGGCGUGCAGACCAGCGCUGUCUCCGCCCACAACUUGGUGGCGAAUCGCUAAUGAGCUACUGGAGCUCUGCAGAAGAAAAGCUCUUAAAAAUGACACAGGUAACAUGAUUUUGGCUAAAAAUUUCAUAAUCACAAUUUAAAAAACACUGAUGACACUUUAGGUAGUAAAAAAAAAAGAUCGGAGUGGGACUUUAAAAGCACUGACUUUAAAAUUAACAGCCAAGCCUUAUCAAGAAGUAACAUUUAAAGACAUAAUUCAACAACUGGAGCUUAAUCUUGUAAAACUUUAUCAUAAACGAGGUAGAGAAAAUGGGAUUUCUCUGUAGCUGAGUAGGGGGAGAGUGGAUCUCAGUCCUGCAAAAAGGCAGCAGAGAAGUUAUUCCAAAUAUAAACACAUGCUCAGUAUGGAGGAAGCCUCUCAGCCCCUUAAAAGGGAAAGAAGAACGAGGUCAUAAAGGGGUUGUUGUUUAAAUUACAGCCCUCCACAGUCGCCCGCUAACUGCAAAGCUGUGCCUCUCAAUCAGAGCUGCAAAUAACCAUCCUGCUAGUUCUCAUUUCUACCCGCCACUCUGGAUGUAAGUUUCCUUUCCCCAAAAAGUAAUUUCAGCCCUUAACAGGAAAUCAGAGAAAGAGAGAGAGAGAGAGAGAGCAUGAGAAUUAGAUUGAAGAGUGACGGAGUGGGGGUCUGUUGUAUUAAAGGCCCACAGCUCAAACAUUAACAGCAGGCCUGGGGGAGUUUUGUUUAUAUGGUUAUGAUGAAUGUCAUCAUCCACGCUGAGGAAACCCAGCCGAGCCAGAAAACCAUGAACAUGUGUCAACACAAACAGAAAUGUGUUCAUAGUUCUGCUAAAAACAUGAACUCUGAAUUUUACUGCCUCUGUUUGUGUGUUUGAUUCACUUUUUUCAAAAUCCACUAUUCUCCUUUAUCUCCACUUUCUUUUCUCGCACGCAGCCCCUUGAAAGCACCUUGGCGCAUCUCAAGGUGCUCAUAAUCCACUCUGCACAUUUUAUUUGAAUUUGAAUGUUGAGGAAAAGUAGGUAUUGUGCCAGACUUCAAUGUGCUUUAACAUUGAAAGUACAGAGUGUAACAAAACAACUUUGUGUAACAAGGUGAAGGCUUCAUUCAGAAGAGUAGAUCACAAGUACCGUCCAUUUUCUGGUGUUUUCCUUUUUUCAAUUCAUACUUCAAAUAAAACAGUAGCUAUUCUUAGGGGCUUAGUUUGGUUAUUUUCAGUUUAAAAACCACAAGUGCCCAGUGAAGUGCAGAGUGAGUCAGUGGGUCUUCAAGCUGGUGUAGACUUCAGAUGAAACAGUCAUACAUGAUAAUAACUCUGCUGGACCAGUGAUGUAACAUCUUUGCACACUCCAGUGUAGAGCUGGGCAAUAAACGAUAACGGUUCUAUUGAUAUAAAACAUUGUCAAUAUGCUUAUCUAUAGUCUGCAUUCUGCCAUGUUUUGGUAGACUAUACGAAUAGCCAAUGAAAAGGGGAGUUUCUUCGGGUUCGCUUCGUGCUAAACCAGUCAUGGGCUGAAUUAUAACCAAGUAACAAACAACUGUGUAGUAGCAGGCUGCAGCUACACGCAACCAUAGCAUGGUGAGAGAAAAAGGAAAUGAGUGCUACCCCUGGCAGAAAUACAGAUGAAGGCUCAACAGACGAAAAUAUUGUCGACAACACUGGCACGAAAACGCCGGUGGUGUGGAGGGAUUUAGUUUUUUUGAGGUCGGACAUGAAGCAGAGUAAUGUGCACUGCAAAUUAUGUUGAGUACAUGUUCAUGUAAUGUCAGGGAAUAACUCAACUCUUUUUCACCACCUGAAGCAGCGCCACGCGGCAGAGCACGCGCAAUGCAAAAGGUUACAAACCCAGAGCGGAGCCCAUGGCGCCUGUGCAGCCGAAACAGCAACAGUAGAUUAUUGUAUUGCAAAAGACGUGCUACCAAUAAACACUGUUAAAUUUAAUUUUUCAUAUCGUGAUAUAUAUCGAUAUCGACUGAUAUGUAAAAAAUAGAUCAUGAUAAACUUUUUCCCAUAUCGCCCAGCCCUACUCCAGUGGUACAUAACUGAGAGUUCCUCUUUAAACUCCUGUCUCAUUGCUGCAGCUAAAUUGUGAUUCAACAGGACAGUGACUCCAAAACAUUCAGCAGAAAGUACCAAGUAAUCAAAUAACAGUCCAGCUCCCAAACCAGCUGACAUUUUGCUUCACUUCUUGAAACCAAAAAGCCCAAAAAUACCAAGUAAAACUGGGGUGGAGGAUUGUGCAAAUCUGGUUUGGUGUCUUUAGGAAAAAUGCCAAGUGUCAGCUGCCGGGUCGCUGACGUCAAACCUUUAAGACUUCAGUCAUUGAUCGUAAAAGGAUUUACAACUCAUUAUCCAAUACCUCAAGUUUAUUUGAGGGCGUGUUAAUUUACUUUUCUGUUUCUGUUUCUGGCCCUCUCACCCCAUUAGAGGAGCUGUGUGACUGUAGCUACAAAAGACGUCUAUUUGGAUUUGGAGAGUGAAGCUCUGCUCUGAAUGUAAAAUGCUGACCGAGCAGGAACACGAGAGCUUGACAUUGAAAUGGACUGAAUGGACUUGUGCAAAACAGUUUUUUUCAAAGGACAGUGCUAUGAAAAUAUAAAAGACAUUUUGGACACAAGAAGAAGAAGAAGAAGAAGACAUAGUAAGUGUACUAGGAUAUGAGGAUGAGCAUGCAGUGAUCAAGGCCGUGCUGAUAUGCAGUAGAGCAGCACUCCCUCUUUCAUGGUAUUGCUUCGAGGCAAACAGACGAAGCUCUCUCUUAUCAUAAGAAAAAAGAAAAUCUCAAUAUUACACAUGAAUGCUCCAUGAUAAAUUUGGUUUUUCAGUUCUUUUUAAUCUUGCUGCUGAGAGGAGAACUUAUCAGGAUCAUAAAAUAUACACAGAUCAUAAAGGUGUAAAUUCUUCUCCCUGACAGUGAAACUCGUGUGCAUUGAAUCUGACACUGGUGUUCAGUUUCUGUCAGUAGAUGUCGUCGUGUUUGUGCGACACACGACGUGGAGGCAGCACAGCUGUUUCCUGGAUAGUUAGAUGCUGCCAGCACUCUUGAUCAACUCCUCUGACAUCCACACAGCUGCUCCUGGCAAAGCCCCCCCUUAGAGAUCUGCUCACACACACAUACACGCACACACACACUUUUAAACAUGCACUUGUGAUUUUGUCACAUCGUCACAGCUCUCUUCAAUCUCGCCUGCAGUGAUGAGGAAAACAGAAGUGUAUCACAAACCUCCAGUGAUGUAGCAGAGAGUUUCAGAGAGACACACAGAUACACAGGAAGAUUCAAGUGACCGUCCACGAUCAGCAUCACGUCCUCUGUCGAAGAAACAUGUCUUUCCACCCACUGCUGGUAAAGCCUCUCUUACUGGAGGCUCUUGACCCUGAAGCUAUCAGAUUUUGCUUUUCAAAUAAAUGGAUAAAUACACAAAAGAGAUAAGAUAUGUAAAGACCUUUUUCAAGAAAGAAAUGCAAAAAUGCAAACGCCUCUCUUAGGAAAGAGUUGAAAUUUCUGAUACAUGGUUUGGGUCAGGGUUCAGGUUCUGUGCUCGCUGAAGAAGUCACAUACACAAACAAACAUUUCAUUCCAAGCAGACCUUUUUAGCUCUUCUGUGAAUUCAUUUUAUUCGAUGCUGCUGCUUUAUCUAAGAACGCAAAUGCACAGUGUUUUGCAAAUUCUCAUAUUCUUUGCAUUUCAUGACUUUUCAGUCGCAUAUUGGGAGUAUGAUAUGUGCAGUACAAUAUGACUCACCACAACACGAUGCUAUACGAUCAUUACAAUGAUAGGAUACAAUAUGAUUCAAUGCGUUAUGAUAUGAUACCAUGUGAUACAAUUCAAUUGCCUGAUAGCAUGUAGGAUCGUAUUUUUCCACUCAAAAGACAUGCACGAAAUGUCACUAAGGCCCGUAAAGUCCACCUGUGGCAGGUGAUUGCAGCUCUCGGCUGACUGAAGUGCAUCCUCCACCUUCACCCUCGUGUCAGCACAAAGGGCCGCUGCAGCUCUUUUUCUUUUCCUUCGUUUUGGUUUCUAAGGGACUGGUGCAUCUCGUUUGAGUGUUUCAGCUCUUUCACAGCUUUUCCAAGGCUGCUUUCAUUUUUUUUUCCCAUCUUGAAAAUCAAAUGAGGUCUGGUGUUUUUUUCAUUCACCUCCAGUCAUAACAAAAAUUCAGCUAUUGUCUCCACAUCCACCUCCCAGCAUCACCCUGCCUUUACUCACCGUCUCACACAUGUAGACCUAACCGUGUUUUUUUGCGCCAGUGUGAGAGGUCCCAGUUUUAAUCAGGACUGAGUGUGCCUUCAAGCGAAUGCCAACUCAAUCGUCACCUUGUUUAUUGAUGUGAGCUGCCGACAAAAUUUGCCAUGUGCUAAUCCAGAUUUGUUAUUUGACGACAUGGAUUUGAAUAAUGAGAGAGGAAGUGACACUCAGCCUGAAAGCUGAUUCAUGGUGUUGGCUGCUGCAGCAGUUAGUGCCAUGAGAUAUUGCCGCUGGAGGUAAACCAUGUUUGUAUGCAAGUAGGACAUCUAUUUAUUACAAGGCUGCGAGUUUAUUAUGGCGUGGCAUUGACUGUGCAGUGUUCGAGGAUUCAAACUGUGCUGUCUGUGGUUUGUUAGAUUUGAUAAAGUCUCUUUCAGACUUGUUCCUUCGUGUUUGAAAAGCAGCCCAGACAUUUCAAACAGAAGUAGUCUAGACAGAUUAUUAGGUUUGUCAUUUAUUGGUUUUAUGACUAUAUACACACAAAAUAGUGUUUUUUUCAGUGUGUGAAGUGUAUUUCUAAAUCUGUGCUGUCCAAAAAAGGUUAAAUGCAGACAGCUCCUAAAAUUGCCAAGUUAUACAUAUUUCAUCAAUUUUAUUACACACCAAAAAAAUGUACUUUCAACAACUUGGUUUUAAAUUUAAUUGAGAAAAUCAAAACACCUUGACAGUUCUUCAUUUAAUUUCACGCUGCAGUUGGCAAUGGGAAACAGACAGCAUUAAUUUGUCCAAAAGUUCAAAAAAAGCAAAAAAACAGUCUCUUUUUUCAGUAUAUUUACCGUUGAUAAAAUCACUUUGUUAUCUUUUGCUGUGAUCAAAGGUUUGGACGGAGCUAGACUAUUACCUUUUUUCUAGAGUUAAUGUACAGCUAAGCAAACUGACUUCUGGCUUUGGUGUAAUACAAACCAACUAGGACCUACAGGCUAGGGCUGGGCGAUAAACCGAAAAUUUAUCAAUAACGAAAUUUACGACAAUAACCAACAACAUUUUGCCCAUAUCGGUAUGUUCUGUGUCAAAAAAUAAAUAAAUCAAUAAAAGUUGGUUUUGGAUGUGUUUAGGUAGGCUAUGGUCUCAUGUCCCUUUAAGACGCUGACCUACAUCGUAGAUGUGACUCCACCCUAUCCAGUCCGUAACAAAGAGGGAAAGACAGGAGAGGAGAUGGAGGACGGUUCAAAAGUUGUAGCGGUGGCUGAAGUAGACAAAGUUAAUGUGGGAGGGGGUGAGCAACUUUUGAAGUAGUUAUCGUCCAUUUAUCGUUAUCGAGGUGAACUGCUCAAUAUAUCGUGAUAUUGAUUUGAGGCCAUAUCGCCCAGCCCUACUACAGGCUCCGACCUUGUAAACUAAUUUUAGCUUAUUUCACAGCUACCAGCUGCUCCGCUCUCCCUCAAAACUUGACAAAUUUCAGGAACCGCUCUCCCCAUCAGUCAGGAACACGUAAACACGGGAAAAUAGAGUUCAGGUUGAUACUGAUGCUCCCCUUUAAGGCAAUUUCAACAAAAACUUUCUUUAAGUUAUCUAAACUUGGUUAACAUGUAAUCAGACGGCCAAAACAGCGAAAAAAUAUCAGUGGACGGGAAUCCAAGUGGUUUCAGGAGUGGAGUUUUCACGGAAAUGCUAAAUCAGCCUAACUUUUGGUUGACCCUUUAAGAGGCAGAGAAGCAAAGUAGAGGCAGCUCUUUAGCGCUCUGACUCACAGCUGUCAUGUGCUAUUUAUUGUACGAAUGAUAAAUUUGGGGUUUUAAUAUUUUCAGAAUGAGUGAAUCUAAAAUAUUGCCCCCCACAGUGGAGUUUAAAUGAAGAAAGAAAUGGGCUGUAAAGUCAGGCCUUUAAUAAUGGGUGUUAAUGGGAUUCCUCAGGCUUCGACUAUUAUCACAAAAUGUGGCACUAUUACCUUAAAUUGGCGGAAAAAACUGUUUUUAAAAAUGACCAGAGUUGUAUAAUGAGGGAUUUUAUCCAAAAAAGAGAGGACGGAGAUAGAUUUAGGGAUUAAUCAUCUAGUUUCCUUUUUUAAUUCAUCUUUAAUGCGAGUAUCAUCCGUAAAUGUCAUCACACACACACGCACACAUAAAUCCUGAGGUGUAUAGAAGCACCAUCUACAAGCUUAUAUCUGUGUCUCCUGAGACCGCCCCUCCUCCUUAUCCCUGUGUAGCUGACAAUACUUCUUUUUCUACAACUGUCAUCGAUCUGAAGGCCUCCUAACUAAACACUGGCCCUAACAUUCAUAGACGUGGUAAACAGGCUCUCACACACGUCUUAUUCCCUCUUGAUUUUGUUUGUCUGAGCUGGUGAAAGAAUAUCAGAGUGUUCAUCGGUGUCAGUAAAGUAAUCCACUCCAUCCCCUCGCCCGUCUUCGCUCACUUUAAUCUUACAUCUAUCUCUGUGUGAGCCCGAAUGACAGAUAUAUUCUAUCUUUUCUCAAAUAUUGUUUUGUUCUUUCUCUCGAACAAACAGAUUCCUAAGUCAGUGGGUUUAGGGUCCAUGCUGGCUGGGAUCAUAUAUCUGAUUCUUAGGAGACGUUGUUAUUAUCCAGCAGACGUUAUUCUGCUUCAUCUGGUCGGGAGGUCAAAAAUCCUUGACCUCCUGGGCUGAAGUAGAAUUGCUUUAGGUGACAUUUUAUAGGGAAAUUGAGCUUGGAAAAUGAAUGAAUAACAAAUGCAUCCUACUCACAGUCUGACAAGCACUUCACAUCUGCUGCAGUAUAUCAAACCCAGGCACCACAGACCAAAACCAACAUUUUUUACUCCAAAGUAGUCCCUACGGGUGCUGAUUUCACUGAUUACCUCUUUUUCUCUCUGGUUUGAGGUGUGUUGAUCAGGGAAAAGUGCGGCUGCUGCGGUGUCUGAUUUUAAUGAAACUGUUGCUACUCGACACCUGUUUCAUCAAGUUUGCUUCACAGAGUUUUAAUGACACCGAGACUCACAAGCAGGGUUAUACAGUAGAAGUGCACGAGAGAUUAAAACAGUAGGAGAUAAAGUUUAGGGCUGAAAAAUAAAGUGUAUACUGAGGAGAAACUUGGGAAAUAAAAAAAGAGACUACCAACAGUGAUAUUAAAAUAGCUGUGAUAUUCAAGUUUAAUAAGUAAACACUGCAUGAGAGGCCUAAUGAGCAAUAAAAAAGGUACUUUUAUUAAGGGCUGUUGCUUGUAUAACAAUGCUGUGGGGCUGAAACCUCAUAUCUUGAAUUUAAAAAGCUCUGGGUUUCUUUAAUUAGUUUCAAACACGAGACGGGAAUCAGUUACAAGCUCUUCUCAUCGGCUGAGGUUUCGUAAUGUGACCAAAAACAUACAUUUUUGGGAGAAAUAAAUAAUGAAACAGGUACAUAUGUGAUUCCUGCCUUAGAGCAACAAUAAGCGCAUUAUUGCCACGAUAGAAAAUAUCACAAUGUAAAGACUGUCAUGGUAUGUCACAAUGAAGACACAACAACAUGCUGGUGCUGCAGAGAGAGAUCACUGUGUUUAAUAUUAUGUACUGAGAACACAAGAUAGCUGAUGUCAGUUUUAACACCAAACCCCCUUUUUAAAAAUCAAAUAAUUAAAUUAAAUGUCUAAGAAAAAGAAACAGUUGCAUAGGGCUGGACGAUAUGGUCUCAAAUCAAUAUCACGAUACAUCGAACAGUUCGCCUCGAUGAUGAUAAAUGGACAGUAACUACUCCACAAGCUGCUCACCCCCUCCCACAUUAACUUUGUCCACUUCAUCCGCCACAACUUUUGAACCAUCCUCCAUCUCCUCACCUGUCUUUCCCGCUUUGUUAUGGACUGGAUGGGGUGGAGUCAUGUCUCCAAUGUAAGACAGCGUCUUAAAGGGACAUGAGACCAUAGCCUACCUACACACAUCUAAAACCAACUUUUAUUUCUUUUUUUGACACAGAAUAUAUUGACAUGGGCAAAUUACGUCAGUUAUUGUUGUAAAUUUCACUAUCUGUUACUUUUCAGUUUAUCGCCCAGCCCUACAGUUGCACAUGAAUCAGCUGAAAAAGAAGUGACUGUAGUUACAGAAAGCUCAUUUUUUGACUCAUUUUCCUGCUGGUAUUAUGAAGACAGCAGAUUUUAUUACAUGUAUUAUAUGAUGAUUUGGAACGACAUCUUGCACCUUUAAGUCCAGCAGUUCUUGGUUCAGUAGCGCUCAUACACACCUGUGAUCACUAAAGCCUCUCUCAUUUUGUCCCUUGGCUUUUCAGGCAAGGGACAAAGUUUUUUUCAGUUUUUAUUUUUUAAUGCCACGGCAACAGCAUUGAACACACAGCACAAGGUUUGGGACUCAAGAAAUUCUCCAAGAUUUUUGAUUCUGAGCGCUCAGACUCUGAUUGUUAGAGACUAAUCUGUCAGUGCGUUGUGUCCUGUGUUGUCGCUCCAAACACUGCAAGAACAAAUCUGUCGAAUCUCUCGUUACUCCUCAUCAUAUGUUUGGUUUCUCAUAUUUCAAACAUCUGUUCGGAGUUUAGAAAUCUUUUGUGUGGGGUCUGAGUACUUGUAUCAAGAUUUCAAGGCAAUCCAGAAACUCUUGAGGUGGUUGAACAUCCUUGGAGUCAUGCAUUACAUAAGAAAAUAUUUACAUAUUUCCCCCUUUUGUUUUCAAGCUUUAGUUUGAAUUCUGUUAUAGAUUACAUCGUGACUACACAUCUUUCAUCCUUUUUUUUUCUUCUCGCCUUCAUAAAUCCAAUUAUCUUCCUGUGAGCUGCACUCGAGGUGUUUCAAUGCCAUUCAUCUUUUGUAGCCUACUUAACUGGCAGGCUCAUUCUUUUUAUGCCUUUUUACAGGAUAAUCCCCUGAGCAGACUCAUUUUCACAGUGCGUCAUCAGAAAUUUAAAGGGCCUACAAUGAAAACCAGAGGUAACAUGAAAUGAACAGUGAUGAGAUCAGGAAAUUGCAGGAAGAAAGACAAAUUAUUAAAGUUUUAGAGGCCAAGGGUGACGGUUUCUUCAUCUUCUAACAAUCACUGCAUCCAUUCGUCUCUCUUCCAGUCUGACACUUGCUCACUGUGAGCCGACAGGUUGAAGGAUGUUUCUAAAUCCCUGUUCGCUCCCUCGGGGCUCUUGGCUGCAGGCACAUCUCACACUUCUAUUUUCCUGUUUUUCAAAUCAGAUUUAUGCUUUCCGCUUGAAAGAAUAAAUGGGAUAUAACAGGUUUAUUCCUUUGAUUAAGUCUGCAUUUUGUUUAUUUGUGCUGCAGCUGAUAACUUUUUUUUGUGUAGGUGGUGUUUUAUUCAACACAGACACAUUUCAUCCUCAGAGGAGUUUCUGUUUCCCAUCCAGGAGAUGAUUCAGUAACCUGCGUCUUUCAGGGUUUGGUGUAAAUCCUACUUUGUAUUCUCCCCCUUGUCCAAACACGGCUUUCUUACUCUCUGUGAUGCUGCCUUCACAUCCAGCUUUCUUUCUCUCUCUCCCUCCCUCUGUAUGAGUCAUUUCUGGAUUUUGUGUUUUUCUCUCUUCUCUGCUGAUCUAAAAAGUGUGUGUCCUUGCAUUGUAAGAUUCGGCGCUGUAUUGUCAGACUGAAGAGGAAGGAGAAGGCACUUAAAGAGGGGCGAAGAUAGCGAAAGACAAAGUGUGACCGGGCGGCCGGCUGCUAUGUGAUCUGAGCGGACAGGCCAUAUAGAGCCGCGUCAGAGCCUUUCAGAGCCGCGCGGCAGGAUGUGAGCAGAGACGCGUGUCAGGUGGAGAGUUUUCAUCCUCCUGUGUGACUCAUCCUGUCUCAGACUGUCUUGGAUGUCAGUCGGAGAGAUGUUGACAACCGUUUUAGUCACGCUGAACCACCUAGUCCAACUGGCCUCUUUUUUCUUGUUAGCUGCAGAUAUCCUUCGCCAUGACAGAGCUUGUCACAAUCUGUGCCAAUGUGCAAGUAGAGGUUUAUAGACCUCCUGUACAGUGAAUAAGCGCACCCUUCCUCUCUGCUCUAACAGCAGAGUGUAGGAGAGGCUCCUCCCCCUCAAACAGGGAGCAUGAGGAAGUUGUGGCUCCUGCUAAGAAAGCAGGUAGAUCUUCAACAGGUUUUGCAACAGCAGUACAAACUAUCAGGCAGAGAGGAGAGCAGGGAGAGGAGCAGGAGGAGGCAGAUGCGUGUCUGAAAAGCCAAGGGACAGAAUAAGCAUGCCAAGAGAGAAGCUGUAGUGAUCAGGAAUGGGCAUGUGUGCUAAUGAGUUAACGUCUGCAGGGCUAAAAAGUUGAUGACAUGGUUCAGGAUCAUAAUAAAAUACAAGCCCAAGUCUUGGCAUCAUGACAGCAGGUUCCAGACGUCCCCGAUUUCUGGGGACAGUCCCUGUUUUGGACGACCUGUCCCCGGCUAAAGCUGAUUUAAUUGUUUCAUGAAUGAGAAAAAAAAGUUGCGUGUAAAUAGAACAACAGUUAUUACGGUAGCCGAGUAGGUAGGAAGCGCAAGUAAGCCUGUUGCCGCAGUCCAGAACAACAGUUUUUACGGGGGGUUAUUGUGGGGGGUGUGCGCUGCUACUAAGUAGUACGGAGUUGUUUUCUGGGAUCACACAGCCAAUGCCUCCCCUCACCAUGCUCUCCAGAAAUAGAGGGCCGAAAAUCACAUUUUGCUUAGCACCCCCCACCCCCUGAAUGUCCCUGGAUUUCAUUACAGAAAUCUGUUCACCUUAUCAAAAGAGAUGUUGUAUAAAAGCUUGUAAAGACUGAAUUAUUUGUAAGAACUGCCGCCUGUGAUAAAAUGCAAUAGGUGAAAAAGCUUCAGAGUAAACGUACUUCAAUCCGAGUGGUAUUUAAUUUAGUGAAUGUUAUUAAAGUUGAUGUAAUAUUAUAAUGUAGAGCUGCUUUAUUAUAGCAAAAGUCAUAAUCUCAGUUAUUUGACACUAUUAUUUACUGAUUCUGCAACAUCCGCAUCAACUUUACUUGUGUCAAUCAGUAACCAUAAAAACUGUUGUUCAGGACUGCGGCAACCAAGUAGGUUUAGAAUCAAUUUAGGAAAUAAGUAUAUAAGUGCUUAAAUGUCAAAUCACACAUUUUUAACUCUACACUUUGUUAGGAUACAGACCAAUGUCUCUCAUGGGUUAGCCUGCCUAUUGUAAGUUUUUCAAUACAGCCUCUCUCUCUCUCCUCAUGCUCACUCUGUCCCUCUGCUUCACUAACACACACCUGCUCCUCUCCCAGGUCUCCUUCCUCCACCUGUAGGAUGAUGCUUUUAAACUGCUGUAGACUGCUCUGAUUGGUUAAUGAGUUGCGUGAUUAAAACAGGGGUAUGGAAAUGCAGGUUGAUGUGAGAUCAGAGAGCGGGUUGUGUGCAGUUGAGACGCAAAAGUGUGUUUGGGAAAGACAUUAAGGCGUAUGGAUGAAAAGAUCCACUCUGAUGGGCAGAUUGGCACUUAACAUCCCAUUGUCUGCAAUCUGAGAGUGAAUGUGUGAGAGAGUAAAAGCACUUUGAGUGGAUAGAAGAUUGGGGAACCGUAACUUAAGUGGAGUCCAUUUUCCAUAUAUUUUGGGUGACUUUCAUCGUGCCAAUUUGUCUCUUGCUUCCCUCAUCCUUGUGUCUUUAACUCUUUAUAGAGAGGAUGCUAGAAGGACAAAUAAGGACAGAGACGGAUGAAUCAAAUUGUGCAAUUCUUGGUUCUAUUGCAUCAGGUCAAAGUCGAUCUAACGUGGCUUAUGUUGUAGCACACGCUGGUUACAUGAUUUAAGACUUCUACUUAAGGUGCUCUCGUGUUUCCUCGCUCUAAGCUCCUUCUUAAACGUCUUCUAUCCUCCCUCCUUGAGGUACAAUUAAAGGAUUGAAAGGUCCUACAGGACGGUAAAAAAGGAAAGAUAUCCAGGUCAUGCAUGAAGAGAGGAUGCAGGGAAGUCAGAAUUACAAAAAGCACCUCAGGAUUGAUGGUAAAGUCUGAGGGUAUUUGGCAAACAGGCGGAGAAUAGCGAUGACUUCAGAGCUUCAUGAAAAUGCAGAGGCCAGGGCAAAGUGGGAGUUUGACAGAGAGGCGGAUUGGGCAAAUAUAAAUACGAGUGAGGCAGCUGUCGUGACCAGAUCGCCAAACUCUUUGUAAUAAAGACAACAACAGUUAUUCAAUCUGGCAGUGUAGGUGCAGCAGCAGCAGGGUAAGAGGACAACAAUUAUGUUUUACUUCCAAAAUUAGGUCCAACAGGGCGGGUAGCUGGAGUGCAUUAUCCCCAAACUAUAAUACGUGGGGAUCGACGUUAAAGUGUGUCUUCUGUAAAUGUUUGUUGUUCUUUUUUAUAAUAAGUCAAACUUUCUAAAGCGAGUAAUGCUGGAUUAUUCUCUUUAACAAACUUGAUUAUGUUUGUUUUGUUAGCAGUGUGGUCAUGCCCAGUACAACCACAAAUAGAGUUAUGACUGCCAAGACAGAUCUUUUAAUAAACUGUAUUUCUCUGAAAAUAUCCUGUGAAGUUUAUCAUAACAAAGGAGCACUUUAAAGUCAGUGCUUUGGUGGUAUUGCACUCUUUAAAUUCACACCACACUAUGGUGAUUUCCAACUAACCCACUUGUCUGUGUUUAGAGCAGUAAAUUGUGAAUAAAUGAUCAAAUGCAUCAGGAGAGCUGCUGCAGGUGGAUGCAAUUUGUGAAUUAAAUCUUCAUUAAUCAGGAACUGAACGACUGCAUCAGUGAAAUUUGAGUCAAUUUAUGUUGUCCUUGUUAGGGCUGGACGAUAUGGCCUCAAAUCAAUAUCACGAUGUAUUGAGCAGUUCACCUCGAUAACGAUAAAUGGACAAUAACUACUCCACAAGCUGCUCACCCCCUCCCGCAUUAACUUCUUCUACUUCAGCUGCUACAACUUUUGAACCGUCCUCCAUCUCCUCACCUGUCUUUCCCUCUUUGUUAUGGACUGGAUGGGGUGGAGUCAUGUCUCUGACGUAGGACAGCGUCUUAAAAGGACUUGAGACCAUAGCCUACCUACACACAUCCAAAACCAACUUUUAUUUAUUUAUAUUUUUGACACCGAAUAUACCGAUAUGGGCAAAAUGACAUUGGUUAUUGUCGUAAAUUUCAGUAUCUGUAAAUUUUCGAUGUAUCGCCCAGCCCUAGUCCUGGUGGCAACUGAUCACACCAAAGAAACCAAACUUAUAGUAAGUGUUAAAACAUCAGACAACCUGCAAUGACACGAUCAUUAUCAGGGUGAAAUGUGCAGCAAAUGCUUGAACAAUGCAAAUGUUUUCACAGUUUCCAUAUUGGAUUUGCAGCUGCAUGUUGCUCCUGAUAGAUAUUCAUUGGGCCACCAUACAUCCUAGUUUGUGCACUUACAGAAGCAGCUGAUGGUUGUCGUGUUCUGUGCAGAAUUCACAACAUGUGUUAACACGUGUUAUCAUGUCUCUGUUGUUUGCUGCAGUCGUUUGUCGUUUUGUUUACUAUCUAAACAUUAGGCCGUCCACUCAGGUUGGAGUUGGCAGCAUGCACGACUUCUGAAGCCAAAUUUAAAUGGAGGGGAAUCCCAUCCAGCUGGCACAAAAAACACAAUAAUAAUAAUACUUAUAGGGCCUUUAAAAAUAAUUAGAGCCUCAACAAAUAGUCAUCCUCUUGAUUAUCAAUGUGCAGAAAAGAGGGAGGGUUUCUUUCCUUUGCUGUAUUUCUGUGUCACUCUUCCUCUUUGUGUUUGUGACUGUUGUGUGUGUGUGUCUCUGUGUGUCCCAGCAGAUGUUAUGGAGGGGAAGAGCGCCAUACUGCUCGGCAUGAGUCAGUGGAACUCAAAUGACCUGGUGGAGCAGAUUGAAACUCUGGGACACAUGGAGGACCAGUCACAUGGUACGACUACGAGCAGACACAUGCACUUAGAUUCACACAUAUUUAUCAUCAUCCAUACACACACACACACACACACACACACACACACACACACACACACACACACACACACACACACACAAGAAGCUCAAUGGUUCAUACAACCAAAAUAGAAGCUCAUGAAUGGGUCUUUCACUGGAUGACAACAAUGAUGGAUGGUUAUUUAAAGCUGCAUUAGGUCAUUUUUGACCACUAGAGGGCAGAGAGUGUUGAAAUCAUCAGCCUUUAUUUCAUCCGUGCAAGAUUUAAUGACACACCUUUUCACACUGCACUGACUCAUUCGACUCCAUGUGAAUAGCUACUACAGGUUAAAUGUCUCAAAUUGGGGUAAAAGACUUAAAAGGAAGCUGAGAAUAUAAUGUGAAGCAGGAGAAAGCCUGAGCAGGAGGUAAUAAGAAGCACAGCUGAGAUCUGACAUUCAGAUAUGCCCGGUGAUUUCAGCCCUCCUCACUCUGACUCCAUGCUUAAUGAUGCCUGAGAAAAGCACUGAGCUUGAAACAUGUUGCAUACCCCCUCACUGUAUUCAUGCGCAUCAGGAGCAACACUUGAAACAACAUCUCCUCUGCAAGCAGAAAGGCGACAUUGGUUUUGAAUGCUAUCAAAAGCGGCCAUCAGACUUCAAACAGCCUGACAUGGAUGGAUGGAUUUGGUUCAGAUAUGUGCAAAUCCUUCUUUUUUCUUCAUCCUGAACUUGUCUUAUUCGUUUCCUUUGAGUGAGGAGAAAAUUAAUAUGAGAAUCUCCCGCUGAUAGCAAUCUCCUUUGGUUGUUUGAGAUUUCUGAGACUGUCCCCUGAAUGCUGGCUGUCACAACUCCAGAACAGCUGUGUCAUUGCACCCAGAGCAAAGCAAGAGCGGCGGCGUAAUCGCUCUACACAGAUCAAGCAUGAAAACCCGAAUCCUUUAAAGUCAUGGUUGACGAUCUGAGAAACAGUUGAAAAAAACUGAGCUGUUGAGGCAGAUUUUAAAAAAUAGCAAAAACCUCUCCCCUCUGUGUUCCACAAUAACUCCCCAGAACGCCCCACCAUACACCCCCUCUGGCAGAGCAAGAAGCGGGCCGCAAAAAAAUCCUACGCUAGCUUCAAAUAGGAUUCACCAUGUCAGAUUGCGAGUGUCUAGCGGCAGUAAACACCAGCUAUGCAAGCGGGCCCCGUCUAUAGCUGCCUGGACAGCUACCGUGUUGACAUUGCAGACACUAAUAAGAGUUAUAUAUGUAACAUGUGCCACGAUAAAAGGCGAUAAAAAUGACCUGUUCAACAAAAACUCUGCUGUCUCGGCGUCUGUUUUUUAGGCCUUUCUCCAUCGCUCGAAGGAUGACCCAAUGUUUAUUCGAGUUAGAUUCCUUGCUUGGUCACAUUUCCUCUUCGACUCCACCCUUUCUUCUGUCCGCUUGCGUUUUCUUAGCAUAUUUGGCGGCGGGGCGAGCGGUAGCUUUUUUUGUGUCCUUCUCCAUCACAGCUCCUGUAGCUAUGCUGCUACGCUACUUUGAGUCGCUCCGAGCUCCAUGGAGGGCCAAGAGGGUGGGAGGGGAUGAGUCCGAACUAUGGGAGAGGGGUGUGUCAAAUACAGCAAGGUGAUUGGAUGGAGUGGCGGAGCAGGCAAUUGACCAAUAGGAGCUGUCCGGGACGGAUGGCUCCGAUUGGUCAAUGUUUUUGCAGCCCUGCACCUGUGUGGGUGAAUGUUUUUUUUUUUUUUUUUCAUUCUUUUUUCUCUUCACUUUGUGGAGGUCGCACUAAAGGACCAUGAUCACCAUAUAAAUCUCCAAUCGUCAACCAUGCCUUUAAGUGCACACCUGAAUUUUGAAACUAGAAAACUUCUGGUUUAAUUUCGUGUCGGAAUGCUUUCAUCCAUUUACAUUUAAGCAGGAAAGAAGUCAGUGUGAAAAUCAAAGAGAGGCACAUCAGCUGUAGGGCUGUCAGUUUUUGAAAGGAUCUACUUCGAAGGAAUAUCAAACAUGAUGUGGAAAUGUUCAGGUACGUGUGACCUGCUCACAUCACUUAUCGUCGAUGACUGCUAUCUGAGCCUCUGGCAAGGACCCUGCAGACAUCCACCUAUGGUUUAGACCCUGAAAUACUUCCACAGGUCUGCUCAUCGCAGCUUUGAUUGACCGUCCUCCAUUUCUUUGUAGAAUAACAUCACUGUGUUAGGUUGCUCAGGUCAAGAGUGCACUGAUUGGCCAGGUUAGAGCUGUUACUUUGAAAAACCAAAAAGCAAGCCUGUGCCUCAUCAGAUGAUUGGAGUAUACUCUCCAAAUAGGGGGUAGAGUUGGAAACUGUGAAGAGAUGGAGGGGAAUGACACGGUUGGACGAACCCUGGCAGCCCGCUCUGAUGACUGUAGGCCUUGUACAUGAAAUAAUUUAACCAAACCGGUGCUCCUUUAUGGUGUGUUUUACUGGAAGAUUAUCCACAGAGCACCCUCCUCUUCUCUCCUCAGACCAGUGUCUCAAACUGGUGGAUUGAUCAAUAAAACAAUCCAUCAUAAAAAAUCUCUUUGUAUCUCUGAGGCUCAUCUUCGUCAGAGCAGAUCCUGCACUCAGAGCUGCUGCCAAGGGACCAGUAUGGCAACAGCCCAAGAUUUCUUCAUCAUUUCUGGUGAAAAACUUCUCAAAUCACACAGUAAAUCAACCAAAAUCUUCAUUUUUUCAGUUUCUGCGAAAGGAAUAUCACAGCGCAUAACGACUAGCAGGAGGAAUAUCAUAAAGCGGCAGGUGUUUAUUACAUUUCACCUCAACACACAGCUUCACGUCGGGGGAUUCUGUAUGAUUCUCUGGUUAGAAGGUUAUUUAAUUAGAUUCAUUUAUCAAAGUCUCAGGUGUGAUUUUUCAACCACAGUAAGCCAGCCACACAUCGCUAAGAGAUUAAACGUGCUGUAUUUUUCAGAUGUAGAUUAAAAAACUCAGCUACACCCGUAUAGAUCAUAAAUCCCUGCAGGGAUUUAUGAAGAUAACUCCCACAGCGGGAGAUUUCAUGUGGCAGAAACUCAAUCAAAGUUGUCAGCUGGGAAUUGAUGUUGAAGUUUGUGUUACAGUAGAUAUUAAAGAAAGUAUUGUGUAAUAUUUUUAGUGUCAUUUCAGUCCUCGUGAACAUGUAGACUUUAUUCUUAAGGCAGCCAUUGUGAAAACUUUGGGGGGGUAAACUGACUGGGUAAACUUCAGCCUCCCAUGUAAUGUUAGAGAUGGAGCCCAGAAACCACCAGUGUCACUUUAACCUUAUAAAAAGGAAAAUCAAUGAUAAACGGCUUUCAUUGUUACAGCCUCCCUGUCAGUCCUCUCCUGAUCUCACGGCGCAGGUUUCUGGUUUUGUUUACUGAUAAAUGGACCAACUGUGGUCGUAAAGGUCAGCUCUGAGAUUUGACAAACUGGAGCGGACGCUUUUAAUCACCGGUUCUGUGUGUGUCGGUCCGUGUCUGACUCUGUGUAGCCUGGUCAUGCAGUGAUCAAAGGAAGAGCUCCCACAGGGGUGCUGUACAUGCCAUGCUGCGGUAACUGGAGGAGCAGGUACACUGUGAAUAUGUUAGUCCCCCCACGCACCGCAUCAACAAACCACUCAGAAAAAACAGUAAUGACCUGUGAAGUGCUUUGCUGCAGCGAGUCUGUGUUAUUGUGAGGCUCUGUAAUGAUAAACAGCUCCAGUGAUAAAGAGCUGCACAGUUAUAAAUGAUGGAUUUGAUAGCUGUUUGAAUAUAUAUAAAAGGGUUCGUUUAUCCUGAACUACCAAGUUUCAGCUCAAUGUUAGUUUCCAUUUACAGUAUUUUUUACAUAAAGUGUAGUUAGCAAUCUGGUUACUAACGUAGUAGAGAAUUUAGCGUCUACAGACCUACAUAGAUAUAGAAUAGAAUAUCCUUUAUUGUCAUUAUGCAGGUUAAUACACAACAAACGUGAAGAGGCUUCUCCACAGGUGUGUAAUAAUAUAAAUAUAUUAUUAAUUAUAUAUUAAAAAAUAUAUUGUAUUAUCUUAAAAACAACAAACAAGUUUAGGACAACAGACAAGCAGUUAGCACAAUAAUGGCAUGAAAUAUUACGAGGAACAAAUUCACAGAAUUUUUAAUGUUGCAGUGAAAGUGAGAUAUUUCUGAUUAAUUAUUAAAAUCCAAAAAUAAGGAAAACACUGAGCAAAUACUACUCUUGAUAAGUUCAUCCCAUAGACUGUUUAUAGAAUGGACAGUGUCUGCCUCCUUGCUGGGUGAAGCCACUCCGAGAACAGCACCCUCUGGUGACGGGCUGCAGUAUAGGUCUUAAAUCCUGCCUCCACCAGUGAUCUCUAUGGAGCUGUGGACAAACUUUAGAAAUUAAUUACACAGAAUAUAAAGUUUUCUCCCCCCUGCUUGCGAUGUUGACAUGUUGUUACUGUCAAACUGGUUUUGUGCUCAAGUCCUCCUUUUUCUGUACAGCUCCAUUUUUAAAAUUUAUUAGGGGGUUCAUGUUCUCUAUGAUUGACACUUGAUACAGCCUAUGGGUGUAUAAAGAUUGCGUAGCUCAAUUGGGGGAUACACUGUUUGAGCCGAGUGUCAUCACAGCAACUCUCCCGCCGAAUGUGUACAAUGCUACUGGGCAAGUAGUGAAGUGCAUACAACGCUACUGCACAAUGUUGUUGGAAAUACUAAGAGCUUUUCGACCUUGAGUCUGUAUGCUGGUGGAAGGCGGAACCAAGUUGUCCAUAGUAUAUACAGUCAAUGGUUUAUCCCAGUGGGUUUUAUUAAAGAUUUAAGGACAUAAAAGUGAUAGUUGUGGUGACUUCCAGUUACGUAUGUCUUAAAAGUGACUAUAAAUGAGUGUUUUAGCAAUAAUCUGUUGGCAUACAAACUUUCACUGAAAUGGUGCCAACUCUUCCUCCGUUUUAAAUGAGUUUACAGUGAAUGGUUGCCAGAUAUAAAGAUGACGUUUACUCUUAACUAUGCAUCCUUGAACAUUUUUUGGCUAAUUGUGAACUGAGCAACACUGAUUAAAAAAAAAUUAAAGCUACAAACAGCAAUGAACAGGUCCUUGUACCUUCUGGGCAUGAAUGGAUUUUGAUUCAUAUUUCAGCAUAACAAGUUUCACUGUGUAAAUCAGCUUCAGUUUUUAUCCACUCCAGUGUCUCAUUUAAUCAUCAUGUCUAUAAUCAUGAAGCAGAUUGAAGUCAAUGUAAACUGUUAACUGAAGAGUAUAUAAAACACAUCUGGUUAAAUUUAGAGCGUGGGCUGAAGAUGAAGAAGACGGUUAAGAAGUUGACAGCUUCCUGCAGCUGCUGUCACCAUUUAAUGGAAAUCUUUAUUCCUCUGUUUCAGCGCUUGGAUAAAAUGUGGGAACUCUUUGCACUCUAUAAAUAACAGGACACCUGCUGCUGGAGCUUUUGCACACGCUGAUGCUUUGGAAGUUAAGUGGGCCAUUGAAAAAAAACAAAAGCCCUGUCAUAGACUGCCAGCUAUGUGUUUCCUUAAGUGGAGUGUGUGAUGCAUUAUGUAUCUGGGGGAUGAACUGAGGUGUUAUAAAACAGUCACGAGCGAUCUUGGCUUUGGGACUACGUGUGCCGUCAGACUGACAACUACUGAGACCAUCUCUUAUCUGAUAAUAAUGAAUGACAACACAUUGUGAGGCCGCUCUUCUUUAUGAAAUAGAAAGAGUGGAUACCCCUUCUGUUUUCCAUUUCAAGUACAGCACACAACCAACAUGCAUAAAUUUGUUUUCCAAGCAAACCUGUUAUCACAGUCUGAAUUCAGCUCUGUGAAAUGUUCUGUCACUUUUACCCUCUAAGAUGGUAAUGACAAACUGGCAGUGCAGGUUCCAGUCCAAAUUUGAGCUCCCAGGCUGCUUUUAAGAGUUUAACCCGGCAUGCUAAAGUCACAGUAAUUGCAUUCUCCCUCUUGCCUCCUCUCUGAUUCUCAUCUUUGAGGCUCCACAAAGUCAAACAAACCCAAAAUAGAAACACUCCCCGACAUGGUGCUGCAUACAAAUGUGCAUCAGCCCUGCCGAGGCUCUGUUUCGUUUGUUUGUUUACAUCCUACACUUGUGGGAGCGAGGGGAUAUUAAAAUAAAUUUAGCCGAGCAAAAGCGGGCGUAGCAAAAAAAAAAAAAAAGAUCUAAAAAGGAGCAGCAACAGAAGCAGCUGCAGCAAAAGUAGCUGAAGUCAUGGUGGAAUCUGUGAAAUCUGCAGAGGCGGUUUGUUCAGCAAACUGAAAAAUCUGUUUGCAACGCUGGUACAUAGGUAAUCAAGUCUUUACAUUACAGGCUUUUUAUGAGAGGUGAGCAUAGUCUCAUGAAUUCAAAUUAAAGAGGUGUCUUUACCUGCAUUUUCUAAUGGUCAACACGGACUGUGCUGUUUACAUAAACUGUUUAAUGAUUUAAGCUGCAGGCUGCGGAAUCAGAUAAUCUUCUGAGCUGGAGAGUGUUCCCUCAUUCAAGACAUAUAUGGGUGCAGGUCAACGGAAACGAGCCAGGCAAUGGAUCUUCAUACUUCCCUCACUCUAAAUAGGCUGGGAGUUUGUUAAAGUGGAGCAGUGUGUGUUGGUCUGCUGACGUUGGCUGUUAUUCUACUUUAAUUCCAGGUGGUGGUGCAGGAUAGGAGCUCUGGCAUUUGCAGUUUAAAUAUAGAAUGUGUCAUGACAAGCUUCUUAAUACCCUGCGGAUUGUGGUGCGCCCAACUUGCAAAGUUAGCAGCCAGACUGGUUGGCAAGGAUUGUUACUCCACUUGCUGCUCUGUGUGUCAUGGAGGCCAUUGGAGACAUGGCUUCCAGUUUCCAUGACACCAAACAAAGGCGUAGGGGUGAGCGAUAAACCAAAAAUUUACCAAUACCAAAAUUUACGACAAUAAACAACAUCACUUUGGUUUUGGAUGUGUGUAGGUAGGCUAUGGUCUCAUGUCCCUUUAAGACACUGUCCUACGUCAGAGAUGCGACUCCACCCCAUUUAGUCUGUAAAAAAGAGGGAAAGACAGGUGAGGAGAUGGAGGACGGUUCAAAAGUUUUAGCGGCUGAAGUAGACGAAGUUAAUGUGGGAGGGGGUGAGCAGCUUGUGGAGUAGUUAGCGUCCAUUUAUCAUUAUCAAGGUGAACUGAUCAAUAUAUCGUGAUAUUGAUUGGAGGCCAUAUCAUCCAGCCCUACAAUGGCGUCAUGUUGGUGUUGCAGAAGCACAAGAUGCACAGUGGCUGAAGUAAUGGUGCAAGCGUCAUAUUAAUCAACCAGUCCAUCUCUAUAUAGCCCCAAUUUACAAAAUAUGUUGCUCAACAAAUGUUCCCAUCUUCAACCGCUUGAGUGAAGCACUUCACAGCAUUUAGCAAUUAACAGUAAAAGGCAGAACUAGAUUUAUGUUAGACAAUCAUCUGUUGGGUUUAAAGAGGAGAUAGAGGGAGCUGCAGAAAGAGAGAGAUGGACAGACGUGAGACUGAUGCAUGUGUGCAGCACCAUUCUGUCCUUCUAGCUCUGAUAUUUGCAGGUAUGUCUGUUUCAACACAUCACAGGUUUCAAUGAUGAACAGCUGGACCCCAUUAUUACACCUUUGUGACACUGACAUUCUCAAAAAGGUGCAACAGCAACAUAGCAGUCCUUGAUGGCGAAUGAAAAUGACUGUUGAGUAACAUCACAGUGGCAAUGACUGCUUCUGUAAUACUUUUAUGGUCUGUUUUGCAUUGUUCCUCCGUAUAAGGACCCUCAAGAGUCCGCUUUCUGAAUUCAAAAUGUCAAACUUAACCCUGCAUCAAACAAAUUUUAAUUCAUAAAACGUAACCAUCCCCUUUAAACCCCGUAAUCAUCGGGGAACUCUAAAUAUGCAGCGGGACCUGAUCACAGUCUCUGUAUCAGUCGAGCUUCACCCACUCCUCUAUAAUCUCAGUGAGUCUCUCACCUCCUUAAAUUUAUCUCCAUGUUUCUGACCUUCCUCUCUUGACUCUCGAUGACUCCUUCACUCCUUCUUUUGUUCUCUCCAGCCUCCCUAAGCAUCCAUUUGCCCCCGGCCCUCUCUUCUCCUCCACUUCAUUUCCAUCGCAUCACCUCAUCAUGUGUCGUAUUUCCCCCCUUUCUCUAUCUUCCUGCAUUUAUUACUCUGGGAGCCACAGGCGACUGUAAACACUUUCCCUUCCGAUAGACGCUACAGUGAUGGGUUCCCAUCAGAAACGGAGAGGAAAGCCUGGAGCACAACUGCCCCUUAUUUCCCACUCUGCCUCUCUUCUUCUUCAUCUCCGCUCACUGACAUCCUGUAAUCAGACUUCACGCUUUUCCAUCUGUCCUCCAUCUCGACAGUCCUAUCGAUAAACUCACGCUGUGCCGUUUUUGUCGCCAUAUUGUUCACACUUCAUCUGCUGACUGAUGCUAUUUAGCCAAACCUGAAAUAGCUGAGUUACGUAACUGAUGGAGGAGUCUGCGAUGAAGAAAAACUACUUGGCUGCUCCCCGCUUCCUUCGUCAGUUAAAGCAGACAGUUUGGAGAUGACUCAGUGAUAAACCGUGCCAGAACCCCGCUCGGGGACCUAUUUUCUCCUUGGAACAAAAUAUACGUUGGGAAUGCAAUUCUUCACAAAGUGACCCUGGAGAGAAAUAUACUCUAUUGAAUGGAAAAAUGAUUUUCCAUCUUCCAAGGAGCACCACGGCUCUCUGUUCUGCAUGCACCCUGCAGCUCAUUUCAGAAACACACGCAGAGACAGUGAUGAUGGAUAACAUGAAUGUACAGUCUGUGUUACAUGUGUGUUCAGCACCCUCCCUCAGAGCCGUUCAUUUUUAACACCCACUUGGCUCAGUCCGUUCUCACUUUAAUUCCCAUUUAAUUCCAGUCUUUAUUACUUCUCCUUUCAGUUUUUUUUUCUCCUGGCAGGAAAAACUGCCUGUAAAGGCUUAAAAGCUUGGCCGCUAAAAGCAAUUUCUCAGCAGAAUUAUAAUCAAAGAGGAACAACAAGAAAGCAGGAGAGGUGAGAUAAUGGUAGGAAGUCAAUGACACAAAAACACCAAACUCACAUUUUCACAUCAGGCUCAGAUUAUCUUUAAACACUCUCUUCUAGUUUGUCUUUAUUUGUGUUGUUUGUAGCUAAUCUGUACACGUGUUUACAUGCGCAUCUCUCAACAUACAUGUGUGUUUACGAGGAAGGAUACAAAUGGAGAAACGUCGCUGUGUGAUCGCACGUUGAGAACAGAUAAUCACACCAAAACAACAGUGUUGCUCCCCGGAGCUUUGCCGGAGGAUGGAGGUGAUCGAGGAAACACAACUGUGUAUAAUGAAAGACAACAAACCAGUCAUGCAGCACGGCUCAUCCCUCGGCUCCUUUCUUAUAGAUUUCUCCCGCUGACGGUCAACACUUUCCUUGACCCUUUAAAAAUGUUACUUUAGUGUUGUUGUCGAUGGUAAUGUGUUGCAGAAACAGCACACGGCUGCCAGGGUAACAAUCAGGUGUGAGUAAAUCGAUACCGCUUGUAGCCUUCAAAUCAUAUGAACCCUUUUCCCAUCAUCAUUCCUCCACUGCUGCUGACAUCCACAUCUCUCCUGUCCUUCCUGAGGUUUCUUCCCUCGGGUUUGAUAAUUUUAAAAGUCAAAAAAAAGGAGGCAGAGUUAUUAACAAAGUUUGAUUUUCAUGAGUUUUCCACUCAGAAGUAUGACAGUCUGAAGGGCUUUUUUCAAAAUCAAUUUGGCUGUCAUGAAUAUAUGCAUCAACAGUUAAACUUUCAAAAUAAAAGGGCCUGAGUUAAUGAAAAAUGAAUAAGUAGGACCAAAUUAAUCUGUCAAAAUAAAGCUGAAUAAUUAAAACGGUAUUUGACUCAUGCACUUUGAACAACUGUGGUAACCCACAUGUAACAUUGUGAAACUGGGUUUUCAGUUUAGCUUAGUGGUCGAAGCUCACACUCGGUGUACAGAGACUACAGUCCCUGGUUCAACUCCCAGCCUUGACCUUUGGCUUCAUGUCACCCCUGCUCUCCACUUCCUGUUUCCUGUCUCUCCUCAGCUGUCUUGUCUAAUUAAGGCCUCAAAAAUAAAGAGUGUGACCGCUUGGUUAACAGGAAGCCCUCCGGCUCUGCGUUGUUUUUACAUGGCAAACCAUCAAAGUGUGUUUAUAAUCUAGAGGUCGACAGAUAUCCAUUUUCCAAUACCGAUAAUGUAAAAACAGGUUGGCCUGUGGUUAAUGAAUGUCAAUAUCAGAUCAUUGCAUGACUGCGGGAAAAGAUAGAGUUGGUUGAAUUGAAUUUGCACAUAUGAAAACAGAUGUAGUCCAGUGUGCCCUCAUUGUUCCAGUAACUGAUGGAUGGAUGGAUAGAUGGUGAAAUUGUUAAUCUUACCCUGAAUCUGACCCAAAUGGUCGAAAAUAAGAAAAAGGACACUGGAAGGGAUCUUUGUGUACUGAAUGCACGGUCUGCAGUGAUGUAAUUUAUCAAAAAUAGAAGACAAUAGACAGUAACAGUGGACUGAGGGCAGCUUGAAUGUCUGAUCUUGACACUUUGGACCAAUUACCGGCUGAACUGUCUGAAGAAUUAGGAGUGCGAUCGGUCUGCAGAUCCUGGAAUGAUGCAAUACUUCUAGAGGAUUUUAUUGCAUUUUUUAUUGAUAUUUGAUAGACUUAGAAAAAGACUUUCCCUCUCGCUGGGUUGAGCUGUGUGUAAUUACAUAAAAGAGAUGAGAUUGCAGUUGACCCUUACACUCCAUCAAUGAAGAAACCUGAUCCUGUUAGAUUAAGUAAUUGCACAUUUUCAGGCUCAAUGUAUUAAAGAAUUGUCUCAUCAUUUUAGAUAGUAAAUUCAUGUAAAGGGUCAAGGAUAUCUAGAUUAUCCCUAAGAAACAAAUUGUUUUGAACCUUUUUUAUAAUCUUACAUUUAGUUGCAGUUUUAUCUGUUUUAUGUUUCUAUAUAUUUCUAUACUAUUUCUCUGACAUGCCUCCCCUGCUGUACUUCUUCUUACUGUACAUGAAGUUGUUUGCUGGUUGCAUGGGAGUUGUUGCUGAGCAGAAGCUGCAGCACAUAUGAGCUGCUGAGAUUGCUUGGGGGAGGCUAUGUGUUAUAACAUUACACAUAUAUAUAAAAAUAUAUCUAUAUGGAUGUUUGCUUUAGUUAGUUUCCACAUGGCAGUACCAUAGUGCAUGUGUGUUAGUGUAUGGAGGGAGAGCAGUGAGUUUUUUCAGUGUAAUAAAGCUGUUUACGUCUCCUGGGGUCUUUUUUUUCACAGCAGGGCAACACAGUGACCCUGACGCCUGCAGCAGUGAACAGAUGGCGAAGCGUGUUGGCAUGCCUGAACAGUGUGAGGGGUCAGGGGGGGGCUGUUCAACCAGUCAAGAGGCAGCGUUCCUCCAAAUGAGUCCCUCGACCAUCCUGUUGCUUUCUCCAGCUCGCACAUUCGAAUCACAGCUGCAUUAUACAUGACUCCUGCGCCUCCUGAGAUAGCAUUGUGUAUUUUGCACUGUGGAUUCACUGCUGCCCCAGCGGCUUGAUAAUCUAUGUAAUGGUGCUGUCAACGGUUAAACCAAACGCUGUUAUUACUUUCUACUAAAGAUGUGUCCUUAAGCAACACUUAGUGGUGUCACAGGACAACUGGAUUUAAAGAGCUUUAAACUAAAUCAGAGGUAAAACAAUUUAGUAGUUUUUUUGGCAGAGAACUUCAACUAUUAAUUUACCUUAGGAAUAUAAAAUGGUAAUCAAGGAUGUAAUUAUGAGCCGUCAUUAUGUUGUUAUAGUGACAUACAGAUCAAAUAUUGCUCCACGCCCGUGUGCUAAAGAUCCUUAUGAGCAGCUCCCACAGAUGUAAUUACAGGCUUUGUUCUGUAAAUGUCCUCUUAUAUUUCCUGACAGUAUUUCACACUUUGUUGAAUUGAUGUAAAGAUCCUGAGGUGAAAAAUAACUUGCACGACCAAGUCAACAUUGCUGAUUUUCCUCUGCACGUUUGCCCAGGAACAAAGAUUACUCACUGCGAUGGUGUGCAGCUCUCUAAUGAGCUGAUUCACACACCGGUAGGCAGGAAACUUCGAGGGCGCUCUUCCAUUUUCAUACUCUCCGGGAAGAUUCAACUCUGCAGUCUGAAAACCAGUCUUCCUGAUGAUGGAUGCAGUCUUCCUCCUCGCGCCCUCUGUUGUUUUUUUUCCUCCAUCUGCUCAUUUGAAAGUGAUAAAUGUGUGCAGGUGAGAGAGGAGGUUGAGACUUAAAAAGGAGAGAGAGAGACCCUACAACCAGAAACUCAAAAUGCAGUGGAGUGGAGGAGGCUGUUGAGACGAUCUUGAACUUUAUGGGAAAAAGAGAUUUUAAAUCAUAGUAACUCAGACAGAAGGACACACAAGAGGGGUCUGAAAAUGAUCAAUAGAUCAAUAUUUCAUCCCCUCUCAUUCAGCCUGUGUGGACUGCUGUGUAGAGCCUUUCAUCCUCUCGCUCUAUUUCAGGGUCUAUUUCCUCUUCCUUUCUCUGGAUAAGUUAGGAAAUGUGUCAGACCACAGUGGGGUAACUGAUAGACUGAUGCUCUGUGUACCUGUGAGGAGUGUGAGCUUUAGGCUACUGGAAAAUGGUUCCGAUGCCACUGAACUAAAGCACUGUCAACAGACCCCAGUCCUCUCUAGCUUAGACGGUUUGUUAGGACAGAAUGUUUGCAGGGGAGAGCUGCUAAAUGCCACAAAGCUACAUGGAGCACAUAUUGACCAGCAGGGCUCAGACCUCUGAGAGGAAUCACAAGAAAUGAAAACGCAGAGGCCGACAGAUUGUUUGACUCCCCUUACAGCUGCACAAAAACUUGGCAGAAAGAAAAGAAGAAAAAAGAUUGGCCCGGUAACUGCGGGAAGUCGGUUUGUACCACUGAGCCACACCGACAGAAAGAUGAUUUUGUUCGUUUGCUUCAGUAUCAGACAACUGUCUUAUUUAUCGUUAAGUUCAGGCGCAGCCCAGCAUGUGUGCCGCUCUCACAAAUGAUGAGGUGAGCCGAGCUCUGCUAUUUCCUCUGACUUCUCGUCCUACAAUCUGCUGAAGGCAGCUGUUUGCCGCAGAUUGGCAGUCAGGAAAUUUCUAGUGCCAUCCUAUAAAAUACAGGGCUUUCAAUAUAGGCUGAGGGACAGCGCUCAGUGAAAAGGCUGGUACUCUCUUGUCUUCCAUUUCAACGUUGAAAAAACAAUAUACACAUUUUUGUCAUUCAAAGUUAUCUUUGUGCUGUAAAAAUUGGCUUGUUUGCAUUGGUGUGUAUGUGGUUUUCAUGGUGCUCUGGAAUCAGCCUCAAGUGGACAAUCAAGGUACUGCAGUUUUUAGCAUUGGCCGAAGGUUUCUGCUCGGUGGAGAUGCUCCCUUGCUCACAUCUCACUUCCCCCUCUGGUGAAAUUUCACAAGUGAUGGUGGCCCAUUAGGACAAGAAGCUCCUGUGAUGCUUGAAAAGUACAAUCCACCAAUUUUCAGGUUUUUUACCAUGAAAACUUCUAACAAUGCCAAGGUGCAUUUUGCGCAUAGUAAAUUAAAGAGUUUUACGGGUCAGGUCGAGUGGUUUUUUUAUGCGUUUUUAACUCAAUAAUUCCACGUGACACAAACUCAAAACUUCCAUACAAAACCCUGGACACUUGAGGGGCUGGAAAGCUCUCAAAAAACAGGACAUAUCCGGGUAAAAGAGGAUGUAUGGUCACCCUGAUUUUGAAUAUAGACUGCACCGAGUUUGUCUGUUCUGGGCUCAAGUGGAAACAUGAUGGUGGUACCUUUUCUGCUAAAUGUCACUAACUGUACCUUUAAUUAACACUUUAUUUCAGAGAAACCCGAGAUGACAAAUCAAACACAUGAUUCUUUUUGGCAGCUGUUUUCUCUACUUUUUUUUUUUUAAAUGUACCUGCAAUUUUUCUCAUCCCUCAAACCUGUGAAAUCAGAUUUCAGUCUCUCAGCCCCGAGCUGUGAGCGUUGAAAUGAAACCUGUUAGCCCCCCCCACUCUCUGCUGUGAGGCAGUGCCCCAACUUUUCCAAAGUUACUUCAUAAGUCUAGGUUUCAGUCUAAAGUUUCGUGUCUAUAAUCACUUUGUCAGAGUUUUUGUUGAAGUGACAGUAAUCAAAAUCCUCCUUUCAGAUUGGUCUUAACGAUGUUUACUUUACAUCAUCCUCGCUCAGAUGUACAGCAUUUAACGGUCUUAAUAUUGAGAUUACAGUCACAUCCACUCAAGCAUCGUCACAUGUUUCCUAAUCCUCCACACCCACAUUUUUACAGGCCGGACUCUGAAUUUCACACGUGUGGAAACAGAAACAAUACAUGCUGGAUCAACAACCAGCCUACAUUCGGAGGUGUUUACUGACUCACCCGCUGCUGCUUUAAUCCUUGUUAUGCACACACAGCUUUGUUAAAGACGAAGCCUCACUGCUUCCCAAUGUUUUUAAUCCUGACAAUAAAACAAAUCCAGUGAAUAAGUUGACUUUGAAGGGACAGGAAGAGGCAUUUCUCUUCUUGUGGUUGAGGAUGAGAAAUCUGACUGGGAACUGUAAUGUAAUCUUUGAUUGUCAGGUUAUAAUCCUUGCCCUAAAAUAAAAAACAAAAACAGCAUUAUAGUGUAUUUCUGCAAUAUAUAAUGUCUAACUCUCCUUGACACAAAUUUUUGAUUAGUGACAUCCCCAACGAGCCCCCAAAAAAGUAUGAGCUCUUUCCUCAUGAUGAUUUUUAUGGAUCUUAUAAUCAUAUUGGGCAGCAAAGGUUUUUGGCAACAACAAACAGACAAAAAAACUGUUUUUAAAAGAAAGCCUGUCUUUAGAUCAGUCCUAGGUCCAGGUAAGACUGUAGCUGACCCUGCUACCCGGGACACAGAUUCUUUGAGAUCUUUCCCUCAGGCGAGAGGCUGCAGGACAUCAGGACAAAAACCUGCUUCACAAGAACAGUUUCUGCCCCUCUGCUAUAACAUUUAACACAAACUCCUAUCUUCUGUUAGCUUUAACUAACACCUUGUAAAUUCCCUCACAACUGUACAGUUGUUUCUUCUGCUUCUUGGUCCGCUGGUCGCAUGUGUGCUUCACUUUGUGUUCCUACCAGCCAAACAGCUGUAGUAGUGAAACCCAGUAUUUCCUGCGGUGAUAACAGAAUCUGUGUUUCUACCUCUUUAAUGAGCUUCACCUCAUGCUUGUUGCCAUCAAUAGUCUUUCAUUCUGUAAAUGAGGCAAACAUUUUAACGUUGUUUCCGUGUCCAACCGUCAUUUAACUCUUUCUGCCCUCUGUGACACAGAGCAAAAACAAAGAUGAAUGUUGGAAAAGGUCAAAUUAAGGUAAAACCAGAACUUGUGAGGGUUGAAAAAUCUUGAAUUAGAAAAUAUUUGUCAAGUUUUGCCAGAAUGAUUACCAAAUAUUCAUUGAUUAAAUCAACACAUGAUUGAUGGAAGAGGCCUUAAAGUAAACUCAUUCACACAUACACUUGAAUCCUGCAAAUUUCCAGAAAUUUUCAAGACAAACCGCAUGUGUAAACGCAGAAUAGAUGAGUUCCUCAAUCUAACUUUACCUGAAAAUGUUCACUGACUACAAUGACUAUGUUGAGAACUGAGCAGGUGAAAGACAGAAAAAUUCAACUAAGAACAUUUCAUGCAAGUUCAGGACCACGUGUGAAUAAGCAGAGAGAUGAAUGUUGCCGACUGCUUACUUCUCUAGUUAUAUCAACUUAAGUAACGAUGUAGUUCACUAUGGCAAUACACAGCAGUCUGAGGAGCCAUAAACAAACCUCAACCAAAACGCCACUCUAUAGCCACAAAUAAUGCUCAGAACAGCACCUAACUUCAUCAACAGUACAUAUAGCGUCCCAGCCACAGCACUAGCCAUCAAACAUCUUUUUAACUUUGUCUAAUUUCUUUAGCAAAGAGACUAAACACAACUUACCAACUCUCUUCCAGCAGCCGCUUGUUUGUAGCGAGACCUCAGGCCAGUCCAUUACGGACUGCUGCGGGGUGACGCAGCUCAAGAAAGAACAUUUAUGAUCAUUUCUUCAUGGAAAUGCAAUCAGACUGAGACUCUAAGGCAGAAGAACUACAGCGCCUGCAGUGCAAAAUGAUUGAUAUGAUGAUUAUUACUUCAAGGAAAUGAUAAAGAAAUGAUUAUAAAUCUGGGAGGGGGUGUCUAACUCGGUGUUACGGUGUGUUUGACCAUAAAUUAAUUUCACGCCAGAAUAUCCCUUUAAGUAAAAAGGUGUAAAACACAUAAUCACCUUUCCAUCAAAGAGUUUUUUGUCUUUACCCUGCAGUGUUUGCUCUUAAAACUACUUUACAAGGUUUAGGAGGAACUUUUCCUCCUUCAGAGAAAAGAAAACCUCCCAGCAUUGAUUUCCUGUUACACUGUGACAAAAAUAGUUCAGCCCGCUGAGUCCCCUGUGGGUGUGCUGAGCUGUGCUAGACAAGCAGGCAGUCAGAGGCAGGCUGUGGGCUGGGUGAGAGUAAAAGGGAGAUGACAGUGUGUGUGUGUGUGUGUGUGUGUGUGUGUGUGUGUGUGUGUGUGUGUGUGUGUGUGUGUGUGUGUGUGUGUGUGUGUGUGUGUGUGUGUGUUUGUGUGUGUGUGUGUGUGUGUGUGUGUGUGUGUGUGUGUGGUUUGUGAGAGUCUCCCAUGACAGUUAGUCCCAGACCAGGAGGCCGAAUAAACAAUGAGCGAGGGAGAAAACUCAACAUAGAGCAAAGGGAAAGAAAAAGAAGCAGAAAGUGAGACUGGAGGAGAUCGAGUCUGGAGAAACUGCCGGGGGGAGAGAAAGACUUUGGCCAGGAUCCUGUAUUAUUCUGCAGACCACAGAGCGAGAGAGAGAUGCUCACAGCCACCAUGUUUGGAUAAAAAUGUUCAAAUAUAUCCUCCUUUUUUCCCUUUAAAAAAAUAGAGUAGAUUGUUUUUACUGCAUCAACGAAUCCAAAAUGAAGUUAGAUGUGAUGCUAAAGCAGAGAAACAACUAGUGUCCUGCUGUUUACCCUCAUGAUUGACUCCUGAAUCUUCUGUUUGAGCCUCAGGGUGCAUGGACCCAUCACCCAAUUUGGAGUUGGAAUGAAGAGCUAUGAAGAGGCAUUAGUAAUAUUGACCAUAUUCACCGAUCAAUAUCCAUUUAUGCUUCUUUCACUGUUGCUGCUCGGGUAAGUGGCUCUCGCAGUCACGUCCUCUUACUCCCUCUCUGUCUUUCCCUCUUCUGUCUGUCUUCAUACAGAGGGUCUCUACCAGCUUGGUGGUCCACACUGUCCCCCUCAGAGCAGCAUUGAAGGCCUGGAGGACAGAGAGGUACUCGUAUAUUUGUCACACAGCUCUGCCUCUCCUCUUUUAACCUUUUUUUUUUACUCAACCUUUUCCUCAUGUGCUCGAAAUCUUUUCACAGAGGAAGUGUAAGACUCACGUGCUGCUGCUGGUGGUGCAUGGCGGAAACAUUUUGGACACCGCAGGCGGGGACCCCAGCACCAAAGCUGGCGAUGUGGACACCCUGGCCUCUGUGCUGGAGAAAGUGGCCCGGGCUCAUUUCCAGGCGGCUGCUGAACACGUGAUGAUCAAGCUGGUGCCGUGUCCGGCCGUGUGUGCAGAGGCCUUCUCCCUCGUGUCCAAGUGAGUACCUCAGCCAGGACAGGGAAACUCACAGGUCCUGGUCAUUUAAAACCGUUUAUAUCUGGAUUGAACCCACAUGCGGUCUUUACAGUGUCGUUGAACUUUCACCUCAGGGCGCCAAAAUGGACACAGACAGAAAAAUCCUCGCAGGAGCUUUAAAAGGAAAAAGGAUCACAAACUGUCGCACUUUUAACAGAUGGUGUGAACAUCUGUGUGCGAUAAAAUAAAAGAGGAUGAGAAGAAUUAUAAAUUUAUUAGCCCCUCUCGUAACAGUGGGGUACUUGCAGAGAGUGUAAUUUCAGCCAAAGCUGGAAAAGUCAGUAUACUUUAUUAUUCCACCAAUAAUUUGUGUAUUUUAACGUUGCAGGUAUUGUCAGAGGACUUAAACACAAUGCAUAUUUCAGUGUGGUAUGAAAUUGUUGGGAAAGGGCAACAGUGUCUGUACAAUAGUUGCCUACUGACUUCAUUUUGCUGCAACUGUAUUGAAGUACAAAACCAAGAACUGUAAGGCUCAACAACAAGAGACGACACAAUACCAAUACAGAUACUGAACUCCUUCACAAAGUAGCAUUUUAGCUCACGGUUAGAAAAUGUAGCUACAUGAAUUACCAUUUGGUUGUCCCCCCAUCAAGAGAAAAGAUAUUUAAUUUGUUUGAAAUGUGAUAAAUCAUUAUUUUAUUGUAAUAUCAAACACGUUGCAGUGUGCUAACUUAGCGGUAGCCUAACAGAGAUAACCAGACUACCUGUUAAAUUGCUGUUUAGCUGUUUUUAUAUCCAAGUGUUCUUAGGUUACCAUUAUGGAAAUGAGUGUGGCUAGCGAGUACUUUUCCAGUUAUCUUAUAUGCUCUUUCAGGGAGCUCUCGGAUAAAUCUCCUCAGACAUGUUAACAUUUAGCCUUUUCUAGAGUUUAUGAUGGAAUUUUAGGGCCAGAUUAAGACCAAAAAAAAACUUCAAGAUUAAAUUCGUUAACUUACGAGAAUAAAGUCAUUACUAACGACAAUCAAGUCAUAACAAAGUAAUUACUUACGUGAAUAAAGCCCUUAUAUUCUUACCUGUUGUUUAAGAUGACAGUUGUUGAAAUGAGAGCCAUGGAGCGUUUUGUGAAAAUGUACUUCAAUAUCGCUUUCUCAAAUAAGGAGACGGGUAAUCUUUUCUGGACGGCUGUAAUCUCCAUGAGUCUCUGGUGUUCGUUCUAAACCCGACUGUAUUGUUCAGGAGGCUUUAGAGGAAUCUGCUCGCCUGCUUAUGGGAAAAAUGUCCAGUGGGCUGAGCCCGUGUCGGUUAAUUGAGAGAAUAUAUUGACCUAAAACCCAGAAAUAGACGGUGUGAUUAGUUAGUAUGCCUGUCACGUUUCUCAGCCCCUGUUGCUGCUGGAAUAUUUAACACCUAACCUUUUAAAUGCUGUUGUUUUUAAUCACUGAAUCACCUCCUGUUAGUCUCUUCAGUGGACAAAAUUAACAUCUUAAUGCUUUUAUUUGGUUUCACAGGCUUUAAUUUGUUUAGGUUGUUUUUUAAUGUAACUUUGAAUUCAGGUUUCAUCUGUAUAAUCAGCCUUUAAUUGGAAAUUAUGUGUGGAUGAAAUAGAUCCUUCAGGAGACGGUUUCAUCACCUUGAACCGUCAUGUUUAGUGGAGUCAUCAUCAAUAUGAAUUCCUGAAGUCUUUAACAGGAAAUGUAUUUCUGAGAUCACAUCUUUGCCCUUUUUGCAGCGAAGUCUGCAGCCUGUGCGGGGAACGACGUGAGCGUAACUAAUGAUUCAAUUUCACUUUAAUGUCACAUGUCUCACUGGUCACCGCUUUUUAUCUGACAGUAUCACUUAGUCUUUCUCUGCUUUCCAAUUAUGUGCUGAAGAGGUUUUGCUCUGAAUUGUCACUAAUAAGCGUUGAGAGAGAAUGUGUUUGGCAGCCGAGUCGAGGUUUUCUGGCUGCUUCUGUGAUUGACGGAGCGAGAGAGGUAAGAGUGCGCAGGAGAGACGAGCGAGGAGCUUCUGCCGCUUUGACGUUGCUCGGCUUUAACUGCAUCUAAAAAUGAAAUAUUCAAAAUAACGACUCGCCAAAGGAGUCUUGUGUAACUGAGGUAAUGCUGCAUGUCGCAGCUGAAUGUUCCUGUCAACACAAACACAAAAACAUAAAACGGCUUAACACUCAGGCAGGCGUGAAACUUUGUAUUCAAAGAGACUCACUCAAAAGAAAGAGUAUAUUGAUAUGUUGGUUCAGAUCGUACAGGCUGAGGGAGGGAAAUGUGGUAUUUGAGACUUUGAUUGAGAUGGAAAGGCAAUGACGGAGUCAGUUUCAGAAAAGUAGUAAACCACCUCCUCUCUCUCCUAAUCGACCAAUAAAAAAGCCGGAGAAACCAGAUGAGAAAACUCUCCUGAGGAAGGUUUAAGUUUCACUCAGGGUUGUCCGAGCUACACCAGGUAGGGUUUAGCGAUAAAGAGAACAUCUACAGAUGCCGAAAUUUACAACAAUAACCAAGGUCAUUUUGCCCAUGUCAGUGUAUUCGGUGUCAAAAAAAUAAUAAAUAAAAGUUGGUUUUGGAUUUGUGUAGGUAGGCUAUGGUCUCAUGUGCCGUUAAGACGCUAUCCUAUGUCGGAAACAUGACUCCACCCCAUCCAGUCCGUAACAAAGAGGGAAAGACAGGUGAGGAGAUGGAGGACGGUUCAAAAAGUUGAGGCGGCUGAAGUAGACGAAGUUAAUGUGGGAGGGGGUGAGCAGCUUGUGGAGUAGUUAUCGUAUAUUUAUCGUUACUGAGGUGAACUGCUCAAUAUGUCGUGAUAUUGAUUUGAGGCCAUAUCGCCCAGCCCUCACACCAGGUAUCUAACCUUGAUUUUGCUAGUAUUGGGGACCUCGCAAUGAUACGACCGGCACCUCAUUAUUACGUUUGCACAUCACACACACUAUCAAGGCAACAUCAGUGUCGGACCUCAGUCCAAUCUCCUCCUUCAGGGCUCUCUAUCAGGAAAAGCAAUGCCGAUGUAAAUCUGAGUUAGUCUCCUCCAUUUGUCACUCUCUUUCUUCCCCAAAGGACCUUCUCCCAAAACAGGAAGGCUUUUUCUUUUUAGCAAGAUCCACUUCUGAACCCCUUGGUUGCAUCUUCGGAUUCUCCGCCAUGUUGCUACUAGCAGCACUCUCUUUCCCUCCCUUCUCCUUGUCAGGUAAAACUGAGUAGAACGCGUCAUCUCCUGUGUGGGGAAUGUCGCCCCUUGACGCCAAAUACAAAAAGAAAAAAUAGAGGAGCUGAACAGCGUUGUAUCAUCUCCUCCGGCAAAACAGAUAUUUACAGACACGUAGAUCAUACACACUAUAGCUUUAAAUUGUACCUCAUGAUAAGACUGGAGUUUAUGAUUUUUCCCCAGAUGGUUCCAGGUCCCCAGCAGGCCCCUCUCAAUAUGUGCAGCCAGUCUGCAGUCAAACAAGCCCACACAGCAGCAAACACAACACACUUACUCAACUCUGUCACUUAACGGUAUUUGCUCUAAUGACAGUGUUGGACUUGUGGGGGUGCGAAGCCUCGUUUAUUUGCAUGCCAACAUAAACACGAGAGGAAUAAGCAGCCCGGCGGGGAGGGAAUGCUGCUGUGGGUAAUUUGGGUAACAGCUCGGCUGAAAAAUCGCACCGUGGAGUGGAGGUGGCAAAAUCACUUCGCGCCUGAGGGACAAACUUUCACAUAAACAUACCACUUUUGACUCAGUGCUCGGUAAUUCCUCAUGUACCACGGGGUGUCCCAACAGAGAAUGAGCCUGUUUUGUUUUGCUUGAGUUGGUGCGUGCUGGGAAAACCUGCUGCGCUCUGAGGUGCUCUGAGCGUGCUGAUUAUUAGCUCUGUGCCCUAAUGAAUUUACCUGGCCUUGUUGGCUUGGAGCUCGGUGUCACGACAACUCAGAGACACAUUUGAAAUUUGUGAACACGCUGGCAUUGAUGCGCCCUGCACAAAAAGAGCAUCCAACAGCACACCCAAUUAACAGCGACAAUGAAAAGGCUCCUGAAUGGAUCUCCUCUUCCAAACAACACACUGGAGCGAAACAUUUAUAUGAUUAACUUCUUUCGAGCAGCAGGAAAAAUAAAAUGGAUUCAAUCUCUCUGGAGAUGAUGAGGAGGAGGAGAGUCCACUUGUCCGUGUGCGGAGAGUGACCUUAGCUCAGGGAGAAAGAGACUCAUUAUUCCAGCCAGUCUCGGCUGAGGACGUGCCGACGCUGUUCCCGGGCCCUAAUUAAGGAGACUCUGCAGAGGCCCAUUGCUGCUCAUGUUAAUUGCGCGGAUGUUGUGCACUGCUAAGCCAGCCAUUAUGGAACGAAGGGAGCAAUUAGGCAGGAAUUUGACAGACUUGAGAGUUUUCGGUUUGACAUCACAUCGCAUUGGGGAGGAGGAAAGCAUAAUAGAGUAGAUCUCAAGGUUAUACCGUGAGAGAAGAGGCCGAUUCAGGUUUAAUCAGCUCGCUCAGCCUUAUCUUCUCCCUGCGUGAUGUUAAUGGAUCCCCUCCUUGUCACAUCACUGUGUGACACCCUGAGGAACACUUCCACACGUAUCUUUAGUGUUAUGAUACACCUCCUUUAGAUGUCUGACUGACUGAGUCUCUCGUGGAAAAAGUAACAUGGCAGUUAAAGUGAUAAAAUGCAGAGUUCUGCUUUUUAGAGAUGGGUGGAUAACAUGUUGCUCACAAGCGGCAAAGGAGAAUUUCUGUGUAUUUUUAUCACACCUUUACAUGACCCCGGUGUUUUCUCACUCAGCAUCACUUCCUCUUGCUAAUGAGAGCGGAGAAGUGAAGAGGGUAGAAGCUGCAGCUCAUAGAAUGACUCACCCCCCUCCAGGAGUGAGCGUGGGGAGCAUCUCCAUCUCAACACAAGACACCGCUACAUAGAGCUGGGCGAUAACUACUCCACAAGCUGCUCACCCCCUUCCACAUUAACUUUGACUACUUCAGCCGCUGUUCCAGCUGCUGCAACUUUUGAACUUUCCUCCAUCUCCUCACCUGUCUUUCCCUCUUUGUUACGGACUGGGUGGGGUGGAGUCAUGUCUCCGAUUUAGGAUGCCGUCUUAAAGGAAAAUGAGACGAUAGCCUACUAGAGUUGGGUGGUAUGACGGUAUAUACUGUGUGACAGUAUAAAAGUAGAAACUUUGCUGUAACAUUUAUACCGAAGAGAGAAAGCAGAAGUCUGCAGCAUCUCUCUGAGUCAGUGUGUAGUUGUCUGUGCUCACUAACAGGAAAGCCGAAGCACAUCCAUUUGGGUGCGUUUCAACUAAUAACUCAACCCACCCAACAUUGGGAAGAGGAGGAGGAACUCAUUCCGAAAAAGGGAGCAAGUUGCGAUAUCAGUUAUCUGGAGAUACUUCGGAUUUAAAAAAUCCGAAAUGAUCAAAAAACAAUACUAUCCAAAGAGUGUUGUGUGGCUGUCGUUGCUUGAGGUGGAAACACCAGCAACCUCUUCCACCGCCUAAAGAUGAAACAUGCCAAGCUCUAUUAUUAGAGCCAAAAGAUGUAUGGCGCACCUGCUGCAGCAGCUCCUCUCAUGCAGAAGAGCUUGGCAGAGUCUUUCGCCAAAGGUACGCCAUAUGAUAAAAAAAUCACCAGACUGGUCUGGCAUUUUGUUCGCAUUUGUUUACAAAUCCGAGUUCAAGAAUAAAAGGAAAAUGAACAAAUGCGACAGUAUGGUUAUAUUUAAGCCCUUAAUUGAAUUUACAGGGGGAAAAAACAUACCAUGAUAUAUACCAUUGUAUAUAUAUGAAAUUACUCAUACUGAUACUCAUUCUUACUCAUACCUUAACACAUCCAAAACCAACUUUUAUUUAUUUAUUUAUUGGAAUGUAUUGACAAGAGAAAAAUGACGUUGAAUAUUGUCAUAAAUUUUAGUAUCGGUAAAUUUUCGCUUUAUCACCCAGCCCUACCGCUACAUACCCUGCCUCCUCAAAACCUUAUGCCUUGUAUCACAGCCACUUCUAUAUUGAUCUCCAAUUUCAGAGGAAAUAGCUGCGGAUUAGUAGAAUUAAUUAAAACCAUUAGAUGCAAAUGAGAUAGAUUUGGAUGGUUUGGUUGGAGCAUCCUCUUCCAGAGAAAAUGUUUGCAUAGACAAAAGUGUUAAUAACCGCCUCAGAUUAAUUAGCGCCAUCGAUUCAGAACAGAGAACAACCUGCAGCCCUCGAGGAUGUUAAACCUUCAAAGCGCCUCAGCAAAUACACCUCCUGACUCCUGCACGCACACACAGCAACAAAUCAUUUGCAGACACUCUUUUGAAUGUAAAGCAGCGGGUACUCCGUGGUAAUGAUACUAACAAGUGCUUACAUAAUCAAGUAAUUAUGCAACCCCAAUAAUGAGAGUUCCACCUGACAUUUGUGGAGCAGUGCAGCGGAUGGUGAACCUCUGUUCCUGUCCUGUGACCUGUUGGACCGGGCUCAGAGGUGGGCAUGUGUUUGGAAUAACAAUGUUAGUCUGUUAUUGGGUUUCAAAUGAGUUGUUUUGGGUGAGCCGCAGUUGUUACCAAAACCUGCUGAGAUCAAGGCCCGAGGUGAUUGGACUGAACUCUUGGUGGCAUCUCUCUAGAUGUUGGGAUUUCUCAUCUCAGCGCAUCUGAAAAACAAUCCCUUAUAGUUUCAGGAUGAAGGGACCUGAUAGUGUUUUGUCUCUCAGCAGGUCCCCGUCUUCGAGCGAUGCAUCUCUGCACUUGAAUUUCCUGAGCUGAAUAUUUCAUGUGGCAGCUUUUGUAGAAGGAAGUGACACUGUUGUCAUGCAAAUAGCUGUGUGCAGAGCCCCACCAGCAACACCGAAUUUAUUUUUUACAAAUCUGCAUGAAAUCAUCUCAAAGAAAAGAGCAGUAUAAGAAGCUGUCCCGGUGAGCAGGGUUUACAGCACUUAAAGUGGAGAGGAAAACAGGGUUUCGGUGAAGACUAGAGUUUCUAACUGGCAGCUAACAGGAGCCACAUUCUGGGGUGGAUUCAACUCAGUGUUGAUUAUUUACAGCAACUAAAACUACAGCUGAAAAAAAGAGAAGUAAACAGCGAGGUAAACCAUACUUUCUUUUGAGUUUUCAAGGUUGGAACUGCAAGAAAACCUUAUUCCCUCACAAAGCGUUCAAGCUUACUGGUACAGAAAGCCGUUACAGAGGCCCUAUUUACCCGUAAAUAAAGCAGAGCUUUUCUCCUCAAAAAUACAUCCGAAAAGAGUCGCAUCGUCUUAUUGUCGGGGCAAGAAAUGUCAUCUCUAAAAAUAGAAUGGUGCAACAUAGCGGAUUACUGUAAAAUCCACUGACUUCAUGAGAUCAGUCAUUAUAUCUGUGAGGUUUUCGACUCCACAGAGAAGAUUCUUGGACUUUUGGAGACUGUGCAGAUCCAAACAAAGGUGAUCUGUGAUGAUUUAGGUCUAAAUCUUGCACACUAGUUUUAUUUAUGGUGUUAGUUUAUUAUGCUAGAUUAAGGCUGCUGUAUUUGUUUUGUUCUGUUGACCAAUCAGAGGCUGUAUCUGUCAUUAGCAGACCUUUUAAAGGUCCAAUAAAAUGCAAAGAGAGGCUGAAACAGACAUCUCAGCCAGUGUUAAGAAUAGAAAUACGUGUGGUACAAGUCCAGGGGUAACCUGAUUUAAAUGAAUCUCAAAAUUUCUUUUUAAAAAAAUGAAAGAAAUGACUAAAAAAAAACUAAAAAGACAUACUAUUUACACAAAGAGACUUAAUAGCAUCAAAACUACAAAGGUAAAUGAAACAUGUAGCACAGAAGGACCUGGUAGUCACAAAUAAUCACAAAGAAAACUAAAAAGAGAAACAAAUAUGUAAGGAAAAACAAAAAGAGAGAAAAAACUCUAAAAAGCAAAGUUUAGCUACAAAAGCAAACAAAGUAACCACAAAGCAAACUAAAAAGAGAAACAAACAUUUAAGGAAAAAACAAAAAGAGAAGGAAAAAAAAAAUCAAAGCAAAUAGCUCAAAUAACAAAAACAAAAUGACCACAAAGGGAAAUUAAACAAUCAUUAAAAGAAACAAAACAACUUAAAAGAGAAAAAAGAACAACUACAAAGGGGUCUCUAAAAAAUCCCAAAGAUAUAAAAAAGAAAAAACAACCCAAAAAAAAUUUAUAGACAACCAAAUCUAUGUGGACACAAAACCUUGUAGAAUCAGAAAACAACCACAAAGAGAAACAAACGACUAGACCAAACAGCCACAAAGAGAGCCAAGACUAACAGGAAGAGCCUCAAAACAACUGAGAGGAGACUCACAUUAACCAGAAAGUGGGCAAAAAGGAACCACAAAAAGACACAAAGACAAAGAGAUCAGGGCAGGAAGAGUGUGUGACUCCUGCUUUUCUUUAGAAGGGGAGUGGGUCCUAACCAUCUCUGUGCCCAGGGGUCCAUUGCCUCAUAAUCAAUCCUCAGCUUGAGUAGAUUGAGUGCAGCAACCCCGCUGUGGCAAAUUGUCUGUGAGCUGGCAGGAGAUUUUUCUUUCCCUUCAUGGACUUGAUGUUUGAACCAAUUUAAUGCUGGGCCAAAGUUGUUCAGAAUUUCUACGCAGUGCUUUUCUUCAAACUUUGUUUCUUCCAAACCGUCAAUGCUAACUUAAUUGAAACAAUUAAAUUAUGAAAAAGGCAGUAAGAGGAGACAGCACCAAUCUAGACAAAAUUGAUUCAAUUGUUCUUGUAAUAUGAGUAGGCUUAAACACAGUAACAAGAGCUACUUGGUUGUAGUUGUUCGUACAGCUGAAGUACAUUCUCUAAAUGUGCUUGACUACACUACAGCCUUUUUUUUUUCCUUCGCUGAGUCUGAGACGAGCUUAAUUUCUUCUUACUUCUUUUGUAUGUAUUUAUAGACUGAGGUUACUACGGUCAACCACAUAGCAACAUCUCUCAAAGGCAGUAAAAUGCAACGCUGAAAGCCUCCUCUUGAUCUCAUUCAGCUGCUUUUUCUUUUAUUGUAGUCUUCCAACCUAAAAAGAGGGACCUGUUUUACUGAGAUAAAUACUUGACUUUCAUUUUUACUCAUUUUACAUAUGUCUUUGUCGGAUCACGUUGGUCGUCAAACUUUAGAGAGGCUACAUAAACAAAUCAAUGUACAAGUGGGGACAAGCGAAGCAUCCACCUAGCAUUACUUCAAAUUGCUUGCGUUCUUCAAGGCUGUAUUUCAUUAGUGGUUCCUUUUACUUCCAUCCAUCUUCCCUUAGCCUUUGAUGUUACCGUAUAUAAUAGAAACACAAGUCACUUUGGGAGCAGAUAGGGUGGGGAUUGGGGACUGUGCACUCCCAGCCAAAAGUCUCAUGUAUUUACGAACUUGUCAUGACCCUGUGCAACACGAGCUGACCUAUGCAGACUGAUGUAAUGUAUAGAAAUAAAACCUUUUAAUGCCAUCAUGGAUAUUGAUUUUAUAAUGCUACUCAGCAUUAUCACAGGCAUAGCAAAUACUCGUCCGUUUGUUGAAAUGGAAAGCUUGGGAACAUAAGCUGAAUUUCUUUAUGACACUUGUAUGCAGAUGAUAUGUUGCUAUUACAAUAUGCUUUAGGCUCGCCUAACUUUUGCACCCUGUCUUUCAGUAGAUAUCUUUGCCGUUGGGAGUACAGCAUAUCGUAAACCUGCAGUGAAGUGUUGGUUCUGCAAUGCUUGACCCACACACUAGUCUGCAGUGCGAUGUCUAUGCUUGUUUUUUUUCGGCUACUGAACCUGGGCGAGUUGAGCCUGGUGAAGGUUGUGCAGGAGCUGAUCAUGCUUUAAUUAAUGCAUAGAGGAAAAGAUCGGAGAUGUUGGAGGAGAAUAGGAACGCUAUGGCUGCUGAGGGAGAGGAUGGAGGGCCUAUGUGUGUAACGAGGCUAAUUCCCGAAAUUGAAGCAAAAGCAAAUUGCAAUUUAUGUUAAUUUCUUGCAAGGAAGCAACAAAACCUUCAUGGUCAAAUAUCAGCAUUAUGCAUCAAGUUAAGCUAAAGCAGCCUCAUUUAUUGGAGUAUGUUUUGCAACCAAAAUAACAGAAAAGUAACAACAGUGGAACUGAUAAGGACGAUGUUGACAUCAGUUUAAGUCCAUGAUCAUCAUUACCUGCAGUUCCUCUUUGGGGUAAAUCUACAGGCUUUAUUUUUGUGACACCUUGUAGCCUGUUACUGCUCUGGUUGGCUGCUUUUCACUCUUUUUUUCCCACCUGCUCCCACUUGUUAUCUCUGUGAUCCCUAUUGAAAUCAUCUUUGACGUCUUGGGAGAUAAGGCUUAGUUAGAUGUUUUGUGUUAGUUAGUGUUUUGUGACUUUUUUAUCCGUGGCUUUUAUAACUUAACAUAUUCCAACAUGUCGUGUUCUUCGCUGGUGAAUAAGAACAUUUUUAUGGAUGAUUAAUUUGACAGUUUGAUUCUCAGGUAUUGUUGGCCAGCAGCAGAAGUCGUCAGAAACAUUUUUCAAUCUAUUCGCUCUGACGGCUGAUGUAAAUAAUUGCCCUCCAACUCAGAUCUGUCUGUGUUUGCCGGGAUGUUGGCAGCGGGGAUUUUCAAGGUGGCAAGACGUCGCAGAUUGACUGGUGAACACUGUGUAGCUGGGAGCAAAACAAUCACAGCUAUUGUCUCUUUCCAUCCCAACAGGUUUCCCAAAGCCUGCAGCUUGGUGCUUCACAACCAUGACUGCUAUAAACACAGGGCGGUGAAGAAUCACAGCAGCAGCGAUCAGAGAAAAGGGAUAAUCAAACUGGAGGGUAUUCUCUGCAGAAGUUCUCAAAUUGGGGAGUAAUUACUAUGGAAAUUAAAAGUUCUAAAAAUAGGAACAAGAUGAGAAAAUUCUGCAGUAAGUAGUGUGAGGAAGAGGUUAAUGGCUGCCUGAAUUAUACAAGACAAUUACUAUUGUUGAAAAACAAAUUUUCAUGUUGCUGCAGGAUAAAGAAGAGAGAUAUUUUCCUUCAUAACUGGUACAGAGACAGUUUUUCCAUUUCUAAUAUCGUAACUAUGGCAACACAGUAUUUUGCUCUCAUUUAACAAAGUUUAUAACCUCCAGGGAGAAAAUAGGCAUGCUUUCAGGUAAAUUGCUCAGCAGUAAGUAAUACCAAUCAACUUAGCGGAGGAACAACGCUCAUGUUUGGGGAAAUGUACGUCUUUGAUUUGUUAGAUUGAAUAAGAAGAUUGAUAUUAAUUUCAUCUCUGAGUAUUUACAAGAGAGGGUGAAGGACAGAGAGAGAGAGAGAGUGAGAGGUCAGUUAUGUGCUUAAACAAAAUUAAGAUUUUAUUGGAGACAAUGAAACAAAACUGUUUAACAGCUGACAAUGAUUUACAGUAUGUAAAAGAAACUGUGAAACCGCAAAGUCUGACGCCCAGAGUGAAAAAUGAAGAGUUUCUGUUGUAUUUUGCCUCCUCUACUUUAAGUAACAAACUGUUUUUUGUUCGGUGUCACAGUAUUUGGCUCUCAUUUAACAAAAUUUAUAACCUCCAGAGAGAAAAUAGGCAUGCUUUCAGGUAAAUGGUUUAGAAAUACCAAUCAACUUAUCAGAGGAACAACUCUCAUGUUUGGGGAAAUGGACGUCUUUGAUUUGUUAGAUUGAAUAAGAAGAUUGAUAUUAAUUUCAUCUCUGAGUAUUCAAAAGAGAGAAACAGAAAGAGAGAGGUCUCUUAUGUGCUUAGACAAAAUUUAGGCUUUAUUGGAGACAAAGAAACGAAACUGUUCAACUGUGAUUUAAAUAUAAAAGAAACUGUGAAAUCGCAGAGCAAAGACUGACGCCCAGAGUGAAAGAAUCAGUUUCUGCUGUAUUUUGCCUCCUCCACUUUAAGUAAUGAUCUGUUAUUUGUUCGGUGUUGAUCAAGUGUGCACUUUUUAACCUCACAAUGAGGACAGACUCUGCUGUGAGCAGGUGUUGAUGAUUAGCUCAUUAGCUCUAACAGUUCAGCCGGUACUACUUUUUUAAAUUUAUAUUUCACCCCUUUGUUUGUACUCGCCUAGAAACUGCAAACACUGACACUUGUGCUCUCCAAAAGACACUUCUUAAUAUGUUUAUUCCCACCCUCAUUCUUCUUAUUCAUGUAUUCACUCUCUUAGCAUCUCUGUGAUCAAGGAUGUGAUUACUUUUCCUUUUGAAAUAUCGAACCUUUAACAGCUCCAGGUGUCCCCUCAACAGUCUGAUAUCAAGAUGUGCCACCUCAAGAGUUAGCAGUUUUCAUCUUUUGACUUUCUUUGUGCUUUUAUUUUUACUGUGAAAGCUGGAUAAACCCACAACGAAUCUAUAUCUCUAUUGAAUGGACCGAGCAGAUUAAGUUGUUGUUGAUUUUGCAAUCCAAGCAAUACCAGGGGAGCAAUCGUUACCUCUUUGAACGCUGGAUGGUAGAUUAUUUUUUGUUUCUGUAGUAAAAAAACAUCAGUAUAUCAGUUUUUCAGUAUACCUGCUGUGUGUGUGUGGAGGCGUCUGUGGUUUCUAUAAAGUAUAUAUGAGCCUCGGUGUGACAUUGCUGCUGCUCCGUUUGAUCAAAUCUGAUAGAUGGUGACGAGGGGGUGAUACUGAUCACAGACAGGGUGCAGAGUAACGCUGUGUUCUCUGUCGCAUAAAGUGUCUCCCAUGAUUUGUGCCUGCCUUGUCAUUGCGACACACACACACACACACACACACACACACACACACACACACUCACACACACUGAUUCAUUAACAGAACACUAAAGACACAGACUCUGCUGUCAUUACUGCUUCCUGUGCUGCUUUUGUUUUUCGCUCCAAGAUAACAUCCUACCUCCUCUUAUCUUGCUUUUGUAUCCACAUACACGCACAUAAAUCAUCACAUUGGCACUGUUUGACGGCCUUGUUGAAGAUCUGAUAAGGUGCAUAUUGAACAAAUUGGAUGGGGUGUUGAUAAAAGUUGGAUGAGAGACAGGAAAGAAACAUAUAUAUAAUUAUAUACUUGAGAGACGACUAGAGAGCAGGAUUUCUCUCAAAGUUAGGAGGAAAGAUCGUCUGAAUGUUUCUUCAUGUUCCUCCUCUUCCAGUCUGAACCCGUACAGCUACGACGAGAGCUGCGUGUCCAGCAGCGUUGACCACCUCCCCCUCGCCGCCCUCCCACUCCUCGCCAUCGUCUCGCCUCGCUACCAAGACGCCGUGGCGACCGUGAUCGCCCGUGCCAACCAGGUGUACCGCAGCUUCCUGCAGUCAGAGGACGGGCAAGGAUUCAGGGGUCAGGUGCGUCUCUCUCAGCCGUCUUGUAGUUUAGAGAGUAAAGUAAAGAGGAAGUCCUUCACUGUGGUCUCUCAUCAUUGAAUAAUGAGUUAGAGGCACUUAAAAAGAAGUCGAUGAUUGUUAAAGGAAAUAAAGAUUGCUUUUGAGUGGGCUGUGUAAUCUGUGGGAGCUCAAGCCCUCAGAGAGCUCCACAUCUCUAUUAUUGAAGAGGGACACAUCUCUCUCUCUCUCUCUCUCUCUCUCUCUCUCUCUCUCUCUCUCUCUCUCUCUCUGUCUCGCUCUCUUGUACAGAACAGCUUAUUGGCUGUUUGUAACAAGCUGCAACUUCUCAAGAGUUAAUGGUCUGUGAAAAACCGCGCUCACUUAAUUUCAAGUUAACAACAUUGAAACAUAAUAUCUGCUCAGUUAUCUUGAACUCACAUGAACUGAACUGUUCCCAUGUAAAAUGUAACGCCAGACUCAGUUCAGCAUGUGAACAGUGAAUUACCGUUAUUUCCCUGCAGUUUUCCUACUUUAACGUAACAUAGUUCUGGUGUUACAUGACGAGCCUUAGAUUUGCGGGUCUUGAGAGAAAAUGAUGGGGAGCCUCUGGUCAAUACAGGUCUGAUUGGCCAAUCAGGAAGAGCAGACCACUUUACCCUCAGCUAAGAGGCACAGGUUAUCAUCAGGGGGUUAUUCUGCACGUACUAUUGAUGAAAGAUUAGUAAUGAUAGGUUUGUUCUGCAGCACUGAAUGUUGGAUUUACCAGUAUACACACACUCACAUAACAACACUAAUGUGUGGUGGUUUUGUUCUGAUUUAAAAAGAAAGCAGUUUUAUGAGAAUGGGUCAAUUGAAGCUCCUGUGAGGAGUUUUUACUGCUUAUGAAACUCCCUGACAUUAAAAUCGUUGCCUUUCAAUGACCAUCAGACUUAAGAUUGACUUUUUUCGAGGGUAUGAGGUAGGUGUCAGAUAAACUGAUUAGCUCUAUGCUUUCAUUUAACAUUGUAAAGAUUCCUGAGUAAUAGAUUUGACCUUCAACCACAUGAGUGAAGCACUUUGGAGAGGAGAAACUUUCUUUAACAGGCAGAAACCUCGAACAGAACCAGGCUCAUGUAAGACAGUUUUGAGAAGGCAGUUCAAGAAGAGAGAGAUGGGCAGUGGUGAGAUUGAUGCACGUAGUUGAAGCGAAACAUCUGCAGCAGCGAGCCAGAGGAAACUACGUCAUCAUGGAGCAACAGUGACUCACAUAAAAGACUGUAUUAGUGACUCAAACGGAGUGUGAUCAUUCAAAGUUAAUGACUGACAUGAAAAGAGAAGCUUUAUGAGUCAGAUUCCAUGUAGCACUCGUUUUUUUUUUCUUUCUUAGGCUGUGUCCGAAAUGGAUCCCUAACCCCCAUAUAGGCGACUAUAUGGGGGUUAGCGCCAUUUUGAGGGGUGUCUGAAACCUGAGUGAUCAAUUCCAAUGCCCCAUAUAGACAACUGAAAAUUUCCCGUCAAGCAUUGCAAAAUGUAGUGACCAUCCGAUGGUCACUCACUGGUGGUGGGCGUCCCGUCAUGCAUUGCGUCUUGCCAUGUAGUGUCCGAAACCUCCGGUGACUGAGCUCACUACAUAGACAACUAUAUAGUGAAAUCCCAUAUGGGGGUUAGGGAUUGAUUUCGGACUCAGCUUUAAACUGUCUAACAGAGUUUUUUUUGCAACUGUGUUAAAUACAGGAAACUGAAUCAUGCAUUCCCUUUUAGCUGAUAUUCUACUUCACAUUUUGAGUGCUUUAAGGGCCUGUGUCUACUGCUCUUCUUUAGUACACAAAACCAAUUGCUCAGAGUCACUUUUCCUCAGACCAGCUCUUCUGUUUUCAACGUGGACAACAGUAAUAAAAAAAGAAGAGACUGGUAAGACCUGUAUUUAUAAAAGUACAGUUUCCAUGUUGAAGCUGUUGCCAACACUGGGACAUUACUUCUUCCUGCUGGUGUAACAUUUGUAUAUUGAACAGUUAAAGCAGAUGACGCUCUGCUUUAAUCUGCCAGUGGACACAGGCCCUAAAGCUGCUGCUGUGUUGGACUAGAUAACAACAAAAACUUUUAUACACUUUUCAGAAGUUGUUUGUAAUUUCAUUUGAGUCCUCCCGUCCCUGUUGAUUUCUAUAAUAUAUUCAUUAUGAUAAUUAGAUUUAAUCCCUGUCCUCUCAUUAUUCUGCUGUAUUGUUUUACCAGAUUACUCCAUGUGUAAUUGCUUUCAUUACAAUUAACUGUGGCGUUUUAGAUUACAGUAUUUUACCUGCUGAUGCAGUAACAGUCAUGCAGACGGACACAGGGGGCGCUCUUUAACCAAAAACUGUGAUGUGAUCAGUUUUAUUUAGAGGUGCUUACCAGUCGGUUUUAUCACCAGUCUAUUUGCACUUUCUCUUUUCCUUAAGUGUGAAAUAUCAAAGCUGUCAGAAAAUCCCGUCUGACACUGAAUAACAGCUCAGAGGCCUGUGAUCACUUUGCUACUUUCAAUUACAAUCUGAGCACAAUAUUGAUGAGCGAUGAUGUCCUGCAGUAAUGUGCUCUGAGAGGACGAAGGAGCUGCUUCAACCUGAGCAUAAAGAUAUAUUGGUAACACUUUACUUGACACCUACCUCUAUAACACAUAAUAAAUAUAUGUAUAAUGCAUUAUAAUCAGGUUAUAGCACUGUAUAACUAUAGUUAUAAACACUCAUAAAUGAUCAUAAUGCUUUAUAGCAAUAAUGAUGACACCUUAUAAAGCAUUUUAUCAUGACUUACAAGGUCAGGUAUUAUAACGUGUUAUGGUUAUUGUUAUAAAGCCUUAUGAUAAUUAAUGAGUGUUUAUAAUGAUAGUUAUAUAAGUUUAUGAGCACAUAUAAUGCAUUAUCUAUGUGAGUAUUGUCAGUAAGUUGUAAACAGUUAUAACACAUUAUAACACCUGACCUUGUAAGACAUUAUUAAAUGCUUUAUAAUGUGUUAUGAUUAUUGCUAUAAAGCAUUAUGAUCAUUUAUGAGUGUUUAUAACUAUAGUUAUACAGUGCUAUAACAUGAUUAUAAUGCAUUAUACAUGUAUUUAUAUUGGGUUAUAGAGAUCAAGAUAUAGGCGUCAAGUAAAGUGUUACCGAUGUGUUUUCAUUAGACAAACAUAGGCAAAAAAAAAAUUGCAUCUGAAGUUGUAGACACAAGUUGCAUCAUUUAAUGGUAAAAGGAACAUCUAAUCGUUGUGUAGCUGGUGUCAAAGAUAUUUGCUGUUACCACCUAUAGUACACGCUGUAUGUCUAGUGUGAAUCUGAGACACAUGUCAGAGUCAUAAAUCCCUCUCUCUGUUAUUUUCUCAUUUUAAAGUCCAUUCACACGCCUCUCCAUCGGUCCUAUUUUCAAUGCUUUCACAGAGGGACUGCAGCGUUUAAAAGAGGAUGUCUAAAUUAUGUAUUUUCCUUGCAGGUCUGCCUGAUGGGCGACUGUGUGGGAGGUGUGCUGUGCUUUGACGCUCUGUGCUUCAGUAACCACCAGAGGCCCGUCAGCCCCAACAACAGCAGCAGGAACAACAGCACAGAGAGCCUGAAGGUAGGAGCGCUCUGCCGCAGCUGGAAGAUGAGCAUGACGUGUGAAGCUGCUGGACAGGGUUUGGGACACUCUGAGCAGCUGGUUUUAGAACAUUUUACUUCACCUAGAUGAUUAGGAGAUCACUGAAAUUGAUGAGGAUUACACGCCCGUGUUAUACCGUGUUUUCAUCAGAGGAGUUAAUUAGUACAAGUAUGAGCGUGUGCUGCGGCGGCAUCCUUGACAUAACUCCCCUCGCUCUCUGAACUCACCUCUGUCUAUAUCCUAUCAAGAGCCAGACACAUCUUCUUCAAAGGUCUCUAUAAGCCAAAGGCGAACUCCUUGACUGUGUGAUAUUUCACAGCACUGUUCUUCUACAUAAAAGCUGUAAGCAGACGCUGCGGUGGAGAUUUCUGUUUGUUUCUGCUCUUGACUUGAUCAGGAGCAGAAUUUUCUUAUCACCGUUUUUAAAGGUUUUCAUACUCGACUGUUAUGAAUAUUUAGACGGACUAUUCUCUGGCGUGGCUCACCAUUUGACGUCAUUUCUUUCUGUUCAAAUUUGCUUGAAUGCCCAUUUUCUGCCUGUUCUCCCUUUGAAUCCCCUCAUGCUUUGUAGACCCUCACCCCUCUUACACCCACACAUUUAACCUCUUCCUUUCAGCAACUCGCCUUAGAAAACCAACAUCACCACCCAUCUCAUUACGCUUAAUUUCCCUGUGCACUUACUGGUGUGAUUCUGGUCUUUUCCCUUAGGACAAUUCAGGCCGGCUCGGGGACUCCAGCCCGAGUCUGAGCUCCAGUAAGAGGCUGAGUAAGAGCAACAUCGACAUCUCCGCCCCCAGUGAUGGGCACAGCCAGGAAGGGCCGCCUCUCAGCCGGAAGCAGAGCGACUCGUACGAUGGAGACACGGCGUCUACGGGCCAGCGUGGCUUCUUCUCCAGGUGAGGGAGCACACAUGAACACAAUGAGACCGGAGAUACAGACAUGUACAUAAUGAGGUUUUCGGUGUGCGUGUGAAAGUUGUGUUUACAGACAAAAACCUCAUCCUGUUCAUUUACGACUCUCCGACAAUGCGAUGCUACCAAGAAACUACAGUGUAAUGGUCCAUCAGCUGACUCGGUCUGUCUCAGGAAUGCUUUGCUCAUAUUUUAGAUGAUAGAUUAGAUCCACAGUGAGGAAAAUGAUGAAUUUUAAAGGUCAGACGUUCAUAGACGAACAUUUGCCAUCGUCAUCUUUCUUAACAAAAUGAACACAAGUAUAAUCAUUUUAUCACUCAGAUGAAUAAGAAUAAAGACGUUACCACAUUUUGACUAAAACCACCUUAAAGUUGUUGGAAAGUUUUUGAACAUUUCUUCCAAACAGCAUCUGUUGAUCACCGGUGAGUCUGUUAGAGGCUCAUAUGAUAGCAGAUGUUGCCCGCUGGCUCUCUCCCAGGUUUCCCUCGAUGUGUCUCCCUAUUUCACUCCUGCUCUUUGUCAUUAUUUGCAGCCUGACUUCCUCUCCAGCCUACCUGCCUCGGCCGGACUAUAAAUAGCCUCUUUGACCCUUUCCCAGCUGGUUUGUGCGGGAGCCGGAGCGAGUGAAUUCAGCAGGGUCAGGGCGGCUGGAGGCGAUACAAUUCCCAUGUUGACUCACUUCAAGUAACCAGCGUUCUCGCUUCAGAUCACAUGCUCAGCUGGGCUUGCACCUUCACAGAGGUCUAUGAGCGGAGGAUCCCAUUGGGUUAAAGUGGUGACACAGUCUGUUCACGGCGUUGCAGCUCUCACCUUUCCCUCUUUUUUCUCUCUGACCAGUAGUUUGGAUGUUACCCUCGAUCCUUGAUCUGCUGUUUGGCUUUUCACCUCCCCUGUGGAUACCUCCAUCCACCUCAGACAGCUCAUUAAAUCUCGUUUCUCAGACAUUAGCCCCUUAUCAGAUUGGCCUCUGUCUCCUUGGGGUUCACACCAUUCAGGAUGUUUCCGUGUGCACCUCGCUUAGCUUUGGCCCCUACUGGGAAUUGGCAGGGAAACCAUGUGGAAAGCGUCACAGCUGGUUUAACAGGAAACCCAGGAGCGGUUUCUCUUUGGGACCUGAUCCAUCUUCGCAGGAAGAAUGCAGACUGAUGUUUAAACAAACACGUAAAUGCGCCUAAUUGACAGCAUUUAGACAUCUACUCAAUCUUAAGUGGAUCGAAAAAACAUGAUGUGCAAUUAGAGCUGCUAAAGCUUCCCUGCACACCUAAUACCCAUGAAGAAAUAUCAGAAACGGUCUCCUUUAAUGGGAUAGCAUCAUUUUCAGAUCUUUUUGCUGCCACAUUAAAAAAAUACAGACAGUUUGAGACCCGUUGAACCUCUACCUGUCAGAGUUUUUAACAUGCUGGUGAUAAUCUGCUGUAUUAUUCCAAGUGCUGUAGCUGGAGGGUGAAUUUAGCUCAUCCAGGCAGUAAGAAUAACUCCUCAUUUUCUGCUCUAAAAGAUUUUUUUUCCUUUUAUUUUCUGCGUGAGCAAGUAAAACUGCACUCACUAAGUGCCUGUAUUUUUAUAGAAAUACUCGUCAGACAACAGCAUGAGUUAUUGGACUUGUUGCGGCAAUGAAGAACAUGCAGUCCUCUGGUUAUCUAAUAAUAUUUUAAAAAAAGUACAGCUCAUGCGAUACGUAAUACCCCCAAUAGUCCUCUGCCUUUAUUACCACAUAGAUUACACAUGUAGUGCAGCACAUUUUGCAGCACAAAGACAGAAAUCUGUACAUGAUAGAAAGAAGGGAAACAACAGACAUGUUAUGGGAUAAAAGAUAAAAGCAAAAGGAAGUAGGAGGUAAUCAAAGCAUUAUUGAUUUGGCUUUUAAAGAUGGCUGGAGCCUCUCUGCUAAUCCUCUCUUUCCCCGUGCUGGACUUAAUGUGGAAAUGUUGGCUCACUAGAGAGCAGAGAUCUCGUCAUUCUGCAGGGAGUCGAGGCUGAGAGCUGCUCAAACAGCUGCGAGCGUGAUGCAGGCUGUGAAGGCUGAGCGAAGAGCAACUUGGGCUGAGUCAUAAAGGCCCCGCGCCUACAACGACCUCUGAAUGUUACAAAAAAAAACAAGCCGGGCUCCGAUUGAAAGAGGACAAAACAAAAGCGUCAAUGACUCAUCUUUGCCAAGACUGAGACAUUUGCUUUCUCUGUUCAAAGUAUGGAAAUGAUUGACCUUUAGAGUUUGAAAGUACUUCGAGGUUUCUCUUGUAAUGAAAACACUUGUUUAAUGCCAUUGUACACCAACCCUGGGCUCGCAUCCCAACCACAAAUAAACCGUGUUUUAAGAGUUAAAAACUUUGUUAUAAACCAGAGCCUGACUAUUCAACAGGUAGAUCAGUAGCUCUGUUUGUAUCCCGGCAGCCUUCAGUUAUUCAAACACGAGUUAACCAAUUUAAAGCCUCUGUGAGGAGUUUUUAGCUGCUUACAAAUCAGACUGAAACUAAUGCUGAUGUUUCUGCAAGGUCAGUCAUUUACAUAUGGAACUUUUUAAUGCCUGUUAUACUGCUGCUAGGUCUGUGUCAGACUAAGCAAUGAACAGCACACUGUAGGAGAGCAUUUUUAUUUCUCUUUGCACCCUUAAGGAUCAUAGUAAGUGAUUCAGGUGACUGUUAAAAGACAGCAGGAUGAGAUUUAAAUCUAAAACACGAUUUUCACAAGCACAGACAAGAAUCAGUACAGAGGUAUUUACCAUUUUGUCCACAGGGUGCGCCAGAGGUUCCUCACAGCCUGAAAAGCUGUCCCACGGGGCUACAAUAACGCUCCAUAUUUUGUGCCCAUAUGUGUUUUCUCAGUCUGAUGAAACAGAGCACGGAGGUGCGAGGCAGCAGCAGUACCAGUCUGGUGUUGAACCCCGGCAAAUUUGACUUCGAGGUGUCAGACUGCUUCCUGCUCGGCUGUCCUCUGGGCCUCGUUCUGGCCAUGAGACGCACUGUGCUGCCUUCUGUCCAGGGUGAGGAUCAGAAACAUCUAUUUACUCGUAAUCAAAAACAGUCUGUUUGAAAGGUGUAAAAUCGAGUGCUUUAGUAAGAGUUGUUGAUUGCUUUAAAUGUGAUAUCUCUGAGUGGUAUUGUUGUCAGUUUGUCCGGGGUUACCUUCUGUAAAACUCUAAAAAUCCUCUGUUGGAACUAAACCUGCUGCUUGUCUGACCUUUUCUCUUUAUUGUGUUUUUCAGUGAGCCAACUCCAUCCAGCCUGCUCUCAGAUUUUCAACCUGUUUUACCCCUCGGACCCUUCAGCAUCCAGACUGGAGCCUCUGCUGCAGCCUCUCUUCCACAAAUUACCCCCGUUUGCUGUCCCUCGCUACCAGCGCUACCCACUGGGAGAUGGACGCUCAAUGCUCAUAGGUAGGAUGGGUGAUUGGAUCCUCUAAAUCAAUUUUUGUCAGCGUGGGAAGAUGCAACAGAAGCUCCUGAUAAAUAUUUUAUUGGUUAAUUUAUUUCCUGGUGUAAUUUUAGUACCAUAUUAAUAACCUUUUUGCAUUUCAAAGGUGCCAUGAAAGCUUUGGGGAUUACAGUCAAAGAAAGUCCCAUGACUAAGUAAUGUGAAUUUUCAUGGGCACAUAUGUGCCCUUCGAUCCCAUCUUUGUGAUCUUGCCAUGCAGAGGCUGAGCUAAAUCCUGCCCCUGGAGCCCAAAGUUUGAAGUAAUUAUACUUCAUCUGCUGUGUGCAGCGCCUUUAGCCUGCUGAAACCCUCUGAGGACAAAGCACAGUAUGGGAGAUAUUAGUCUGCGAGAUAUGGCGCAGCACUGCUGUAAUCCCCCCAGAGAGUUUGGGUGUAGAAACUGAGUCCUUAACGAGCCACUGAUUUAUUUGAAGCAUGUUUUAGCCCACUUUUGGGACACAGAGACUUACUCUAAACAGCAGUUAUGACGCACCGCCUUGUUCCCCUGCCUCUUUCCACCUCGCUCACUAAGAGAAAGUAGAACGACUGAUCUCUUCAGUUAACAGCUUCUAAGCUUGGACUCAUAAUAGAUGAUAAGGCUUUGUGGUUUAUUUUCUUUUGAUAGGCAUGAACACAAACCUGUCUAUUUGAAUGAACAGUACACACUCAUAUGAUACGACUUUUUGGCUGUUUCUCAGAGGAAGCUUUGAAAUGGUAUUCAUCGAGAUAAAUCUUAAAUGUUCAGCAAAACAAUGACAAACACUAUUCAGAGUUAAAGAGGCCUAUGAUCAACUGCUAACUAGCUGACUAACCAUCCUUCCAAAUCUAUCAACUAGCUAGCCAUCCCAGCAACCUAAAUAACACAACCAGCCUACCCUAUCACAAACCCACCAACCAAACAAUUAACUAAAUUUAACAGCCAAACAUCAAACCAACCCUUUAAACCAAGCCAAGCCUUAUCAAACUAAGCAAUUAACGUAUAACUGAAUGAAAGCAGCAAAAUACAAACCACCCAUUACAACAACUCACAGACCAACAAGUUAUACGACAGGACCGAACUCACACUGUAAAGUCAGACAAGCUAGUUUACCUAAUUGAACAACAAACUGAUGAGUCGACUAUCUAACCAUAUAACCAACCAACCAACCAACCAAGCUACAAACCAUAUAACCAACCAACCAAACAAACAAUCAAACAACCAUCCAACCAACCAACCAAACAAACAAACAACCAUCCAAGCUACAAACCAUAUAACCAACCAACCAACUAACCAACUAACAAACUACCCAACCAUCCAACCAACCAACCAAACAAACAAACAACCAUCCAAGCUACAUACCAUAUUACCAACCAACCAACUAACCAACUAUCCAACCAACCUACCAACCAGCCAGCCAGGCAGCUGGUCAGCCAAACUACCAACUGUCUAACUAACCAACCAGUCAACUGACCAUCUUACCAUUUAACCAACCAACCAACCAACAAACCAGGCAGCCUACAGCCUACCAACCAUCUAACCAAUCAGUCUGUCAACCAACCAUCUCACCAUUUCAGCAACCAGCCAACCUGUCAAACCAAUGAACCUUUUUCCAGUCAACCAACGAACCAACCAGCCAACCAACCAUCUCACUAUUUCACCAACCAAGUAGCCAGCCAUUAGUCAAACCAAUUAAUCUUUUACCAGCCAACCAACCAAUCACCCGUUUAAUCAGUGAACCAACCAGUCUGCCACAAGUCAAACAAUAAACCAUCCAAUUACCAAACACACAAACACAAACUCACGCACAGCCAAAUAAAACCAACCCCCCAGGCAAGCACAAAAAAUAACAACCAAUCAUCAAACCCUGCCCGACCCAACCCAUAAACCGCUCCCUGUAUCACAGUGCAGUUUUUUAUUUGUUGCAUAAAUUGACUCCUCUGUUGCCCGUUAAACAGGGAACCUGUAAUUUAUCUAUGUUGUGCUUGUAUGUGACCUGUGUACAAAAUCUAUCUGACAUGCGAGAGUAAAUAACACAGCUGUGCUUACAGCUCCUCUAGCUGUGAUUUAUUAAUAUAAUCCCGAUCAGCCAGUCAUAAGGCGGGAUGCUUGAUAGGAGCCAGUAGUGCUGUCAGAGUGAUUAAGUCUAAAAGCAAAAACACAUCUCAGUCAUGCAGCUAUUCCAGGUUUUUAAUAAUGGGUCUGAAGCAUCCCAGUUUCUUUGAGCAGGUUUGGAUGCUGACAAAUUGCAUGUUAAAUUAAAUAACAGAGACAGGUGCACAGAGACAGAAGCAGAUAUACACCAACACACUCCUGCUCACACACACACAGGCGUAUAUCACCCACUUCCUGCUCUGUAAUAUGGUAAUUAGUUGUUAUGAAGGCAUGGAGAGCCAAUCAAAUCAGACUCCUUUGGGUAUGACUUUGACUGCAACAGCCGUCAACAGCGGAGCUUUUAUUAUGAUGAAUGCUGCUAAUAUCAGGAGAAUGAGCCCUCUUUUUAUUGAUUUCCAGCUGGGGUCCAAUGAGAAAUAUGAUCAGUCAAGACAGCAAAUGCACAUGGAGAUAUAGUCAUUUUUAUCAGUAUUGAUUAGUUUUUGCUCGCUACUGAAUAAUUCCCUAACCAGAUACAUGGAAGUGGGGCGAGGACUUCCAGGGAAUGUACUGAGUUUAAAGUCUCUCCCUGUGUGUGUCUCUCUUUGUUCCAAAGACGUUUCAAGGCCACAGAGUAAUCAUCCUCCCUCACCUUCUGAAUUCUCUACGUGUCCUUCCUUUAACCACCAUCAUCGACUGUUCCACACUCGCUCUGCCUUCUACUUUAACCAUAAUCUCUCUGUUUUUGUGCUGGUGUUUUUUCGAACAUCACAUUUCUUUAGUUGAAGUUUCUAAUUCUGCCGUCUGCUCUGUCUGAAAUUUUAUGUGUGCGUCAGAGUCGGGCUGUCUUUCUUUCUUUCUCUUUCCUCCCUCUGCUCUAUUGUACUUCCAAUGAAAGACAGAGCCGCUCUAAAGCUCCAGACUCUGGGAGAGAGAGGGAGAGAGAGAAUAAGGCUGCUCUGUAAGAGGUGAGGCACAGAGCUCGUUAGUGAUAACAGAGUGUAUAUGUGUGUGUGGGGACAUCCAGACAUGUGAGCUUGCUUUUUUUCUUACAACCGCUUUGAGCCUCAGAGAAGGAAUGAUUGAACUGCAGUCAUUGGAAACAGUGUAUACACCAUGUACAAUGGCAACAUUUAUAGUCAUAAUCACCAUUUUGAUUGGAGAAUAUGCUCAUCCACAAAGCUGACCAGAGGUAUGUAACUCAUAAUCUAAUUUUUUUAAGGAAUCAGUGGACGCCUGCCCUGUCUCGCAAAAAUGUAAACCUGUAAAAGACAGGUACGACCACUGCAGAUCAGAAAAAUACACAAGCCACCCUCCAUCAAAACCCAUCAAUCUCUGUCCAAAUAAGAAAAGAGCUAUUGUUGUCUGGAGGUACAGUGGUUUCUCCAAGUACACCUGCAUCAAAGAAUACCAAUGUACCGAAAAGAAACAAAGAAAUAACUGACAAGUGGAAAAUUAAUCACACAUCAUGAUUAGCCAGACCACCAAGUGGUUUCUGCAGGGCUGAGAGGAGCAGUUUUUUUCUCUUCAUUCAUUUCAUUAUCUUUUUUUUGUUCUGACUCCCAUCGCGGGGUCACACUUGAGUAGCAGUUAGUGUGAAAUGACUGAAUAAAAGCAUUUCUUUUCAUGUCAGAUUAAUCUGCAGAGGAGAUAGACGACAAUUUCGAGAUCUUAAAAGGCGAUGUGAGAAGCUUUCAUGCCAGGCUGAUUUUUUUCUGACCCCCUUGGACAAAAAAAGACAAAACAAAAGAUGGUUUCAUUCCUUCUUGUCAAAUUUAUGGACUGCAGAUCUUCAUUUUAAUAUGUUUUUAUUUGCAGGAUGAAAAACUCUGAUUUGUUGCUUUUAGCUUACAGAAGGUGAGCUGGUAUUUAGCAUUACCUGUCACAAACCUGGUAUCAUGAUGUGUCCCUGAUACAAAUCAGAAAAUACUGUGAUGUGAAAAGCCUGUUCAGAACACAGGCGCUAAAACUCAGCACGGAAGAAAUAGCAGUUGUGCAGAUGAUAAUCUUAUUUCAUGAUGUUGUUCACUAAGAGGCAACAGUAGGAGUGACACUAUUUCUUAAUCUCUGAAAGCUCCUCACAUUGCCUUAAAAUGCAUCAAAACUGUUAACUUUUUUAUCAUCCUGUAGUCCAAAGAAAUUCCUGUUGAUCAACAGCAAAAAACCCAAAGAUACUCGCUGUAUGACUACCCCAGGAACAGGAUGUUCACAUUUCAAGUUAUUGAGUACUGAUGCAUUGACUGAGAGCUCCAGACAGAUACAGAGUGAAAGAGAUUUUUCUGUUUGGUUUUGCAAUAAAGUUAUAAAUAAAGUUCUUCUCCGUCUUCUUCUGGUGCAGUAUGUGUUCAAAUAACUCCAGUGUGAACCAAGGACUCAAUGAAACUUGGAUGUAGUCUCAGUGGUGUCACCUAUUAGUUUCAGCAGAGAGGCUUUAAAGCUGAUUCAUGGCAAGUGUCAAUAUGGAAAUGAAGGUGAAGCUGAAGCAGGCUGAGGAGCCAUAAACAGACCUCAACAAAAACGCCACUCUAUAACCACGAAUAAUGCUCGGAACAGAACCUAACUUCAUCAACAGUACAUAUAGGGUUCCAGCCAUAGCACUAGCCAUCAAACAUCUUUUUAGCUUCUUCAUGGAAAUGCAAUCAGACCGAGAUGCUAAGGCAGAAGAACUACCGCGUCUACAGUGCAAAAUGAUUAAUGUUGUUAUUACUCAAAGGAAAUGAUAAAGUAAUGAUCAUGAAUGUUCUUCCUUGAGCUGCGUCACCCCGCUGUAGUCCGUAAUGGACUAUCCUGCCGUCGUUACUAAAGUUGGUAUAACUAGAGAAGCAAGCGGUCCACAACAUUCAUCUCUCAAAGGGGUGUCUAACUCGGUGUUAUGGUGUGUUUGACCCUAAAUUAAUUUAACGCCGGAAUAUCCUUUAAUAAGGUGUCCUUGAUUUUUGCACCCUGCCUCGAGUGAACACCUGAGGAAUUGCAGUUUGUAGCAUGUCUUUACUGGAGUCAUACGUUAACAUAUUAGGUUGUCACGACUUGCUAGGUGUAUACCCAUCUGCUUCAGAGAUGGACAACCAACACCUAAAUUUUCAUCAUGAUUUCAAUGAUGCUGCUCAGAAAAAUGUCAAAUAACAUGUAGAAACUGUUUUUCUCUUAUUACAUGUUCAUGCUGCAGAGAUGCACUCACAUCUUUGUGUCCUAUUUUAUUUAAAGAAGGAGGAAAACACAAUGUGCCAUUUCUUUCUGGGACCACUAAACCACAUUUUAUCCCCAAAUUAUUAUAUUUUUUCAUACUUUUUGUGGAAAACCAUCCAAUCUACACUUACGCAGCAUGUGUCAGAUUCCAUCAGUCCCAAUGUAGGUGAGUCUUAGCCUCCAUUUAUGAAUCCUACCUGCUUCUCCAUCACGUCUGAAGGAGCGGCUGUUAAUCCGUAUUCUGCCGCAGUAUUCAAUUCUCAAUCCUCUGAGGACCAAACAGGCAACAUGUUGCUGCAUCUGACAUUUUAUUUAUAACCACUCCUGCAAAGAGCGCAGAGAAGGGUUAAUCUGCCAAUAAGGGGCGUCUGGGUGAACAUUUGAUAUUUGAUGCAAAUACGAGCUGAUCCCUAGACACAGUUAAUGGAUGAGUAAAUGAGAUAUUAAAUGAAAAAUGGAGGUUGUAUUUAUAAUGUUUGUGUUCGAUGAAAUGGUCGUCAUGUGAAAGAGGAAAUUGUGCCAAAGGAAACUAUUAAGAGAAUUUGUUAUUUCCCAGGAUGCAGCUGGGUUUUCUAUGAGAAAAUUCAAACCCGAAUGCACGGUGAGGUAUUCUGCAUAACGUUUGCAGUCAGGCAUGCAUACUUUAUCGGCGUCCUUCCGUCUUCGGCGUCCUAUUCCAGCUCUCGGUUAAUAGCUUAUAUCCUGUCUGUCUCCUAAGAGCACAUCACCCAGGACUGACACAUAGCUGCUCGAAUGAAGCGAGCGAAUGACGUGGUCUUGGUUUGUUUGUGACUGGCAUGAAAUAUUUUCUGACAAAUGCAUGCAGAUUUAAUCCUCUUCAAUUGUGAGGCAGAGCAUGGAUCGGGUUUAUCAGCUGUCACUAAGGUCAACAUUUCAUCUGCAGCUGACUGUGCGGCGCAGCGGUUGAGUGCAGACUCAUUCAGACGUGAGUCAAGCCGCAUCCACUGUCAUAAUAGAUCUGCAGCAACAUGCAAGGCCAGGGUAAAAGGAUAAUGAGUACUCUCUGGAGUCUGGCCCGGAAAAAAAGGGGUUUUAUAACGCAGGUAGACGAGGAGAAGAAGGUGAAUUUAAGGGAAAAGAGGUAUCUUUGUAUGGCUGCCUUCCUUCGCUUCCUCUCAUUCAGCCAUGUUCUGCUCGUUGGAAGUAUUACAUUCAGUAAGAGUCUCCUUUUGUCUCCAGGUUGUAUUACAGGGAUCCAGAUAAAAGCAUAUUGGACUGAGCUGGUAGACACUUGCCUCUCUGAUAGUUGAAUUAUUGAUGAAAUAUGUGUCUUCCCCGGCUCUACAUCUCAAGGAAUAACAAGUAGAUCCAUGAUGUCUGUUGAACCCACAUCUCCAGGGAGAACUCUCAUUUUUAAGAACAAGUAUUACCACUGAACAAAUAUGAAAAAGCUGCAUUAAGAUGUGCCUCGUGGAGGGAAAGGACGCAACCUGAUAAAUUUAUUCUGUUCGGUAAGAGUCGAGAGAAAAAUGUUUUCUGUUUCUCCCCAAAGUUCAACAAAAGGAAUGAAUCCCACCAGGAGCAGAGGCAGUGUCUUUAAUUGGGCUCCUGCUAGUGCUUGUCUUUGCUUUUCAAACACUGAGCAAGUCGAUACUCAGUAAUAGGCUGGGUUAUUAGGGAAAAUAACAGCAUUGAUUUAAAGAUUGGAGCCAGCCAGUUGUUGUGUGAUCAAAGCAUUUCAUUUCCUCUCUCCUCUCUGUUUGUCUUUGUCUUCCUCUCUCUCUCUCUCCUCUUCUUACUUUUUUUAAAGCCGAGAGUAUUCAAGGCCAUCCGAAUGUGUUUCUGGAGAGUGAUCAAACCUCAGGAGGCUCAGCUUCACAGCCGUCCUCUGAGACGAAGACUGAUGGCGGAGGAGGCGGAGGAGGAGAUGGAGGUCGACGAGCCAGUGUGACCAGUGAGGAAAGUGAAACGUCGAUCUGCUCCAUGGGCCAGCUGGGAAACACUAUCAGUAACAGUGAGUGGGAGGGAUGCUAUACUGGCCUGUCUGGUUUCUUUAAUUAUCCUCUGAAGAGCAGUUCAGGUUCACAGGAGUUCACAGCUCUUUGGUUGACCUUCAAGUUUCUCCGUCGAUGCUGAUCUUUAUUUGUGUUUGUCAGUUUCCAGCAGCUGGUGGGGCUCCAAACGGCUGGACUUUGCCCUGUACUGCCCUGAUGUGCUGACCUCCUUCCCCACGGUGGCUCUGCCUCACCUUUUCCACGCCUCCUACUGGGAGUCCACUGACGUAGCAGCUUUUGUUCUCCGGCAGGUGGGCGAACUUUAUCGACAGCCUCUUGCUUUUCCGACCAAAAAAAGUACAAAGCACUGGAAGAAGUACCCUCACAGUAAUGACUAACGAAACAGUUCAGUGAGAUUUAAACAGGGUGCUUUAGCUGUUAUUAUAGUUUAUGUUCGACAUUCCCAUCCCUAUCCCCUGUGGUUUGUUCCAACACAUUCAGAGCAUUUACAUGCACAUCCACGUUUACAUGCAGCUGAGAAAAUCUAAUUAUUGACAUGAACGUGUCCUCCUCCCCAAAACUAGGGGGCGAUAUGGGUCUUUUCACCUGCGCUUUUUCCGACCCCAUACAACCGUCAACAACAACAGAAGGUUUGUGCCGGACGUCAGAAGUGGCUACAACUGCUGUUGGGCAUUUUUGAGCAAGAAGAUGGAGCAUCAUACAGCAUUAUUGUUCUGGGGUUACCGGGGCAUGGCACACGUGCACACGCACUGUCCGAUCAUACUCUGACUAAGCUGGUUACAUGGUAGAGAAAAUCGAAUUCCAAUUGCAUUAUCUGGGUGUCUUAAUCGGAGUUCUCCGACUCCAAUCAGAGUUCUCAAACUUCAAUUUUAGUCGGACUAAGGUGUUUACAUGCACUUCAGUUGUCUGGUCUUAAUUGGAGUAAGACAUUAAUUCAGUUUUCUGGAGUGUCAUGUAAACGUACUGAGUUUCAGCAGCAGGAAACCAUCCAUUUAACUCUUUAAAGGUACAUUUUUAAAUGUUUAUAAACUGUACAAACAAGCAGCCAGAAAGUUGGAGAAAUCUCAAACUGGGGGCACUGGACAGAGGUGAAAUACUCUAAAAAAAGCUCUAAUUUUGAAGUGUUAACAGAAAACAAGAAGACUAACACGCUUGGUGUAAAUCAACCAAGGUUUAAAGGGUUAAGUAAAGUGUUUUUUUAUAUGUAUAUGUGUGAAACUAAAACAAGCAAAACUCAUUUUAUGAAAUUAUGUUGUGGUUGAAUAAAAAGUGGUCCCAGGAUUGACCCUUGGGGAACUCCAGAUGCCUUUUUCAACCUGUCCCGGCUCUAGAACCUCCACUAGUUUAGCACUUGCAGAAACAAAUGCAGAUUCUUCUAGUCUUUUACACAUCUGUGUAAAUUUUAAACAAAUAUCCCCCUCGCUGCUCUCUCUUUAACGUUUCAGGUCGUAAUGUGUAAUCCGAGCGUUCCAGAGCCUUUUCUUUGAAGCAAAUGCUCUCUCGUGUGAAACAGCUGCCUCGAUUAAAUGAUGUCUUCUUGCUUCACUAACAACAAAGCAGAAAAGCAUCGCCGCUCGGCUGUUCAAGGGCUCCUUCUGUGCAGACGACAACCUGAAUGUGUAAUAAACACAGGCUUGGCAUUGAGCCACGGGUGUUGUCAACACUCCUUUAUGGUCGGUGCGUAGCUGUGUACAGAAGCAGCAGUAAGAAUUAAUCAAUGUGAACCGAGAUUUGCUAAAAAUAUAACAUAUACUGUCCUCUUUCUAAAGACCUUUUUCAGGGUAUUUUUGAUACUUCCUUUAUUCAUUUCUGUUUGAUAUGAACAUGACAGUUUAAUCAAUGAAAACAAAAAUAGAUGAAUAGACACAGGGAGCAGCACUCUGUGAACACUGAGGCAUUAAGACAGACACUUAAGCGUCUUUAUUAUUAGCAAUCCUGUUUUUCACAACGGUCCUUCUACUCCUUCUUUCAAAGCGGACGAGCUAAUGUCAUUUUCUCCUCGCUCUAAAUAGAGCGUGUGAUGUUGAUAAGGAAUUUAUUAGUGAGGGGACUCUGAGGAAACCAGCGUUUCAUAAUUGCUCUUUGACUUGCAACCAUGAACGUACGUAUCUGUAAGGGGUGUGUCCCUAAUACUGAGACCUUUAGGAGUUUUUCCAUUUCGUAAAAAGAUGAGAGAUAAAUCAAAAUGUAGUCUUUAAAGGUGGGGUCGGUAGGAUCUGAGGAAGUGCCACUAUUUGGGAGAAAUCUUGAAUGUAAACUCCACCCCUCCCAUCCAGUUUUCCCCUCAGCUCCUCUUCUCCCCUCCCUCUCUGCUCCAGCAAGCCCCGCCCACAAACAGACGCUCCUGCUUGCUCGUAUCGUUCCAAUUAAAUUCAGAUAUAAUGCAGAUAAAUACUUCAGAUAAUUACAAAUGGGGCCCAGUCAAGGUGAAAGUGAAAAGCAUUGGUGCUACUGUAGAUGCCAACAGACGACCAGCAAACACAAUGUUUGCAGGACUUCUACAACUAGGAUAAAGUGACAUAGUCCAGGACCCGAGGUAAACAGUUUAAUGGCGCUACAACACGCUACAGCAGGUCCUGUUUGACAAGAAACACUUCUGUUACAGACACUUGGCUUACUUUAUUAAAGCGGUUUACCUGUAGAAUUGUUACAAGGUCCGUAAGAUCCCAAAGCGUCCCCCAUUGUUUAUGCUGAUGUUGACCUCCUUUACCUCUACCUCCUUUUUAAGCGCCCGUUUUUCCGCCAGAGUCUCCGGGAUUGACUUCGUUUUCUUGCUUAUGUUGGCAGUCAAGGAUUCAGACAAUUUUCCAUACUAUCUGGUUGGUUUCGACUGUCCAAUACUGUAGCACGUUAACUUUGUUUGAGCUCGUGAACGUUAUUUGAGGAUGUGGAACAUGCCUCACAACACGAGGGAGCGGCGUCUGCCUCACAACCAAUCAGCCGGGAAGGUGGAGAACAGCUUUGUUUACAGUCAGAAAGAGCAGGCCACUGAAAAAAUUUAAAAUGUCAACUACACAGACAUAACAGAAUACAGCAAUAUUGUGAUAUUCCUAAAUGUUAUCAAUAACUAAUAGCUAUUGACUGAUAUUAAAAGCUUUUUUGUAAAUAAGAAGAGAGAAGAAGAUGCUUCUCUAAUGGAUUCCUGCCUACCUCACCUUUAAGCUUCAUCUGUCAUUUGAAAAUCAUGGAGGUGGGAUGGCAGGGUGAAGUCAUGCUGCCUCUGAUCAGCCACUGGAGAUAGUUAUGGAGGCGGAAGGGAGAAUGGAGUCAGUGUGCAGCAUUAGAGCUGGCAAAGUGGACCACCAGUGUAUAUGCGAGUGCAUGUCUGAAUGUGUUGCUAUGAGGAUCCCCUAAUGUCUUUUUCAAGGCUGUACCUUUCACACCUCCACAACCCCAUAAUGCAGUAUGAAAUCACCGUCUGAAACAGCAGUAUUGCACCGAUGUAGAGCUCUGUGUGUAUAUUCAAAGGUAUAGUGACAGCAGAACUGUUGUGAAACGUGUAAGCGCCUCAGUAUUAAAUGCCCCAUUUAUUCUCAGGGAGAGUUGACAUAUGCACCAAUAAGACCAAAACAUAUGUCUCUGCUGAAAGCGUUGCGAGCUCCCUUCAACAGAAACGGCCAGAUUUGUCUGGCAGAUAUCUCGUAUAAUUCGUGAAAGUGAAUUGAAUUUGCUGUGUUUCCUCUGCUAUCACAAUGUUACUAUCUUUUACUGUAAUCUUUCAGCGUGUUGAGCAGCUGAGUCAUGACAUACAUCGUGAAUCUAAAGCCCCCGAUGCACUAAAUGAUACAGCGAAGGCCCAUUUUACCUUAAUUUAGCCUCCGUGAGUGAUGGUCAAGAUUGUGGGGAUUGUGUUGCGCGACGAAAAAGCGUCAGCAAGGUCACUAUUAAUAGUCAGCACACUUUAUCUUUUGUGUCGGGAUGUUAAGGAUUCACGUCACACCUCACGGCUGAGCCUGAGACAAGAGAGGGCCCUUUUAUCAAACAUGCUUGAAGGUUUUACGGCUUGAAUCUGAACAAAUCCAUCCUGGCUUCUGUAGCUUGGGCUGGUUUGUGCGCAUAUCUGCAAAGGCAUGAUAACAUCUGCAAAAGUCGGUUGUUUUGGUAUUGAAAGUGAGUCACUAGGACCCAGUUUUGGAGGUCACCACAACCGCCUACUGACUGAGCUGCCCAGGAAACAUCACAUCCAUGAUUCAAGCUGUCCGUAAAACCUUCAGACACAAACAAAGACCCUGAUUGAGAAAAAAUAGUGCACGAAGGCGUAAUGUAUUAAAAGCCGCUGGAUUCACCGGCUGUCUUUGAACCUUAUCAUUCAAUAGUAGGUGGACAAAAGAAGAAGAAGAAUUUGCUUCACCCUUGCUGCGUCGUGGUGCAGCGUGUCCUCUUUGUCAGAAAACGUGAGCGGCAUAAAGGAAGCGCACACUAAAGAAGAAGACGAGGAGCUAUCAACGUCACCUGAAGCUAAUUAUUCUGGUUCAGUGGUUUUUCAGCUUCACUCAAUACCUUGUCAUAUUAAAAGACUGUUAUGGCAUUUCAAGGCUGCACAGAAAAUGAUCUCUAAGAGAUGAAUUGUGUAUUUUUCUCUGAGUCUAAAUGAAGGACGUCUUCCAGUGUUUUGUAGCCGUGAGCCUCUCUGUUUCUAAGAGUCAAUAUUGCUGUACUCUUUCAAGUUAGUGAAAAAGUAAUUCUCUUUGUGUCGGCUAAAUCAAUCAACAGCCCUUAAUCGGUUGAAAAGCUUCCUCAUCAGAAAUCUGUUUCAUUUAAAACCUUCAGGUGUGCCUCUGGAGUCAUCGCUGAUAGAAAAAUCUGAUCUGUCUGCUCUAUGUAGAGUUUUCCUUUUGUUAUUCAUGUGUUGUUGUUUUUUUAUCCCCAGCUCAUGCGGUGUGACUGUGUGAAGACCCAGGAAACCGACAAUCUGGACUCUGCUCCUUUCUCUCCCUCCAGCCCGCGAGAAAAGUGGCUCAGACGGAGGACGCAUGUCAAACUAAGGGUAAUAAAUAAUUCCUUUUUUUAAUCCUGUGUUUCUAAAAUUUUUUGAAAUUCACAGAAAUGGGAAUUUAUGCCCAAUGGAUUAGCUUUUACAAUCUCACAGUCAAACUUUAUCUGAGCACACUUAUGAAUAAUUAAACAAGGCCCUUUGGCUUGAAUUCAAAAUGUUACACAAUCUGAAAUAUCGUCUCUAAGGCGCCUCGUAUUGUCAGGAAUAAAACCGCCCACUCAAACACACACACACACACUCACCGCUGACAUUGUUAUUCUGCUGCAAUUCAUCCAGGCUAAAAAUGCAGGUUCUCGUCGACUGCUGAGGUUGAAGUGUUUUGGCUCUGCCGUUUGCCUGAAUUUCUUCAAAUUACUCCUGCACUUUCACCUCAGAGCGAUGAUGCAAACAGAGGCUCACAUUUUUCGAUGUUUGAGAGCGGAGUAAUAGAAAAAGCAAGGUCGCUUUGCUAUCCGCCAAGUGCUGCUUCUCUCCGCAAUUUUCUAAAGACAAGGAUUUAGUAACCUCCUGCUUUUCAUGGGGCUAUAAAUAGAGGUGUUCAGGCAGAGGACCAUGAAAAUGUGUCUGGAUUUGACCCUGUGAAGGCUUUCUUCAUCAUUUGUCAUCUUGUUCAAGCAUUACCCUGGCUGAGUGAUGCAUUUCUGAUGUACGUGUUUAAAAGGAAGCAUCUUGAAUACGGUCCACGCUGAUUGAAUCCGGGCUGAGCAAAGUGGUAUUAUUCAGAGAGACCUGGCAUCUAUUUCUGAUCCACCUCAGUUUGGAGAGAGGUCUUCGUGACAGAUGGACAGGGACUUGUCUCUUUUUUUUCCAAGCUGCUCUUUUGCAGUCGGCGGUCUGACCCCUUUAAUUCAUCACCGUGUCGAUGAGGGGGAUCUUCAUAUUGAAGUGAGAGUUGCUGUCUGGCUCUCACUCAUAAAAGCACACAGAGCAGCUGCUGAACUUAUAUCCCUCAUAUUGAUCACUGUCAGAACUCCUUAAAUCAUGCAUGUUAGGUAGUGUUACUUAAAAAGGAAACGAGUUAAGCUGCAACAUAAACUGCCAUGAAAUAGUAAUGCGCUGCUAUUUCAUGGAGCCUGAGCUACUUACAAAUAAAAGAGUAAGAGUCAGUAUGCAUGAGGACGUCUCAUAUUGUCCAGACAGGGUGUACCAUCUGUCUACCUUUAAAGAGUUAACAGGGGACAGACUCCACAGCCAUUGCAUAACUCCUGCCCUUCUCAGACAUGCAAGAGGUGAGCCAUAUGUGUGAACGGGAACAUCUGAGUUUGUCACCCUGGGAUAUGUCCUGCUAUUCCCUUUUAGUAUCAUCAUGGGGUAAAGCUCAUUUGAGAGCACAGCAGCAAAUCGUCCCCCUGUUUAUAAGAGUUUUCAGGCUAUCAACAGGGAUCCUUUGCUGUAGGUCAGAAUGUUUUCAUACAUUAAUAUGAAACUUUAACUGAAGUAGGAGGAGAAACACACAGUACAGAAACACUUUGUAUCACACCUCUACUUUGUCCAUUUGGACUGUAAGAGAUGUAGGAGUGUGUUUUGAUCCUCUAUUACACGAUUUGGCAUUUAAAUCUACAGAUAAGCUUACCUUAAUAGACUGAUGUCCUCUAACUAAUAAUACUCCCACAGGCGACAGGCUCAGGUUAUUGUUUGAAUCGGUGGUUUUAAUGUUGGGUAGAAUUGUAAAACAUUACAGUGUGACUACCGCAGCAUCUAUUUGACACCAUGAUCAGCCUCCACACUGUGAGGAUGUAUGUGUGAACAGUACAGUCAGGUAAAUUUCCACAUGAGAGCACCUAAAGUUUUCUGGAGUGCAUGUCUGAAAAGGACUUUAGUCUACAGCUCUCUAUGAUGUGGCAAUCUGGCUGUGAAGUGGACAGAGGCAAACAGCUGUUUCAAUUCAAACACUACAAAACAAACUCUGAAUACACACAAAUCAUGCAACGAGUACGAAAUAGGAUUAGGGCCACAAGAACAGAAAAAAAAUGAUCACGGGAGGGAGAUUUUUUUUAAAUAUCCAUUUCAAAAUUAAAGUUGACAUUUCAAGAUUAAAGUUGAAAUUUCGACUGUAAUCAUUACGAAUUUAAUCUUAAAAUUUCAACUUUAAUCUCCUUCCUAUAAUUGUUUUUUUGUUCUCUUCAUGUGGCCCUAAUCCUCUUUUAUACAACUAGUGAUCUCAGCACUCAAAAAUUGUGAAAGUGUAGAUACAGUAAAAGCGUGUUGCCUGUUUUUGUCUUACUAAUAAAGGUAGAACUAGAAACACUCAUGGAUGAAGAGUCAUCUCAAUAACAGAAAUCAAUACAUCAAAAUCAGACUUUAAAAAGUUAAUUAUGGUGUCCCACAAGGCUCAGUUCUCAGCCCCCAAACUUAUUCAUACUUCGCAUUAAUGGUAUCCAUGUUGUGUCAAAGUUAUUAAAACUUGUUUUGUUAUUAGAUAAAAAUUCACAUUGAAGCACAAGGCGACAUAAACUCCUUAUUUAAUGAAAAGCAACAGCAACAUAAAAGUGUAUCUGUAAAUCACUGAGACCUCAAACAAACAUUUAGGUCCUGACAAAUCUAAUGAAGAAUAACAGCUGGAAACGUCAAACUUCCCCACAUUAGGUGUCAAAUCUUUUUGAUCAUUUAUCAUUUCUGACUUGUCAUUACCGGUUUAAUAAGACCGCAACAUGUUUGCUUACAACAGCACUUAGCAAUAUUUGUUUGGUGCAGAUGCUCCAUUAUCUUUGAGUGAGUGCUGUCAAAACAGCAGCGCAAAUUUAUGGCAAACAAAAUGCCAUCGCACUCUCCCCAUCCCGAUGCAAUCACUGCAGUAAACAAGGGUGAAAUUAACUCAUUACUUUAACUGCUGUUGCUGCAGUUCAUGCAUAAAUUUGUACCUGUGAUUUCGUGUGUUUCUAUAAGCUGCAACUCUUGCAGGAGGUAAACAUUUGAUCAGCAUCAAAUGUAUUUGCAAAGGCUUUCUGGGAUAGAGUAAAGGUUACUGAAAUGGCAGUGGAAAAAUUUCUCUGUGGUGGUUUGAGAAUUAUAGCAUAUGCAUAAUUCUGCUGAUAAUAAGCUAUUAAAAUGCAACCAUCUCUGCAAGAAGAGAUUGCAGGAUUAGUGUUUCUCUGCCGGCUCACUUGGAGGUACUCUCUGAAUGGUGUAAUAUAAGGAAAAGAGCAAGACGAGCGAGCUUAGAGGAGAGUGGACCAACCCACAGUGCGAACUUCAGAGGUGUUUGGCCAGGCAGAGAUAUCAUGUAACAAAACACAUCAAAGCAGGGAGAGCUUCUGCUUUUUCUCUGUGGUUAUACAGCGCUGGAUGUCUUCAGGGUAGAGCCAGAUCAGGCAGGGACAAAGAGCAGCAGGGGUUUGAAAAUAGAGCUCAGAGACAUCCCUGCCUGCUCCUCGUUUGUUAUUCAAUUUUGUGCCUGUCUGUCAUACUAAUCAUUAACAUAUAGUCUUUACUUCUGUAGGCUGCAGUCUGUGUUUAUGAAUUUACUCAUUUUAACUGUUUUCUGAGUGUUUCGAACAUAGACUGUAUAUAGAAUAGACGCCGUCUGCCUCCUCGCUGGGUGACGCCACCGCAAGAACAGCACCCUCUGAUGACAGGCUGCAGUAUAGGUCAUAAAUCCUGCUUCCUCCAGCAAUCCCUAUGGAGCUGUGGACAAACUUUAUAAAUUAAUUACACACAAUAUAAAUGUUUCUCCCCCUGGUUGCGAUGUUGACAUGUAGUCAUUACAAGACUGCUUUGUGCUCAAGUCCUCUUUUUUCUGUAAAGGUCAAUUUUUAAAAGUUAUUUGGGGGUUCAUGUUUUCUAUGAUUGACACUUGAAACAGCCUAUGGGCGUACAAAGAUUGCGUAGCUCACCCGGGGGAUAGGCUGCGACUACCAACAGCUUUUUGACUUCAGAUCCGUAUUCUGGCAGAAGGCGACACCAAGUUGUUCAUAGUAUAUGCAGUCUAUGGUCACUGCUGGCCUAACACACACACCCCAUACAUGGAGGUUGGGCCUCAAGCAUCCAGGCCAUAUUGGACUAGGGGGAUAAUUUAUCUCUCCAUCUAUCUGACUACAUGCAUACUUCACAAUGUUAAAUCUUCCAUCCGUUCGAUUAUAUUUUUGUCACAGCAGCGUUAGAUGUUGUGUUUUUCUGACUCUUCUCGGCUGUUUUGUGAACUCACAGACUGACUGUGAAAAUCUCUCUUAGAUUUCAGCAUUAGAGUUAGCCCUGGGAUCUUAAUUUGUGAAUCAAUCAAUAGCCUCUCAGUAGCGCUCACUAAGCUUUCCACUUUAUCUCUCAUUCAAUAUUAGGAAAAAAAAGAUUUGCUCAGACUGGAGGAGAAAUAAAAGCCUUGGCUUUAUUUUUCUCGUUGACGUGUGUUGUGUUUCUUUUUUUUUCUUUCUGCCGCAGAACGUCACCGCCAACCACAGGGUGAAUGAUGUCAUCGCCACCGAGGACGGGCCGCAGACCCUGGUUGGUCGCUUCAUGUACGGCCCCCUGGACGUGGUCACUCUGACUGGAGAAAAGGUGAAAACCGGCGCUGUGAUGGAUGACUCAAGUGUGUCCCUGAGAUUCGCAUUAACCUCUGUGUGUUGACCCGCUCAGGUGGACAUCCUGCUGAUGACACAACCUCAGUCUGGCCGCUGGGUGCACUUUGACACGGAGGUGACCAACAGCAGCGGGAGGGUCACAUACACAGUCCCUAAGAGCAAGAAACUGGGCCUGGGAGUCUACCCAAUUAAAAUGGUGGUGAAGUAAGCAGCCCUCUGACAGAGUUCUGCAUAAUCAGACAGAAAAUGCAUGGCUGUGUAAUCGUCAGUCUUGUCUCUGUGCUUCGUAUCGGAGGAUUCGAAAGCAGUUGCUCUACGAUUGCAGCGUCUAAUCUCUAAUGCAAUCCCUGUUUUCUCUCUCAAGGGGGGAUCAAACCAGUGCUGAGGCUUACUUAACUGUGUUGCCACGAGGCAUGGAGUGUGUCGUCUUCAGCAUAGAUGGAUCUUUCGCUGCCAGUGUGUCGAUCAUGGGGAGUGAUCCCAAGGUCCGUCCUGGAGCCGUCGAUGUCGUCAGGUAACAGCUUCUGACUGACAGAAUAACAAACUCUCAGAUAGAUACACACAGUAGUUUGCAUUCUUGUGUGCAAGCUGGACUUCUAAUGCAUUUUACAUCUUCCUCCCAGAUCAAAAUCAGCAGACGCAUGUGUUUGAUGUUUGCUCUCUGAAUGCAGGCACUGGCAGGACCUGGGAUAUCUGAUAAUCUACAUCACAGGCCGCCCCGAUAUGCAGAAGCAGCGAGUGGUGUCCUGGCUGUCGCAGCACAAUUUUCCCCACGGGAUGAUCUUCUUUUCUGAAGGCCUGGUUCAUGACCCCCUGCGACAAAAGACCAUCUUCCUCAGGAACCUCAUACAGGAGGUACUACUCAGAGGCAGAACAGGUUUCUUAAUUCACCAGGGAGUUCUUACAAAGCAUGCAAAGCAUUUUACUCUCUACCCUCAAGUGAUCCCUGGAGUUUGUUAGCUGCCGUGUUAUUCUCUGCAUGCUCACAGUGGGCUACGCUGCAUCUGAAUGCCAAACACAUCUCUGACUGAUUGCUGCCUCUCUCUCCAGUGUCACAUUAAGAUCAACUCUGCUUACGGCUCCAUGAAGGACAUCUCUGUUUACAACAUGCUCGGCCUCAGUCCCUCUCAGAUUUAUAUUGUUGGCAGACCUUCCAAAAAGUACCAAAACCAGUGCCAGGUACUUAAUUUUCCAUUUUGUCCAAAACUAGAAUUCCAGGGUUUGUCUCUCUUGGUGCUGAAGUUUAGAUUUUCUUUCUUUACCUGCAUUUUCUUAUUUCCGUCUAGUUCCUGAGUGAAGGCUACGCGGCGCACCUCUCCACUCUUCAGUUUGGCCACAGAGCCAGACCAAAGAAAUCCACUUCAGUCCGCAUGGUCCUCAGAAAAGGCUCAUUUGGUCUCCCGACGAAGCCUGACUUUCUGUGUAAGCGCACCCACCUGCGCAGGACCAUGUCAGUUCAACAGCCCGACCCUCCCUGCACACCCAACCCCAAGCCUGAGCGAGCCCAGAGCCAGCCAGAGUCAGAUAAGGACCACGGAGGUGUAGUAGGAGGAGGAGGUGGAGGUGGCAGUGGGGGACAAGGGGCGUGGGGACGGGCCUCCAUGCACCGCGGAGACACCACUCCCUGACGACAGGAACGAGAAGGAUUGCAGGAGGAUAGAAGAGGAGAGCAAAGCGGACUUAGUGUCCAGGGCCAAGGUGAGUCAUCAGCCACGUUUUACAUGUGCAAAAAUUUCUCAAUCCGAUUAAAAAUGUGAGGGAGCAGAUAAUCUGAAUCUAUUGUUUAUUUGAGCGCAAAGUCAAAUAAUCCGAUCAUGACGUGGGUAUACGUGCACCAAGUUUUAUUCAGAUUAGAAGCAUUUGGACAUGAGCAGAGUUGAAGAAGAGAUGUAUUGAUGUCUGCGCUGUCAACAAACCAAAAUCACUUCAUCCAAUUCAAGAUUUUCCCCUGUUAAAUGUUGUCACUUGGUGGCGCCCUUGAGUACUUAUUUUACUGUUCUGUCAAAGGUUGCUCUGUGCGUGCAGAUGUGACAUCAUUACGCUUUAUGUACGCCUUGUUAUGUUAUCAGAGGAGCAGGCGCGGCUAAAUAAAGAGUGAAGACUGAGUCAGGUUAGAGAAUCACGAUCAGAAUAAGUGUUCACAUGGACGCAUUUCGGAAAAAUGAUUGGCAUAAACCCCCCCUCUGGAUUGGAAUACAAUUUCUUUCCGAUUGAGCCAAAUUGAAUCAGUAUUUUCCGAUCGACAUGUUUACAUGACGCACUUUUAUUCCGAUCAGGCAUUUAUUCCGAUUAUUUGUGCCCAUGAAAACGGAGCUACUGUUUGUUUUCCCGGCAGCUGAUUAUGCACUUUUUUUCAGUGAUGAUUUCGGUGUAUUGCGUGCAACACACGCAGAAAACUAUCAUUUGAUAAUCCUAUUUAAGUCCUCGCAGAGCUUACAAACUAGCAUGACUUCCAAAUUAUACAGAUAUUACAGGUAUGAGCAUGGAUGGAUGGGAUCAAACGACUCUAAAGCCCAAAAUAAAAAGUUUUUAUUUACCCAGAAGCUGCUGCAAGCAAAUGAAACUUUUCAAUCAACAAAGAGAUAGAGUAGAGAAAGAGCACCUGUGAAGUAAACAACAAGGUUUUGUUGAUGUUGCAUCAAAACAGGAAUCGAAUAUCAAUAUUUUUUUUACUGCUGUCAUAUCCAAAUAAAAAAUAAAGUAUCAUGACGAUCAAGCGGGACCUUAUUUCAUAACACAAACAUACUUUCCCUGCCAUGUGGAGCAAACUCCUUCACCUCCUCUUCCCGUCACGCACAGGAUUUCUCCCAGGACCCUUGAGUGAACGCUUUACAGCAUGACAGUGGUCUAAAUCCGCCUCUCUGGAUCACUGCAACACCUCUGAAGUCAUGUCUCAUUGUUCCACUUUAGAAAAAAAAAACUUCCACAGUUGUAUUAAAAGCAACAUUAACAAAGCAUGAAUAAAUCUUUGAUGAAUAAUGCAGCCGCUCGCCGUUUACUUCACCGCGGCAUCUGUUGAGCUUUUAAGAGCUGCGGGCGCUGAAAAGCUUUGACGCAAACACAGAUUGAUUUGACUCACGACUGUUUGGCUCGAGCAAAGUCGAUAGACGUCCGUUUGGAUUAGAUUAUUUUCUCUGAUGUACCUGAUCCAUCGAGGUCUUUACACUCUCAGUCACAAAGGUAUUGUCACUUUUUUGAUUAGUUUUAUCCUGACAAAAGGAGGAAGAAGGAAAGACUGAACAGAAAGGAGGAAUACUUUUUCCUAGAUAAUUGAUAUUCCUGCUGCAACCUGAGUAAGAGAUGCUAUUAUUAGCAGCAGCUGCCUGAGAGGACUGAAUAUAAAUUCGCUCAUAAUUGUGAUUAUGUAAAUCCUGAUGAGCUACAACUGCAUUGUCCUCUCAUGCUUGAAAUCCACUCAUUUUCAGAUGUGGAUAUAUUGUCUGUGUAGUUAUAAAAAUGAGAUCUGUGUAACCAAGAGAGACUGUAGGAACAAAUUUUCCGAUAAGAGCGCGGUAACUUGUCCUCACAUGUCAUUCCUGCUUUUCAGAACCACCUCCACCUACUGUACAUGUGGUGUUUUCAGCUCAGCUUUACCUCCUUCUUGGCCCUCUACACUUUGCAUCCUGUUUUCCGAACCUGUUUCAUGGAUUACGUCGCUCAGUCUUUGUGCCUGAAUUUUGAGCAGUUGCCUUGGACGGCAGCAUUUUUGUGAAUGUCUACGGAAACUCUGCGAACUGUGUCUAACUGUAAAGUCAAACGAAUGUAUUUCAGAUUGUAGAUAUACUCAUAUUCCUGCACUCACUCAUGCUUCAUAUGAGGAAAAUGUGACUUGAACCCUGUUGAGACCUUGAGAAAACAAUCUAUCAGCACCUCAUUACGGUACCGUUGAGAUUGCUGUGCUGACAGGUGGUCACAUGGACCGACUCCUGUUUUACAUCCAUCGAUGUAAAUACUUGUCAUGCAUCAUCCCCCGUGUGCGCCUCUGGAAAGAGAAUCACCGCGACAUCGAGGUUUAAUCUUUACACGAGCUCCGCGAUCUGGAGCCCAAAUCAGUCAACCUCUUCUGCCGCCUCCUCCAUUUUCCUUCAACUGUGAGACCUCUCUCUCGUUCUGUGGCUGGUCUACUGCACCCCCUGCUCUCCUUUUUUUCCCCCUUCUCCUCAACCAAUCAAGCAGAACAUGCUUUUGGACAGCCACCUCAAACCAGGGUCCAGAGCCGCUGGAGCGCCGCGGUGCGCACGGCUCGGCCCCCUGGGGUUGCAUUUGCACUAUUGAAGUACACUGCAGUGGUUCUUGAUUUAGUAGCAGAACCUGCUUCAAAACAAAGAGUUGUGUUUGCAUUUAAAGUUUCUGUUUUUCCUGCAGAUUGUGCACUGUUUGCUGCCCGUCGGUUACUGUGACUACUGAAGAAUAAAAAAGCGAGUCGUGUGUUGGUUUAACCAAAAAAUGUUUACAGAUCGAUAAAAAAAGCGAUUAGACUUAAUCUGCAUAACUAAAAAGAUUAUGUAUUUAUCAGUAUUGGCAACUACAGUAGCUAGUUGCUUGGUAGUUGCAGUAGCUUGCAGUAUAUUAUACUAUAGAUCCCAUGCAUACUGUUGAUUUUCCACCACUUACCACAGCUGCACAGGUUUGUGAAGAAAUCUGUUGCCGUCUUGUGCACUGGAGGUCGAGUCUUACUGUUGCCAUGUUUGAAACCCAUGUGCAAGUGGAACAUAUUUUUCUAUGAGGAAAUACUGUAAAAAGAAAUAUUUUCAAUGUAUGUUUUGGACUAUUUUGUUGUUAAACUUGUUGAAUGGUUAAUUUUUUGCCUUAAAUUGUUUUUUGAUGUUGUGUAGAGAAACAAAUUUAUUAGAUUUGUUCGACCAAAGUGUUGAGUUUCACUGUAACUUAAUGACAAAGUGCAUUUUAUCCGGUUGAUAUUUUUUGCGUUGACAUGUUUAGAUACUGUAUAUUUGUGUGCAUGUGUGAGUGCGUGUCUAGGUAUUUAUCGUAGAGUUGUGUUUACUGUGAACAUGAAGACAGCGACGACGAGCCCGAGGAGGACACGGCGAGGCUGGUGUUAACAUUCCUGCAUGUUCUCUACUGCCGGCUUUCAGGAUUGAAUGUGCAUUUUUGUAGUUUUGGAUUGAAGCAGUGUGUCAGAGGAUUACUUAGCCGAGGUUUUAUACCUGUUAUAAAAGGGAAAAGGGCUUAUGAGGUCUUAGGGUGUCUAAAAGAACUGAAAACCUGCAUAAAGGUAGAACAUGUGAGUAAGGAAGAGGCUGUCUUUGACUCUUUUUCUUUCACUGCCUAGGUGGUCCUGUAAUUAGCUAUCCGAUUACUACUUAGUACCUUUGAUUCCCUGUAGUGCUGCCCCUGUUAUUGCAGUGCACUAAUUAGCAGUAUUUGGUAAUUGUAUGAUAUUGUAAAAAAACAACACUAGAAUUCAUAACUCUGCCAAACGAAUAUUAAAACCGUCAUUGUCAUCAAUGUACAGACAUUAAACAGAGUGACUCCACAUGUUUGUACAACAAACACUGAUGCAUUCCCAGAGUGAAAUAUUAAAGCUGGGCAGCAUCCAGUCACAGCAGUGUUAGUAAAUGGCAAAUAACGCUCCAAUGGUUUAAUGGUGAUUGUUCUGUGCAUGUUAAUUAUUUGAUAUUGUUCAGUGAUUAUUCAUAUUUAUCUAUAAAAAAUGGUUAAAGGGAAGCAGCUUUACAUGUUGAGCAGAUCUAAAUGAGGUACCACCUCAUUUGUUAAACAGACAAAUAUACUCUAUUUUUAUUCCGGCUUUACAAACCUUUUUAUCACAGAAAAGAUAACAAGAGGAGGAAAAUAUCGAGUGAACUGAAUUAUUUAUAAAGAUAUGUAACUGUAUAAGCUCUUUUAUUUGAGCAGACAUGCAUUUUAUAUCCGCAGUUUCCCCAUGAGGACAAAUCAAUUCGAGUUGUUUUCACAUUUUUAUUUCCUUAUCUGAGAAUAACAGAGUUUGUUUCUCUUCUCGUAUUCGGGGAUCUGAUCACUGUGAAUACCUUUACAUACACAGUGAAGUGGAGCUGCGGUUAAAAUGUCAUGAUAUGUUCUGCUAAUAUAGUUUGUCCCUAGUUUAGAGAAAACUCCUGUCUUGUGAGUUUUCAGUUUGUGCCUGACCCAGUUUCCCUCCUGUUCUCUGUGUUUUAUUCUUUAGUUUUCAGUAUUUCCUGUUUUAUUUUGUAGGAGUUACUUCCUUGUGUUUCUAGUCUGGUUUUAAUUCCCUAGUUUUCCCUCCUUUGUUAAUCACCCAUGAGUUUUACCUGUGUCUCGUCUGCCUCACCUGUAGCUCGUUUCCCAGUGUGUUUAUAGUCCCUGUCUUCUCCUUAGUUGCGCCGUGUGAUUUUGCCCCUGUGAUUUUUGUGGGUUUUUCUCUUUUUGAUGCUUUUUAUUUCCAUUUAGUUCUUUUAAUUAAAUCCUUUACUCUGAAUUUGGGUCUUUGUUUAACCCUGCGUGUCAUGACAUAUAGCUCGAUUACAUGGUUUAACUGGACAGCUGUCUUUGUCCCAGUUUACAAGCACUGGGCAAGAAUCGAAUUAUUAGCUGAAGCAUGUCCGCCUCUGUUACAGCAGUUGGCAACAUGACACCUUUCAGUUUUUGACUAUCAGGUCAUCUCCUAGUUGACGUAUAACAUAUCAAAACAGCCAACAAAUCAUGUUAGUAAGAGGCAAAAUGGUGAAAAAACGACACUUUUACAGCUCUUUACUAUUUGUUAGGAAAGUUUUUUUAGGUUCCAUUUACUAUCUGCUUCCUAGCAACUAUUCAAUGUGCAAAAUUGGCAAAAACAAACUUUUAAAAUUCACCCUUUAUCCCGGUAAACUGCAGUAAAUAAAAUGUGCGGGUGCAUUUCAACUUUGAGCUUCCAAAUCAUCAUCCAAGUACUGCAGUUAUCAAAUGAUUAUUAUUCACAAAAUCAUGACUUAACUAUUGAGUAGUGACCUCAUUUGCCAUUUAUUAACAGUAUGUAUGACUAAAUAAACUUCAGCGAGUUGUUUAUUUUUGUGUUGUAUUUAAAAUCGACCUUUUUCCAAUUAAAAGAAAAACAAGCCUGGUUUCAAAACUACAAAGUUUUUGUUUUGUACAGAUCUCCUGUGAUGAUGAACAUGUCAAUGUGUUAAUUGGACCAAGUCCUCCUUUCAUGAUCGCAUAAAUAAAGAUAUUUCACAGCUGAAGAGAUUAAUGCGGC